UCUGAGCAGUCGUGCAUUCCCCGCCUCGCCUCGGGUGUAGGGAUUGCAAAAAAACAAAACUACACUGUCAAGACUGUGUAGUUUUGUUUUUAUGAUUAGAGGCUCUACAAUUCUCAUGCUGGGAUUGUCUAACAAAAUUUUACUCUGGAUAAGGACGUCGUUUAAGAAGAUUUCGUUGGGCUUAGCCCACUCUUGCAGGCACUUUGAGAGAUCAGAGUGCCUGUAAAGAUGACGACAAAAGCACCAACAUUCACGCAGCCAUUACAAAGUGUUGUGGCACUGGAGGGUAGUGCCGCAACCUUUGAGGCUCAUAUUAGUGGUUUCCCAGUUCCUGAGGUGAACUGGUAUCGGGAUGGCCAGGUUCUUUCUGCUGCAACUCUGCCCGGUGUGCAGAUCUCGUUUAGUGAUGGCCGCGCUAAACUGGUGAUCCCCACCGUGACAGAAGCAAACAGUGGAAGAUACACCGUACAAGCCACCAAUGGAUCUGGGCAAGCUACUAGUACAGCUGAGCUACUCGUCACAGCUGGAACAGCACCACCAAACUUUUCACAACGACUACAGAGCAUGACUGCAAGGCAGGGAAGUCAAGUUCGACUUGAUGUGAGAGUGACUGGAAUCCCUACACCUGUGGUGAAGUUUUAUCGGGAUGGAGUAGAAAUCCAAAGCUCCCCCGAUUUUCAAAUUAUACAAGAAGGAGACCUUUACAGCUUAAUAAUUGCAGAAGCAUAUCCUGAAGACUCCGGUACCUAUUCAGUAAAUGCCACAAAUAAUGUGGGACGUGCUACUUCAACAGCUGAAUUGCUAAUCCAAGGUGAGGAAGAAGCCGUUCCUGCUAAAAAGACAAAGACAAUUGUUUCGACUGCUCAGAUUUCACAAACAAGACAAGCCAGAAUUGAAAAGAAGACUGAAGCCCACUUUGAUGCCAGAUCACUUACAAGUGUUGAAAUGGUCAUAGAAGGUGCAGCAGCCCAACAGCUCCCACAUAAGGCACCUCCACGAAUGAUUCCUAGACCUACAUCAAAAUCACCAACCCCACCAGUAAUUGCUGCAAAAGCACAAAUGGCACGACAGCAGUCACCAUCACCUGUUAGACAAUCACCGUCACCUGUAAGACAUGUCAGAGCACCAACACCCUCACCAGUAAGGUCAGUUUCUCCUGCUGGAAGAAUCUCCACCUCACCUAUUAGACCAGUGAAAUCUCCAUCUCCAAUCCGUAAAACACAUAUAGUGACAACAGCUGGGGCUGAAGUCCUUCCUCCUUGGAGGCAGGAAGGAUAUACUGCAACCACAGAAGCCCAGAUGACGGAAACAAGAGUAUCUACAAGUGCUACCCAAAUAAGAACUGAAGAAAGAUGGGAAGGAAGAUAUGGGGUCCAAGAACAAGUUACCAUUAGUGGUGCUGCUGCUGAGGAGGUUGCAGCUGAUGCUAGAGAGGUGAGAAAGGACAGUGAAAAAACAGCAGCUGUUGCUACGGUUGUUGCUGCUGUGGAUCAAGCCAUGGUGAGAGAACCAGCUCCAAGUGUUGUGGAGCAAACUACUAAAAGGACAGCAAUGACCGCAGUCCACGUUCAGCCUGUUCAGGAGCAGAUGAGAAAGGAGGCAACAGUAGUAGUUACCACUGAUAAAGCCACAAAACAAACAGUAAUAUCAAGAACUAGAGAAGAAAUUGUUACUUCAGAAGAACAAAGGCAUAUCUCUCUUGAAAAGGUAAGAAAACAACCAGAGAAAACUCCAGUACCCACAGUAGUUAUUGCCACAGAAAAAGCCAAAGAACAAGAAAGAAUAUCAAGAGCUAGAGAAGAAAUAUCUACCAGACAUGAGCAAAUUGCUCAUGAAAAGAUAAGAAAGGAAGAUAUGAAACCUUCUGUACCUAAGGUAGUAAUUACCACUGGUAAACCUAAACCACCAGUCAUAAUAUCGAAAAGUAAAGAAGGAAUUGCUACCAGACAAGAACAAGUGAGCAUAACCCAUGAAAAGAUUAAAAAGGAAGCUAAGAAAACUACUGUAGCUCCGAAAAUAACUGCCACUGAUAAAACCAAAGCACCAGUCACAGUGUCCAGAACUAGAGAAGAAAUUACAGCCAAGCAAGAACAAAUUCAUCUAGCUUAUGAUCAGACUGAAGCUGGAAAAAGGGCUGAAGCUGUAGCUACAGUUGUUGCCGCAGUUGAUCAGGCACGUGUUCGAUCACCCUGGGAACAACAACAAGUGGAUGAAGCUUAUGUAAAGCAGAAAACUUUGGAGUAUGGCUAUAAAGAGCAAGUAACAGACCGGGCUGCUGCUGUGACAGACCGGGUUGCGGAGGCCCCAGCAGAACGUCAUGUUGUCACUAAAGAAGUUAAAACUGUCUAUGUUCCUCCUGAAAAACAUAUCUCUGCUGCUGAAAAGAAGGAAGUUCAGAUAUCAACAGAGAUAAAAAGAGCAGCAGAAGCUAAGACGGAGAAAACAAUUCAUGUUGAACACCCACGACCUCGCACAGCAAGUCCUCACUUCUCAGUCUCAAAAAUUGCUGUUCCUAAACCAGAUCAUACAUAUGAGGUUUCAAUAGCUGGAUCUGCCAUGGCUACUCUGCAAAAAGAGUUAGCUACUACUGCCGUCCAAAAGAUCACCAAGCCUGUGAAGCCACCUCAGCUAAAGCCUCAAGAAGUCAGGAUAAAAGCAGAGCCAGUUGCCCCUCCACAGUUUCCUUUUGGAGAGGCUGCUGAGGCCUAUAAAAGUCAUUAUGAUGUUGAGACUAAAAAGGAGAUAGGUGUAAGCGUUAAAGGUGAAGCAGUGCGAGAAGAACACUUGAUGUUACGGAAAGAAGGUGAAGAAAAGGUGACAGAAACUGCCAGAGUUCCUGUGCCUGCAGAAAUCCCUGCUACUCCACCCACCUUUGUCUCAGGCCUCAAAAAUAAGACUGUGACUGAAGGAGAGUCUGUCACUCUGGAGUGCCAUAUCUCUGGUCAUCCUCAGCCUACCAUAACAUGGUACAGGGAAGACUACAAGAUUGAGAGCUCAAUGGACUUCCAGAUAACUUUCAAAGCAGGGCUUGCUCGCCUUGUGAUUCGUGAAGCUUUUGCAGAAGACAGUGGAAGAUUUACGUGCACUGCUACGAAUAAGGCUGGGAGUGUCAGCACAUCUUGCCACUUAUGUGUGAAAGUUUCAGAGGAAAUUGAGACUCGAGAAACCAUUUCUGAGAAAGCUGUUAGAGAAGAGAAACGCUACAUGGAGACAAAAGACAUUGUAAUGGAAGAUGUCUCUGCUGCAGUAGAGGAAGUAUCUGGAGAACCCAUACCUCCUUUCUUCAUAAGAAAACCCAUGGUACAUAAAUUAAUUGAAGGUGGGAGCAUUAUUUUUGAAUGCCAAGUAGGAGGCAACCCAAAGCCACAUGUCUACUGGAAAAAAGGUGGAGUUCCUCUAACGACUGGCUACAGAUACAAAGUGAGUUACAAAAGAGAAACCGGGGAAUGCAAACUUGAAAUUUCCAUGACUUUUGCCGACGAUGCCGGAGAAUAUACUAUUAUUGUUCGUAAUAAACAUGGCGAAGCUUCUGCAACGGUCUCCUUACUAGAAGAAGCUGAUUAUGAAGCCUACAUAAAAUCCCAGCAAGAAGCAAUGUAUCAAACUCAAGUGACUGCAUAUAUUCAGGAACCUAAAGUGGCUGAGGUAGCCCCAGCUAUUUCAUAUGGUGACUUUGAAAAAGAGUAUGAAAAAGAACAAGCCCUAAUUAGGAAGAAAAUGGCGAAAGAUACAGUGAUGGUCAGAACUUUUGUAGAUGAGGAAUUCCAUAUUUCUUCUUUUGAAGAAAGACUUAUCAAGGAAAUUGAGCUCAGAAUUAUUAAGACCACCUUAGAUGAACUUCUUGAAGAAGACGGUGAGGAGAUGAUGGUCGAUAUUUCUGAAUCCGAAGCUAUAGAAGCAGGAUUUGAUUUAAGGUUAAAGAAUUACAGAACUUUUGAAGGAACAGGAGUUACUUUCCAUUGCAAGACAACUGGAUAUCCAUUGCCAAAGAUUGCAUGGUAUAAAGAUGGUAAACGCAUAAGGCACGGAGAACGCUACCACAUGGAAGUUCUGCAAGACGGCAGUGCUAGUCUCCGUUUGCCUGUUGUUCUACCUGAAGAUGAAGGAAUUUAUACUGUUUUUGCCAGUAACAUGAAAGGAAAUGCCAUUUGCUCAGCAAAACUCUACGUUGAGCCAGUUGCACCCACAGCAACUCCAGGUUAUAUGCCAGGACCAGAAGUUAUGAGAAGAUAUAGGUCUAUUUCUCCACGAUCUCCAAGCAGGUCUCCUGCUCGCAGUUCUCCUUCUCGUUCUCCUGCCCGCAGAUUAGAAGAAACUGAUGAAGGGCAACUAGAGAGACUAUACAAACCAGUUUUUGUGCUGAAACCUACAUCAUUUAAAUGUUCACAGGGGCAGACAGCAAGAUUUGACUUAAAAGUUGUUGGCAGACCUAUGCCAGAGACAUACUGGUUCCAUAAUGGUCAACAAGUGAUUAAUGACUACACCCAUAAAAUAGUGAUCAAAGAAGAUGGCACCCAGUCAUUGAUCAUUGUUCCUGCUAUGCCGGAGGACUCUGGAGAAUGGGCUGUAAUUGCUCAGAACAGGGCAGGCAAAGCCUCAGUCUCAAUGACACUGACAGUGGAAGCCAAGGAAGACCUAGUCAGACCACACUUUGUGGAAAGGCUGAGGAAUGUUAGUGUAAAGGAAGGCUCUAGACUGGAGAUGGCAGUGAAAGCUACUGGUAACCCUAAUCCUGACAUUGUAUGGCUGAAGAACAGUGACAUCAUUGUACCUCAUAAAUACCCCAAAAUAAAGAUUGAAGGAACCAAAGGGGCAGCUGCCCUUAAAAUCGAAUCUACUGCCAGGCAAGAUGCUGCAUGGUAUACUGCUACUGCUAUCAAUAAAGCUGGGCGGGACACUACUCGGUGCAAAGUAAAUGUUGAAGUUGAACAUACAGAACCUGAACCAGAAAGGAGAUUAAUCAUUCCAAAAGGAACUUACAAAGCCAAGGAGAUUGCAGCACCAGAGUUAGAGCCUCUCCAUUUGCGUUACGGUCAAGAGCAAUGGGAGGAAGGAGAUCUCUACGACAAAGAAAAGCAACAGAAACCAUUUUUUAAGAAGAAGCUUACAUCUUUAAGGCUCAAACAAUUUGGACCAGCACAUUUUGAGUGCAGGCUUACACCAAUUGGUGACCCUACCAUGGUGGUGGAGUGGCUGCAUGAUGGCAAACCCUUGGAAGCAGCUAACAGACUCCGCAUGAUCAAUGAGUUUGGGUACUGUAGCUUGGACUAUGGAGUAGCCUAUUCCAGAGAUAGUGGAGUUAUCACUUGCAGGGCAACCAACAAAUAUGGUACAGACCAUACAUCUGCUACUCUGAUUGUCAAGGAUGAGAAAAGCCUUGUGGAAGAAUCCCAGUUGCCAGAAGGCAGAAGGGGGCUGCAGCGAAUUGAAGAGUUAGAAAGAAUGGCCCAUGAGGGUGCUCUUCCUGCAGUUGCAAUGGACCAAAAGGAAAAACAAAAACCAGAUAUAGUUUUGGUUCCUGAACCUGCAAGAGUCCUGGAAGGAGAAACAGCACGAUUCCGUUGCCGUGUGACUGGCUAUCCUUUGCCCAAGGUCAACUGGUACCUCAACGGACAGCUCAUCCGUAAAAGCAAAAGGUUUAGACUCCGUUAUGAUGGAAUCCACUACCUGGAUAUUGUGGACUGCAAAUCGUAUGACACAGGAGAGGUGAAAAUCACUGCAGAGAAUCCAGAAGGCUUUAUUGAGCAUAAGGUGAGACUUGAGAUCCAGCAGAGGGAAGACUUCAGAUCUGUUCUUCGUCGGGCACCUGAACUCAAACAUGAGCCUGUACUGCCAGAGCCUGGAAAACUUCUCUUUGAGGUACAGAAGGUAGACAGACCUGCAGAGGCAACAACCAAAGAAGUGGUGAAACUGAAAAGAGCUGAAAGAAUCACUCAUGAGAAGCUUUCAGAAGAAUCUGAAGAGCUGCGUAGUAAAUUCAAGCGUAGGACAGAAGAGGGCUAUUAUGAAGCCAUCACUGCUGUGGAACUUAAGUCUCGCAAAAAAGAUGAAUCAUAUGAAGAAAUGUUGAGAAAGACAAAAGAAGAACUUCUUCACUGGACCAAAGAGAUCCCAGAGGAAGAGAAGAAAGCACUUCCUCCUGAAGGCAAAAUCACCAUUCCAACAUUCAAACCAGAGAAGAUUGAGCUUAGCCCAAGUAUGGAGGCUCCCAAGAUACUUGAGCGCAUUCAGAGUCAGACCGUAGCCCAAGGAGCAGAUGCACACUUCCGUGUGAGAGUAGUGGGAAAACCAGACCCUGAGUGCCAGUGGUUCAAAAAUGGUGUGCAGAUUGAAAGGACUGAUCGUGUUUAUUGGUACUGGCCUGAAGACAAUGUUUGUGAAUUAGUAAUUAGAGAUGUGACUUCUGAUGAUUCUGCCAGCAUCAUGGUGAAAGCAGUCAAUAUAGCUGGUGAAACUUCUAGCCAUGCUUUCCUGUUAGUACAAGCCAAGCAGUUAAUCAGCUUUACCCAGGAGUUACAAGAUAUUGUUGCAAAACAGAAAGACAUCAUGGCAACAUUUGAAUGUGAGACAUCAGAACCCUUUGUCAAAGUGAAAUGGUUUAAGGAUGGAAUUGAGAUUCAUUCUGGAGAGAAAUACAGGAUGCACUCAGACAGAAAAGCUCAUUUUCUUUCUGUACUGGCAAUUGAAAUGUCUGAUACUGAUGACUACAGCUGUGCACUGAUAGAAGAUGAAUCCAUAAAAACUACUGCAAAGCUUACUGUUGAAGGUGCUGUGGUUGAGUUUAUUAAAGAACUUGAGGAUAUUGAAGUACCAGAAUCCUUGUCAGGUGAACUUGAAUGUGAGGUUUCCCCAGAAGAUGCAGAAGGGAAAUGGUAUCAUGGCGAUGUUGAACUCACUUCUAAUCAUAAGUAUGUGAUCACAUCCCGCCGUGGUCGCCAAAUCCUCACUAUUAAAGAUGUUACUAAAGAUGAUCAAGGAGAAUACAGCUUUGUUGUUGAUGGAAAAAAGACUCAAUGCCAACUGAAAAUGAAGCCUCGUCCCAUGGCUAUUCUUCAAGGACUUACUGAUCAAAAAGUCUGUGAGGGAGACAUUGUACAGCUUGAAGUUAAAGUCUCCCUAGAAAAUGUUGAAGGUGUCUGGAUGAAAGAUGGUCAGGAAAUUCAAUCAAGCGAUCGUAUUCACAUUGUGUUGGAUAAACAGUCACACAUGUUACUUAUAGAAGAUGCAACAAAGGAAGACAGUGGAGCUUACUCUUUCAGUGCUCCUGGUCUUGGACUGUCAACCACUGGACAGAUCACAGUAUACAGUGUGGAAAUAGUGGUGCCACUAAAAGAUGUUCAUGUAGUUGAAGGAACAAAAGCUAUCCUUGAAUGCAAAGUUUCAGCACCUGAUGUGACUUCCUCCAAAUGGUACUUAAAUGAUCAUCAGAUAAAGCCUGAAGAACGUGUACAAGCUGUUUGCAAAGGCACUAAACAGAGGCUUGUGCUUACCAGAACCUAUGCAUCAGAUGAAGGAUAUUAUAAGCUGAUGAUUGGCAAAGUUGAAACAAGUUGCAAUGUCACAGUUGAAAAAAUUGAGAUUAUUAGAGGUCUUCAUGACAUCACCUGCACUGAAACUCAGAAUGUAUCCUUUGAGGUGGAGCUCUCCCAUUCAGGAAUUGAUGUAAUCUGGCAUUUCAAAGACCGAGAAAUAAAGCCUGGUCCUAAGUAUAAAAUUGAAGCACAUGGCAAAAUAUAUAAAUUGACAGUGGUGAAGAUGAUGAAAGAUGAUGAAGGAGAGUAUGUAUUUCAUGCUGGAGAGAAGAAAACAUCUGGAAAGCUUAUAGUAGCAGGUGGUGCCAUUUCAAAGCCUCUCACGGAUCUGACUGUGGCUGAGUCCCAGACAUCUGUUUUUGAAUGUCAGGUGGCAAAUCCUGAAUCAGAGGGCCAGUGGCUAAAACAUGGUAGACCAUUAGCUAUGACAGAUCAGUACCGUGCUGAAUCUGAUGGUGUAAAGAGAAGGCUCAUUAUCCCUGUCACAAAAAUGGAAGAUAUGGGUGAAUAUAGCUAUGAAAUAGCAAGCUCAAAGACAACUGCCAAACUGAAGGUUGAAGCUGUUAAAAUAAAGAAGACACUAAAGAACUUGACUGUGACAGAAACACAGGAGGCAGUUUUCAGUGUAGAACUGACCCACGCUGAUGUGAAAGGAGCUUUGUGGAUUAAAAAUGGUGUUGAACUUGAAUCAAAUGACAAAUAUGAAAUUACAGUGAAAGGAACUGUUCACACACUGAAAAUUAAACACUGUGUUGUCACUGAUGAGUCUGUUUAUAGCUUUAAGCUUGGAAAGAUAGGAGCAAAUGCCAGACUUCAUGUGGAAACUGUCAAGAUCAUAAAAAAGCCAAAGGAUGUGACUGCUUUGGAAAAUGCUGUUGUCUCCUUUGAACUGAGUGUAUCCCAUGAUACUGUACCUGUCCGAUGGUUCCACAAAAACAUUGAGCUUAAACAAAGUGAAAAAUACAAGAUGAUCUCUCAAAGGAAAGUUCAUAAGCUUAUGCUGCAUAACAUAUCUCCUGCUGAUGCCGGAGAAUACACAGCUCUUGUUGGGCAAAUCGAGUGUAAAGCAAAACUGUUUGUGGAAACUAUACACAUCACGAAGACCAUGAAAAAUAUUGAGAUCCCUGAGACCAAAACCGCCUCUUUUGCAUGUGAAGUUUCUCAUUUCAAUGUGCCUGCUGUCUGGUUGAAAAAUGGUGUGGAGAUUGAAAUGAGUGAAAAGUUCAAAAUAGUAGUCCAGGGAAAACUCCAUCAGCUCAAUAUCAUGAACACAAGCAGUGAAGAUUCUGCAGAAUACACCUUUAUCUGUGGAAAUGACAGAGUCAGUGCAACCCUGACUGUAAAACCCAUCUUGAUUACCUCCAUGCUAAAAGACAUCAAUGCUGAAGAGAAAGAUACGAUAACAUUUGAAGUUACUGUUAACUAUGAAGGUAUCUCAUAUAAAUGGCUCAAGAAUGGGGUAGAAAUAAAAUCGACUGAUAAAUGCCAGAUACGAACAAAGAAGCUCACACAUUCCCUCUCCAUAAGAAAUGUGCAUUUUGGUGAUGCUGCAGAAUACACCUUUGUUGCUGGAAAAGCAGCUUCAUCAGCCACUUUAUAUGUGGAAGCUCGUCACAUUGAAUUUAGGAAGCAUAUAAAAGACAUUAAGGUUGUGGAGAAGAAGAGGGCUAUUUUUGAAUGUGAAAUUUCAGAACCUGACAUUCAGGUCCAGUGGAUGAAGGAUGGACAAGAACUCCAGAUUGGUGACAGGAUGAAAAUUCAAAGAGAGAAAUAUGUGCAUCGUCUCAUCAUUCCUUCCACAAGAAUGUCUGAUGCUGGCCAGUACACUGUAGUAGCGGGUGGAAACACAUCCAGUGCCAAGUUGAUAGUGGAAGGCCGUGACAUUCGUAUCAGAAGCGUCCGUAAAGAUAUUCAGGUCCUUGAAAGACAAAGAGCUGAAAUUGAAUUUGAAGUCAAUGAAGAUGAUAUUGAACCACAGUGGUACAAGGAUGGUAUUGAGAUCAACUUCCAAUAUGAGGAAAGAUACAGUUAUGUGGUAGAAAGGAGAAUUCAUCGAAUGAGUAUCUUUGAAACUACUUACUCUGAUGCUGGAGAAUAUACUUUUGUUGCAGGACGGAAUAGGAGUUCUGUUGUUCUCUAUGUGAAUGCUCCAGAGCCACCCAAGAUUAUUCAAGAACUAGAGCCAACCACUGUGGAGUCUGGCAAGCCUGCCCGCUUCUGUGCUAUGAUAUCAGGCAAACCCCAGCCCAAAAUUUCCUGGUACAAAGAUGAUCAACAGCUUUCUUCAGGUUUCAAGUGCAAAUUUCUUCAUGAUGCACAAGAAUAUACCCUAUUGCUCAUUGAAACUUUUCCUGAAGAUGCAGCAGUGUACACCUGUGAAGCAAAAAAUGACUAUGGAGUUGCUACAACUUCAGCUUCGCUUUCAGUAGAAAUCCCAGAAGUUGUUUCUCCUGAACUAGAACUGCCAGUGUAUCCACCUGCUGUCUUAAUGCCGCUACGUGAUGCUGUUACAUCCGAGGGACAGUCUGCUUGUUUUCAGUGCAGAGUUACAGGGACAGAUCUGAAAGUCUGUUGGUACAGCAAAGAGAAAGAGAUCAAGCCAUCACGGUUUUUUAGAAUGACUCAGUUUGAAGACACUUACCAGCUGGAGAUUGCUGAAGCUUACCCAGAGGAUGAAGGAGUCUAUACCUUUGUGGCUAGCAAUUCUGUAGGCCAAGUGACAAGCACUGCUACCUUGAAGUUAGAAGGAUUUAAAAAGGUUGAAGAAGUUACAUCAGAGUCCCAUUGGCAUGUUUCUUCAUCUGUUUCACUUAAGGAGGAGUCUAUUGGCCAAAAGCCCACCUUUAUCCAGCCUAUUUCAAGCUGCAGGGUAUGCAGCGGGGAAUCAGUCAGAUUUCAAGCUAGAGUCUUUGGCAUGCCCAAACCAAAAAUCCAGUGGUUUCAUAAUCAACAACUCAUGUUGCCAACAAAAGACUUAGUUUUCCACUUUGAUGAGUCUACAGGCACAGCUAUACUGAUAAUAGUAGAUGCUUUCUUAGAGCAUGCUGGCCAAUACUCUUGCAAGGCAAGAAAUAGUGCUGGAGAAACAACUUGUACAGCUACACUUACAGUGACUGCAGAAGUGCAAGCCUUAGAUAGGCAAAGUUCUGGGAAAGAUGUAAAAGAAUCUAUGCGGUCGCAGGCUAUAACAGAACUUCAUGUUGCUCCUCUUACAAAGAAGGACACUGAAACUUAUCAGAAAGAAUUAAAAUCACUGCAGCAAUCAUCCCAGGAGUUGGGUGUACAGGUUUUUGAAAGCAUAGCAGAAAGUUUGACCAUGAAGGCUGCAGCAGUUAAAGAAAUGGAAGCCAUGAACACAACAGUCCUUUCCCAAAGAUCUCAGAGCACCAGGAUAUCUAUGACCACUUCUCGGGAAAUGAAAGAUGUCCCUCCAAAGAUUCUCUUGCAGCUCAGAGACCUGACUGUGAAAUGUGGUGACACUGCUCAGUUCAUAUGUGCCUUAGAAAAUGAAUUCUUCUCUGAGUUUCUUUGGCUGCAUGAAGGUGAAAAAAUAGAAAUGUCUGAAAAAUUGAAGAUAUCACAAAAUGGAAGUGUCUUACUGCUCACAAUCCUAAAUGUCCAGCUGACAGAUCAAGGACUGUACAGCUGUACAGUAUAUAAUGAUUACGGAGGGGCAACAACUGCUGCAAUACUAACUGUCACAGGUGCUCCUGAAAAAACGGUUCAUGAGAAGGUAGAGGAAGAGAUUGAAAUGGAAGCAAAAGACUUCUCUAGCUCUCUUCCUGUGUCUUCUGAGGAAGGAAGAAGUGAAGGCUACAGCAGUGGCCUUCAGUUGCCUGAUAAAGAAAAAACACUUGAAUUUGAGCCUGAAAAACCAGUUUAUUCCAGCAAAGCAAAGAUGAAAAUGGAGGGGGGCCAAGCCCCUGUUUUCCUAAAGCAGGUCUCAAAUGUUGAAGUCUGGCAGGGAGAUGUAGCUAGGCUCUCUGUUACUGUUACUGGCAGUCCCACACCCAAAGUCCAGUGGUUUUUCAACAGUAUGAAGUUAACCUCAUCUACAGACUGUAAGUUAGUGUUUGCUGGCAACGAUCACAGCCUCAUCCUCCCAUAUGCGGGUGUGCAGGAUGAGGGUGAGUACACAUGUGUGGCCAGCAAUGUACACGGUGAGACCACAUGCAGCGCCCACCUCCAUGUGCACCAGCGGAUACCAGGCGUCCCUUGCUUUGCCAGGAAGCCAGAGAGCAUACGGUGUGCACCAGGAUUCACCGCAGUCUUUGAGUACACUGUGGCUGGGGACCCAUGCCCUGAUGUGCUGUGGUUCAAGGGAAGUGAACAGCUUUUCUCUGAUGCACAUCACUCUGUUGCUCACUAUCCUGAUGGGUCAGGCUCCCUGACAGUGCAGGAGUGCAUGGAGGAGGACACUGGGCUUUACACGUGCAAGGCAGUGAGUGCCCUGGGCGAGGCCACAUGCUCUGCUGAGCUCCUUGUGCUGCCUGAGGAGCGUGCUGUUCACAGGCAAAGCCCAGCCUUGCAGCAUUCUGCAGUGGCAGAAGACCAGAGUCUCCUGUCAUAUGAGGAGGCUGGUGAACUUCCUGCUGCAGAAGGAGCACUGAGACUUGAGGCCAUGAAAGAGCCCCUGGCCCUCCUUCAGCUCCAGAUGAGCCAGGAGGAGCAUGUGCUGCCCAGGGAGGACAUCUUGCCCAGCCUGCCACCAGCCUGCUUGGCUGCACAGAGUGUUGAAGAGAUGCUCACCCAGGCAGCCACAACACAAGAGAGUGGCAAGCUUUUGGCAGAGCCCCUGGAAACCUUCCCUGCUGGCCCCCAGGGUGUGGUGCCUGCGGCAGCAAUGGAAACACGACUGCCAGGCUGCCUUGGGACUGUAGCCACACAGAUACUCUUGCCCAAAGAGCAGGUCAUCCCUGAGACAGCAGAGCAAACGGCUGCUCUGAAGACAGAGGCUUCCCAAGCCCUUCUACAGGUUUCAAGCACCACUGAGAGCCGUGCCAUAGAUGGUGACCAUAUGCAGGUCCUCGAGGGCUUCCAGGCAGCGCAAGGUGAGCUGAAGGCUGAACCUAGACUUGCCUCUGAACUGGCCUUCACUGGGGGCCAAGCUGUUCCUCUGGAGACUGUUUCUUCCCUGGAAGCAGCAGAGGCAGACUUUGCUGCAAGAAUCCACGAGGGACAGGCUGUGAGAUUUCCCUUACUGCUAGAAGAAAAACAUCCCCUGGAGGAGGAACGCAUUGUCAAUCUUGUCAAAGAAGGAAAAUCCUGUGAUGAAACCUCUGAGCUGAAGUCCCAGCAGGCUGAGAGAACUAUGGAGGCAGAAAUACCCCUGGAGCAGCCUUUGUCUGCACAAGUAAUCAACACUGUGACUGGGCAUAGUCAAAUCAAGGAUGUGGGUGCAGCUGCAGCCACUGCUGAUGUAGCCUCUGCAGGUGUUCCCACUGAGACACCCACAGAAAUAUUGAAACGGAAAGAGAAAGGGGAAGAAAUAUGUGAGGAAGAGAGCAGGAAAGUUCUGGAAGCUAAAGCUGGGAAACUACAGAUCAAAAAGAGUUAUCCCGUCAUACAUAGAAACCUGGUCGACACUGUUGUGGAAGAAGGAGAAAGUGUCAGUUUGGUGUCUGUCAUAACAAAUGUCAGGGAGGUGAACUGGUACUUUGAGGGUAAACUGGUGUCUUCAGGUGACAAAUUCAAGUGUUUGCAAGAUCAGGACACAUACACACUAGUAAUAAGCAAAGCAUGCAGUGAUACUCACCAAGGAGAAUACACCUGUGAGGCGCUGAACCAAGGUGGAAAAAGAGCAACAGCAGCAAAACUCACAAUUGUUAAAAGAGUUGCACCAAUCCUAAGGAGAAGGCUCACACCAGUGGAGGUGGCUGUAAAUCAUGUGGCCAAGUUUACCUGUGAGGUAGAGACUGCGCCCAAUGUCAAGUUCCAGUGGUACAAAGCCGGCCGAGAGAUAUAUGAUGGGGACAAGUACUCCAUUCGCACCUCCAACUACCUCUCCACGCUUGAGAUUCUGAGGCCCCAGGUCGUUGACUGUGGCGAGUAUAGCUGUAAGGCUUCCAACCAGCAUGGCAGUGUAAGCUCUACAGCCCUUUUGACAGUGAGUGAAGCAUUACCACCAACGUUUCUUACCAGACCUGAAUCUAUCACUACUUUUGUGGGCAAAAGUGCCAAGCUCCUGUGUACUGUUUUGGGUACUCCAGUCAUCGACGUCGUCUGGCAGAAAGAUGGCACGACCAUUUCACCUUCGGACCAUCACAGGAUCUCCAAAGUGGAAAACAAACAUGUACUAGAAAUUUCCCUUCUCACCACAAGUGACAGAGGGGUUUACACUUGCAAAGCUUCCAACAAGUUUGGGGCUGACAUUUGCCAGGCUGAAUUGAUCAUUAUAGACAAGCCUCACUUCAUUAAAGUCCUGCAGUCAGUGCAGUCAGCAGUCAAUAAAAAAAUACGCCUUGAAUGUCAGGUAGAUGAAGACAGGAAAGUAACAGUAGGGUGGACAAAGGAUGGAAACAAAAUUCCUCCAGGCAAAGAUUAUAAGAUUUACUUUGAAGACAAAAUAGCCUCACUUGAGAUUCCUUUGGCUAAGCUGAAGGAUUCAGGCCAUUAUGUGUGCACUGCCUCGAAUGAGGCAGGAAGCAGCUCCUCUUCUGCCAGCGUCACAGUCAGAGAACCACCAUCCUUUGUCAAGAAGGUCGAUCCGUCUUAUUUACUGACUCCAGGUGACUCUGCACGCCUUCAAUGCAAAAUCAAAGGGUCUCCUGAAAUACAGGUUACUUGGUUCAAGAACAAUAAGGAAAUCCGUGAAAGCAACACACAUAGGAUGUCCUUUGUCAAUUCUGUGGCUGUCUUAGAUAUUUUGGACGUGAAAGUUGAUGACAGUGGGAGCUACUCAUGUGAAGCUGUAAACGAGGUUGGAAGUGACAGCUGCACCACCGAAGUAGUUGUCAAAGAGCCUCCGUCUUUCAUCCGAACACUUGAACCAGCAGAGGUAGUAAAGGGAACAAACCCCGUUCUUCAGUGUGAGGUUGCUGGUACUGCACCAUUUGAAAUUAGCUGGUACAAAGACAAGAAACAGAUUCGCAGUAGUAAAAAGUACAGGUUGACCUCUCAGAAAGCUGUUAUUUCUCUGGAGGUGUCCUCGUUUAAUAGUGCUGAUGUCGGUGAAUACGAGUGUGUGAUAGCUAACGAAGUCGGGAAGUGCAUAUGCAGUGCAACAUACAUCUUGAAAGAACCACCAUCUUUUGUUAAGAAAAUCGAAAAUGUAACAGCUCUGGCUGGAGAUAGUGUUACAUUACAGGCUGUGGUGAAAGGGUCAGAGCCUAUUUCUGUGAUGUGGAUGAAGGGAAAAGACAUUAUUCAAGAUGAUAACAAAGUGAGAGUGACAUUUGAACAUGGUCUAGCAACACUGCAAAUUACCGGUGUCCAGCUGAGCUCUGGUGGGAAGUACACCUGUGUGGCUGAGAAUGAGGCAGGAACUCAGUCCUGCUUUGGUGAACUCUCAGUGAAAGAACCUGCCAAAAUCACUGAAAAAUCUGAAAUGAUCCAGGUAACAGCAGGGGAACCAGCCAUUUUGGAGUAUACUGUUACAGGCACUCCAGAGCUAAAAAUCAAAUGGUUCAAAGAUGGAAGACCACUACCUGCCAGCAAAAAAUACAGGAUCAGCUUUAAAAAUAACAUUGCUCAGCUCAAGUUUUAUGCUGCUGAACUGCAGGAUAGUGGCGAGUACACCUUUGAGAUAUCCAAUGAUGUGGGCACCAGCUCUUGUACUACCGGCUUCACAGUGCUAGAUCGCACUCUCCCUCCCUUCUUCACUAAACCCCUGAAGAAUAUUGACAGCAUCAUUAACACAUCAUGCCGCCUAGACUGCAAAAUUUCAGGCUCUCUUCCAAUGACUGUCUCUUGGUUUAAGCAGGACAUUGAGAUCACUUCAAGUGCCAAGUACACAGUACACUUUGCAGAAGGCUCUGCAUCUUUGGAAAUAAAACACCUAGAUGCAAGUGAUGCUGGGGUCUACAUUUGCAGAGCCACAAACUCUGCUGGUAGCAAAGAGAGCAGUAGCACUUUGUUUAUAAAAGAGCCACCUAGCUUCAUUGUAGAACCAGAGUCCCAAGAUGUACUGCCUGCAUCAACUGUACGUUUCAAAGGCACAUUUAAAGGCACAACACCACUGAUGGUAAAAUGGUUUAAAGGUGAAACUGAGCUGGUGACAGGAGGAGCCUGCUACAUCAUGACGGAAGCAUUAGCAAGUUACUUGGAACUUUACGCAGUCAAACCAACAGACUCAGGAAAAUACACCUGCAAAGUCUCCAAUGUAGCUGGUUCAGUAUCAUGCAGUGCAAACUUGUUUGUAAAAGAACCUGCUGCCUUCAAGGAGAAGCUAGAACCAACCCAUCUGGUAAAGAAAGGUGGAUAUGCUGAGCUGACCUGCGAAGUCACUGGUACUCCCGAGAUUAAAAUCACAUGGUUCAAAGAUGAUAGAGAGCUAAAAGAGAGUGACAAAUAUACAAUGUCUUUCACAAAAUCCUUGGCGGUACUUCAUGUUAUAGAAGCUGAGAUUGAAGACAGUGGAGAAUACAUUUGUGAGGCCAGAAAUGAUGCUGGGAAAGAUAUUUGCAGUAGUGUUGUUACGAUCAAAGAGUCACCUUAUUUUAGCAAGGAGUUUCAAUCCAUGGAAGUCUUGAAGGAUUCUGAUGUGGUUUUGGAGUGUGAGGUGCUUGGCUCACCUCCAUUUGAAGUGUUUUGGGUGAAGGAUGAUAAACCCAUGCGGAGCAGUAAGAAGCACAGAAUAAGCAUUGAGAAAUCUUUGAUUAGCCUCCACGUUUUCAGGUUUGAUGCUUCUGAUGUUGGCGAGUAUCAGUGUACAGUAACAAAUGAUGUUGGGAGCUGCUUCUGCAGUUCAGAGGUUACACUGAAAGAGCCCCCACAGUUCGUAAAAAGGAUAGAAAACAUUAGUUCCCUUCGAGGGGGAACGGUUGUGUUUCAGGCUGCUAUCAAAGGCUCCUUGCCCAUCACUGUGUCCUGGCUGAAAGACAAUGAUGAAGUGAUUGAAGAUAACAAUAUAAAAAUGACUUUUGUGAACAGUGUUGCCACUCUUCUGAUGAGGUCUAUUGAACUGAAACAUGAUGGAAAAUAUUUCUGUCAGGCUAAAAAUGAGGCAGGAAUUCAGAGAUGUUCUGCUCUGCUGACUGUCAAAGAACCUGCUACAGUGGUGGACAAGGCUGUGUCAAUAGAUGUGACUGAGGGAGACCCAGCAACCUUGCAGUGUAAAUUUUCGGGAACAAAACCUAUUACAGCCAAAUGGUUCAAAGAUGGCAAGGAAUUGACGUUAGGCCCAAAAUACAAGAUCAGUGUUACAGAUACUGUCUCAGUCCUAAAGGUGCUUUAUGCAGAAAAGAAAGAUAGUGGAGAAUACAUUUUUGAGGUUCACAAUGACGUUGGGAGCAGUAGCUGUUCCGCCAGCAUUAAUGUCCUGGAUCUCAUUAUACCACCUAAAUUCACCAAAAAGCUCAAGAAAAUGGACAGCAUUAAGGGCUCUUUUGUCCAUCUGGAAUGCAUAGUGUCUGGUUCACAUCCCAUAAGUAUCCAGUGGUACAAGGAUGGCCAAGAAAUAGCAGCAAGUGAAAAGCACAAAUACUCUUUCCAUGAUAAUACUGCAUUUCUGGAAAUCAAUAAACUGGAAGGCACAGACAGUGGCUCUUACACUUGUGAAGCGACCAAUAAGGCAGGAAGCAACCAGUGCAGUGGGUUCUUAACAGUCAAAGAGCCACCAUAUUUUGUAGAGAAACCCCAGUCCCAAGAGGUUGUGCCCAAUGCUAGGGUUCAGUUCAAAGCACUGGUGAAAGGCUCUGCUCCUCUGCAGAUAAAGUGGUUUAAAGACAGCCAAGAGCUUCUCUCUGGAGCCAAUCGAUCUGUCUGGAAGGAUGACACAUCUAGUGUACUGGAGCUCUUCUCAGCUAGGACAUCUGACUCUGGGAACUACACUUGUCAGAUAAGCAAUGAUGUGGGGACUGCAACUUGCAAAGCAACUUUGUUUGUAAAAGAGCCUCCCAGGUUUAUUCAGAUGCCAACUUCCGUAGUAGCUUUGCGUGAAGGACAGUCCACCACUUUCGAAUGCCAAGUAGUAGGCACACCAGAGAUCCACAUAACAUGGUACCUGGAUGGUAAUGAAGUGACUGACCAUGCCAAGUACGGCAUCUCCUUCAUAGACGGUUUAGCCACUUUGAAAUUAACUCAGUCCAGAGUGUCAGAUAGUGGGAUUUAUGUUUGUGAAGCCCACAAUGAUGCAGGUAGUGAAAGCUGCAGCAUCGAGCUGAAAGUAAAAGAGCCUCCAACAUUUGUUCGGGAGUUGCGUCCCACUGAGGUAGUGAAGGGUUUGGAAGCCAUACUUGAGUGUGAGGUGACUGGUACUCCUCCAUUUGAGGUGAAGUGGCUGAAGAACAAUAAGGAGAUGUUCAGCAGCAAGAAAUAUGCCAUCUCUGCCAAAGAAUCAGUAUUUACUCUUAAUGUGACUAACUGUGAUGUCUCAGAUGUUGGUGAAUAUCAGUGUAUUAUAUCAAAUGAGGGUGGGAGCUGUUCUUGCAGCACAAGGCUCAGCUUGAAAGAACCACCAUCCUUUGUCAAGAAGCUGGAGAACGUCACUAGCAUUUUGAAAGGUACUGCAUUCUUCCAGUGCGUUGUAGCUGGUGCUCAACCCUUAUCUGUGUCAUGGAUAAAAGAUGAGAAAAUACUAGAAGAUGAUGAGCACCACCAUAUCACCUUUGAGAACAGUGUGGCCACACUGGAACUUACCAAUAUUGACCUCAGCCACAAAGGAAGAUACACUUGCCAGGCAAAGAAUGAAUCUGGCAUGGAGAAAUGUUUUGGUUUGCUUUUUGUACAAGAGCCUGCCCAAAUUAUAGAAAAGGCUAAAUCACUUAAAGUCACUGAAAGAGACCCUGUGACUUUGGAGUGUACUGUGGCUGGGACACCAGAGCUCCGAAUAAGAUGGUACAAAGAUGGCAAACAACUCCUACCCAGUAGAUACUACACAAUGAGCUUUGAAAACAAUGUGGCCAGUUUCAGGAUUGAACCUGUAUCAAAGGAGGAUAGUGGUACAUACAGUUUUAAGGUUGAAAAUGACUUUGGAAGUAGCACCUGUGAAGCUCUUCUCACUGUCCUAGAUCAAUCAAUUCCUCCUGGAUUUAUCAAAAAACUAACCAAAAAGGAUACUGUUCUGGGAUCUUCUAUCCAAAUGGAGUGCAAAGUCUCUGGGUCACUCCCCAUUACUGCAAAAUGGUAUAAGGAUGGAAAAGAGAUAACUGACAGUGCAAAAUAUAGAAGCCUGUGCCACGAGAACACUAUGUCACUCGAGAUUGCUAAUCUAGAACUGGCAGACAGUGCAAAUUACACAUGCAGUAUCUCUAAUGUUGCUGGGAGCGAUUCUUGCAGUGCCGUCCUGACUGUGAAAGAGCCACCAAGCUUCUUAGUAAAACCUGAAAGCCAUCAAGCCGUCCCAGAUUCCACAGUGGAGUUUAAGGCUACACUAAAAGGAACACCACCCUUUACAGUAAAGUGGUUCAAAGAAGACUUAGAACUUGUAUCUGGUCCAACCUGUUUCAUUGGGAUUGAAGGGUCAACUGGGUUCUUAACCCUCUAUUCAGUGGAUACUUCUAGGAGUGGGUGCUACACUUGCCACGUUUCUAAUGAUGUUGGCAGUGACUCUUGCACUACAACACUGAUGGUAACAGAACCACCCAAGUUUGCUAAGAAGCUAGAGGCAGCAAAAGUGGUCAAGCAGGGUGACUCAGCCCGGCUUGAGUGCAAAGUAAGUGGAUCUGCAGAGAUGAAAGUAGUGUGGUUCAGAAAUGACCAUGAAAUUGUUGCCAGUGAAAAAUUCCGGACAUCAUUCAUUGACUCCGUGGCUGUGCUUGAAAUGAAUUAUCUCAGUACUGAAGACAGUGGUGACUACAUCUGCGAAGCUCACAACCCAGCCGGCAAGGCCAGCUGUAGUACUAAAGUCACAGUGAAAGAACCUCCUGUUUUUAGCAGGAAGCCCUCUCCAGUAGACAUGCUCAAAGGAACUGAGGUUAGCCUGGAAUGUGAGAUUUCAGGAACACCACCAUUUGACGUUACCUGGUACAAAGACAGGAGGCAAAUCCGCAGUAGUAAGAAGUAUAAGGUUACAGCCAAAAACUACCACACCAGUGUUCGCAUUCUUAAUGUUGAAGCUGCAGAUGUGGGUGAAUAUCAGUGCAAAGCACAGAACGACAUAGGAAGUGACACUUGUUUUUGCACUCUGAAGCUGAAAGAACCACCAAAAUUCUUGACUAAAAUAAACAGUGUGACUGUUGUGGUUGGUGAACCAGUAGAGUUACAAGCAAGAGUGGAGGGCUCCCAGCCAAUUUCUGUGCAGUGGCUUAAAGACAAAGAGGAAAUUAUUAGAGAAAGUGAAAACACGAAGAUCACGUUUAUGGAAAAUAUUGCAACUUUACAACUUCUGCGCACAGAGACAAGCAGUGCUGGAAAAUACAUCUGUCAGAUCAGAAAUGAUGCUGGAAGUCGAGAGUGCAUGGCUACCUUAAGUAUUCUAGAGCCUGCAGUCAUUGUAGAGAAAGCAGAACCAAUGAGAGUUACUAUAGGAGACGCCUGUACUUUGGAGUGCAAAGUGGCAGGCACACCAGAGCUUUCCACUGGGUGGUUCAAGGAUGGCAAAGAGCUGACCAGCAGCCAGAAAUACAGAAUUACUUUCCUCAAUAAAGUAUCUACGCUUAAAAUUAUGGAUGCAGAAAAGGAAGAUGCUGGACUGUACACUUUUGCAGUGCAGAACGACGUGGGGAAAAGCAGUUGCACAGCAUCAGUUGAUGUUUUAGACCGAAUCAUUCCUCCUUCUUUCACAAGAAAAUUGAAGGAAACUCCUUGUGUCCUGGGUUCCUCAGCAUUGCUGGAAUGCAAAGUGUCGGGUUCACCUCCUAUUUCUGUAGCUUGGUUCCGAAAUGGACUUAAGUUAGUCAGUGGGGAAAAAUAUCAAAUCUCCUUUUCAGAUAACCUUUGUAUUUUGGAAGUGAAUUCACUGAGUAAUUCAGAUGCUGGAACUUAUACCUGCAAAGCUACCAACAUAGCUGGUUCAGAUGAAUGCAGUGCUGUAUUGACCGUACAAGAACCACCUUCUUUUGAGAGGACACCAGAGGCUCUAGAUGUCUUGCCAGGCACAAGCAUCACUUUUACAUGUGUUAUCAGAGGAACCCCACCUUUUAAGGUGAACUGGUUUAAAGGGUCCAAUGAGUUGGUGCCAGGAGACAAAUGCAAUAUCUACUUGGAGGACUCUGUUGCGGAGCUUGAGUUAUUUGAUGUAACUCCUCUCCAAAGUGGAGAAUACACUUGUCUAGUGACUAAUGAUGCUGGCAGGGCAAAUUGUACAACACACCUUACAGUAAAAGAGCCAGCAGUCUUUGUGAAGAAACUGAGUGAUCAGUAUGUAGAGCCCGGCAAGGCCAUCAUCCUGGAGGGAACUUACACAGGCAGCCUUCCCAUUUCUGUGACAUGGAAGAAGAAUGGCCACACCAUCACUCAAUCUCAGAAGUGUAGUAUCACCACCACAGAGAAAUCCUGCAUCCUGGAAAUACUUGACAGCACCAAAGAGGAUGCAGGAGAAUACACUUGCCAUGUUGAAAAUGAGGCAGGAAGAGAUGUUUGUGGGGCUGUAGUCUCUACUCUAGAACCUCCCUAUUUCGUUACACACUUGGAAUCUCUUGAGGUGUCAGUUGGGGAUUACACAACAUUGCAAUGCCGUGUUGGUGGUACACCAGAAAUCACUGUGUCUUGGUACAAAGGUGAUACAAAACUCAGAUCUACUCCUGAGUACAAAGUGUUCUUUAAAGACAACAUUGCUACACUUAUUUUCAACAAAGCGGUUAGCAACGACAGUGGAGAAUAUACCUGCAAGGCAGAAAACAGUGUAGGAAUUGCAUCUACAAAGGCUCUCUUGACAGUUCAAGAGCGCAAACGGCCACCUUCCUUUGCAAGAAAAUUAAAGGACAUCGAGCACCCUGUUGGAUUACCCCUUAAAUUUAUGUGCCGGCUCAAUGGCUCAGAACCUAUUACUGUGGCUUGGCAUAAAGAUGGUGUGCUGCUAAGCGAUGACCACAAUGUGCACACAUCCUUUGUAGAUAAUGUUGCAGUGCUGCAGCUGGUGCGAACCGAGAUGAAUCAUACUGGGCAGUACUCCUGCACAGCCACCAAUGCUGUGGGCACUGCCACCUCAAGUGCUAGGCUCACAGUGGCAGAACCCAAGCAAGCACCUGUGUUUGACACCAAGCCAGAAUCUAUUGAUGUGCCUUUUGGAGAAAGUGCUGACUUUGAAUGCCAUGUUACUGGAGCCCAGCCAAUACAUAUCACCUGGUCCAAGGACGGACGGGAGAUCCGAACUGGAGGAAACUUCAAUAUUACAUUUGUAGCCAACACAGCUCACCUUCGUGUGCUCAGAGUGGGUAAAGGAGACUCUGGCCAAUAUACUUGCCAAGCUAGUAAUGAAGUUGGUAAAGACUUUUGCUCAGCCCAACUUUAUGUCAAAGAACCUCCCAAGUUCAUCAAGAAGCCUGAAGCUUUGCGGUUCGUGAAGCAGGGGGACACAGUGCAACUUGAAUGUAAAAUCAGUGGCACACCAGAGAUCAGAACCGUGUGGUACAAAAAUGAUCAGGCACUCCAAGCGAACGACAGGCUCCACAUGUCCUUUGUAGACUCCAUGGCAAUACUAACCAUCUUGAAUGCCAACACUGAGGAUGCUGGUGACUACAUAUGUGAAGCCCAGAACUCUGCUGGCACAGCCAGCUGCAGCACUUCAGUCACAGUUAAAGAACCACCUGUUUUUAGCAAGGUGCCAAGCCCUGUUGACACACUUAAAGGCUCAGAUGUUAUUCUCCAGUGUGAGAUAGCAGGGACUCCACCCUUUGAGGUUGCUUGGUUCAAGGACCGGAGGCAGGUCAGAAGCAGCAAGAAGUUCAAGGUGACAGCAAAGCAUUCAAUUGCCAGUCUUCAUAUUCUCAGUCUGGAAGCUCAAGAUACUGGAGAAUAUCAGUGCAAAGCUAUGAAUGAGGUGGGAAGCGACACCUGCAUCUGUCCGGUGAAAUUCAAAGAACCCCCACGCUUCGCUAAGAAGCUGAGUGACACUGCAAUCUUCAUUGGGGAGCCAACAGCCCUGCAGGCAGUGGUGGAAGGAUCCCCACCAAUUUCUGUUGUCUGGCUCAAGGACAAGGGUGAAGUUAUUAGGGAGAGCGAAAAUGUCCAAAUGUGGUUUAUGGACAACAUUGCAACUCUUGAGAUUGCCAGUGCAGAAGGAGCUGAUGUUGGGAAGUACAUCUGCCAGAUCAAAAAUGAUGCUGGCAUGCGGGAGUGCUCUGCCUUUUUACAAGUCCUAGAACCAGCAGUCAUCUUAGAGAAGACAGAGCCAAUCACAGUAAUGGCUGGCAAUCCUUUUACAUUGGAGUGCAAAGUAGGAGGAACACCUGAACUUAUUACCAAGUGGUACAAAGAUGGCAGAGAACUAAGGAGUGACCGCAAAUACCAAAUUACCUUUUUCAACAAUAUAUCCACUUUGAAAGUCUUUUCUGCAGACAGAGAAGACAGGGGCUUGUAUACUUUUGAGGUGCACAAUGAGGUGGGGGACAGCAGCUGCAUUUCUUCAGUUGAUGUUUCAGAUCGCCUUGUUCCUCCCUCAUUCUCAAGAAAACUAAAGCAAACAAAUGGGGUGCUGGGAUCCUCAGUGCUUCUAGAGUGCAAAGUGUCUGGCACAUCCCCCAUAUCUGUGUCCUGGUAUCAGGAUGGAAAUGAGAUUGUCAGUGGAGAAAAAUAUGAAAUCUCAUUCUUGGAUAAUGUUUGUGCUUUGAAACUGAAUGCCUUGGAUGUCACGGAUACAGGGCCAUAUACCUGUGUAGCAAGCAAUGUGGCUGGGUCUGAUGAAUGCAGUGCCUUCUUGACUGUACAAGAACCACCUUCUUUUGUGAAGAUACCUGAUCCCCAGGAAGUUUUGCCCAGAUCAAGUGUGACGUUCAGCACCUAUAUCAAGGGCAGUACUCCCUUCAAAGUGACCUGGUUCAGAGGCAUCAGGGAGCUGGUGCCAGAUAGCAACUGCUCCAUCUCUCUGGAUGAGUCUGUGGCAGAGCUGCAGCUGUACAACGUGGAGCCAGGCCACAGUGGGGACUAUGCCUGCGUUGUCACAAAUGAUGCCGGUAGUGCCUCAUGCACAACCCAACUCUUUGUGAAAGAGCCUGCAGUAUUUGUGAAGAAAUUAAGCGAUUUCAGUGUGGAGCAGGGGAAGUCCAUUGUGUUGGAAAGCAGCUACACAGGCACCCCUCCUGUCUCUGUCACCUGGAAAAGAAAUGGCAUGCCCAUUGCCCAGUCUCCACGCUGCAGUGUUACAACUACUGACAAAUCUGGAAUUCUUGAAAUCUUCAACAGCACCAAGAGUGAUGAAGGCGAAUACACCUGUGAGGUGGCAAAUGAGGCAGGUGGAGAUGUUUGCCACAGCCUUGUGUCUAUCUUAGAACCACCCUAUUUUGUCACACACUUGGACCGUGUGGAGGUGAAGGUUGGAGAGCCCUUGAUCUUAAAAUGCCAGAUUGGUGGUGCACCAGAAAUCAAGGUGUCCUGGUACAAAGAUGACACCAAGCUCAGAUCAACACAGGCUUACAAAAUGCAUUUCAAGAAUAAUGUGGCAACACUGGCAUUCUCCACCAUAGAGGAUAGUGACAUUGGAGAAUAUAUCUGCAAAGCAGAAAACAGUGUUGGCUUCGCCACCUCCACAGCUCUGCUUGUUGUUAAAGAACGGCAUCUUCCCCCUACAUUCUCCAGAAAACUGAAAGAUAUUCAGGAGGCGGUUGGUGCCCCAGUGACAUUUGAUUGCCGUAUAAAUGGCUCAGAGCCUAUCCAGGUGUCUUGGUACAAGGAUGGGGUUCUCUUAAGUGACAGUGAUAACAUGCAAUCAGCCUUCUUAAAUAAUGUUGCAACUCUUCAGAUCUUGCAAACAAGUAUGGCUCACUGUGGCCAAUACACUUGCUCAGCCAAAAAUGUUUUGGGGACUGCAUCUUCUAGCGCCAAACUUCUCCUCACAGAACUUCUACAACCUCCCUUCUUUGACAUCAAGCCAGUAUCUGUUGAUGUAGCACUAGGAGAAAGUGCAACUUUUAAGUGCCAUGUGACUGGCUCUGCUCCCAUGAAGAUUACUUGGAUGAGAGACAACAGACAGAUUCGCCCAGGUGGCAACUACAAGAUGACAUUGGUGGAAAACACGGCCAGCUUGGCAGUCCUAAAAGUUGGUAAAGGGGACGCUGGACUCUACACAUGUACAGCCAGCAACAGUGUUGGAAAGGAUGCGUGUGCAGCUGAACUGGCUGUACAAGAACCACCAAGGUUUAUUAAGAAACUUGACUCCUCAAGACUUGUGAAACAGCAUGAUUCCACUAAGUAUGAAUGCAAAAUAGGUGGAUCUCCGGAAAUGAAAGUCACCUGGUACAAAGGUGAAACUGAGAUCCAUCCCAGUGAAAAAUACCGAAUGUCCUUUGUGGAUUCAGUGGCAGUCAUUGAAAUGUACAACCUCAGUGUUGAAGACAGUGGUGACUACACUUGUGAAGCUCACAAUCCAGCUGGUAGUGCAAGCACCAGUACCUCACUGAAAGUAAAAGCACCCCCCAUUUUUAUCAAGAAGCCCCAUCCAAUUGAGACCUUGAAAGGGUCUGAUAUUCACCUAGAAUGUGAGCUUCAGGGCACUCCUCCAUUCCAGAUUUCUUGGUACAAAGACAAACGAGAAAUUCGGAGCAGCAAGAAGUAUAAGGUCAUGUCUGAGAACUACCUAGCUAGUAUUCACAUUCUCAGUGUGGAUACUGCAGAUGUUGGUGAAUACCACUGUAAAGCUGUAAAUGAUGUGGGGAGUGACUCCUGCAUUGGCUCUGUAACACUAAGAGCACCACCAACCUUUGUGAAGAAGCUGAGUGAUCUCACUGUUGUAGUUGGGGAGUCGAUUGAACUGCAGGCUGCAGUAGAAGGAUCACAGCCCAUUUCUGUUCUGUGGUUAAAAGACAAAGGGGAAAUCAUCAGAGAAAGUGAUAAUCUUUGGAUUUCCUAUUCAGAAAACAUUGCAACUAUGCGGAUUGGAAAUGCAGAGCCAGCCAAUGCUGGGAAAUACAUUUGUCAGAUAAAAAAUGAUGCUGGAGUUCAGGAAUGCUUUGCCACACUGAGAGUUCUAGAACCUGCAGUCAUUGUUGAGAAGCCAGGCCCAGUCAAAGUUACAGCAGGAGACUCAUGUACUCUGGAAUGCACAGUAGAUGGCACACCAGAGCUUACUGCUAGGUGGCUUAAAGAUGGGAAUGAACUGUCCACUGACCAUAAAUAUAAAAUCAGUUUCUUCAAUAAAGUAUCUGGGCUUAAGAUUCUCAACGCAAGACUAGAAGACAGUGGAGAAUAUACCUUUGAGGUGGAAAACAGUGUUGGUAAAAGCAGCUGCACAGCUUCAGUGCAUGUCUCAGAUCGUAUUAUACCUCCUUCUUUCACAAGAAAACUGAAAGAAACAUAUGGUCAGCUGGGUUCUUCUGCUGUACUGGAGUGUAAAGUUUAUGGAUCACCACCUAUUCUUGUUUCCUGGUUUCAUGAUGGAGAGGAGAUUAUCAGCGGAGACAAGUAUCAGGCUACUCUUACAGACAAUACCUGUUCUCUGAAAGUGAAUGGACUUCAGGAAUCUGAUAUGGGAACUUAUUUGUGCACAGCUAGUAACGUAGCUGGGUCUGAUGAGUGCAGUGCAUUUUUGAGUGUUAGAGAACCACCAUAUUUUGUGAAGAAACCUGAACCACUGAAUGUUUUAUCUGGGGCAAACAUAACCUUUACCAGUAUCAUAAAAGGCUCCUCUCCAUUGGAAGUUAAAUGGUUUAGAGGUAGUGUUGAGCUAGCACCGGGACACAGAUGCAGUAUCACCUUGCAAGAUUCAGUUGCAGAACUGGAGCUAUUUGAUGUACAUCCACUUCAGAGUGGAGACUACACUUGCCAGGUCUCUAACGAGGCAGGGAAGAUUUCUUGCACAACACAUCUUUUUGUCAAAGAACCAGCCAAAUUUGUGAAGAGGGUGAAUGAUUUAAGUGUAGAGAAAGGAAAAAAUUUGAUCUUGGAAUGCACAUACACGGGUACUCCACCAAUUUCAGUGACAUGGAAGAAAAAUGGAGUAAAAAUAAUGCACUCUGAAAGGUGUAGCAUCACCACUACAGAAACAUCUGCCAUACUGGAAAUACCUAAUAGCAAACUAGAAGACCAGGGGCAAUAUUCUUGUCAUAUUGAAAAUGAUUCUGGACAAGAUAAUUGUCAUGGUGCAAUCACAAUACUAGAACCACCUUACUUCGUUACACCCUUGGAGCCAGUGCAGGUGACUGUUGGGGAUUCUGCAUCCUUACAGUGCCAGGUUGCUGGAACACCAGAAAUGAUUGUAUCAUGGUACAAAGGCGAUACAAAGCUGAGAGGAACUGCUGCUAUGAAAAUGCACUUUAAAAACCAAGUUGCCACUCUGGUUUUCAGCCAGGUAGACAGUAGUGACAGUGGGGACUACAUCUGCAAAGUAGAAAAUGCUGUUGGUGAGGCUGCUUCAUCAUCUUUGCUGACAGUUCAAGAGCGUAAACUUCCUCCUUCUUUUAUGCAAAAAUUAAGAGAUGUCCAUGAAACCGUUGGCUUACCAGUUACAUUUGAUUGUGGCAUUGCUGGUUCAGAACCCAUAGAAGUAUCUUGGUUUAAAGACGGUGUACGUGUAAAAGAGGACUACAAUGUUCAUACAUCCUUCAUAGAUAAUGUAGCAACUCUUCAAAUUUUGAAAACAGAUAGGAGCCUUAUGGGACAAUAUACCUGCACAGCUACCAAUGCAGUCGGGACAGCUUCUUCUAGUGGCAGGCUUGUCCUUACAGAAGGGAAGACUCUUCCAUUUUUUGACAUCCCAGUUACACCUGUGGAUGGUAUUAUUGGAGAAAGUGCUGACUUUGAGUGUCACAUCUCUGGAACACAGCCUAUUAAAGUCACUUGGGCAAAAGACAACCAAGAGAUUAGAACAGGAAGAAACUACCAAAUCAGUUAUGUAGACAACACAGCCCACUUGACCAUCUUGAGAGUUGAGAGGGGAGACUCUGGACAGUAUACCUGCUAUGCUAGCAAUGAAGUUGGAAAGGACUCUUGCACAGCUCAGCUGACUGUUAAAGAACGAAAAUCUCCACCAACUUUCACUAAGAAACUGUCUGAAGCAGUAGAAGAAACAGAAGGGAAUGAACUUAAACUUGAGGGCCGUGUUGCUGGCUCUCAGCCUUUGACUGUUGCUUGGUAUAAAAACAAUCAGGAAGUUCAUUCAAGCCCUCAUUGUGAAAUAUCUUUCAAAAAUAACACCUUAAUUUUGCACAUAAAGUGUGUAGAACAAUCAGAUGCUGGUUUAUAUACCUGUAAAGUGUCCAAUGAAGCAGGAAGCGUGUUGUGUACAUCUUCUGUUGUUGUCAGAGAACCCAAAAAGCCUCCAGUUUUUGACCAGCCUCUUCAACCAGCAGCAGCAGAGGAAGGUGAUACUAUACAGCUCAGCUGCCAUGUCCAAGGAUCACAGCCAAUCCGGAUUCAGUGGCUGAAGGCAGGCAGAGAAAUAAGAGCUUCAGACAGAUGCAACUUCAGCUUUGCUAAUGGAGUAGCUCUUCUAGAACUCGCUGCAAUUACCAAAUCGGAUUCAGGAGAAUAUGUAUGCAAAGCUUCAAAUGCAGCUGGCACUGACACUUGCAAAUCUAAAGUGACAGUUAAAGAAAAAACAGCAGCCUCACCAGUAGCUAAGAAAGCAGAACUGGAAGGAAAACUUUAUUUUGUAUCAGAGCCUCAGAGUAUCAAAGUCAUGGAAAAAACUGUUGCAAAAUUUAUUGCAAAAGUUGGAGGAGACCCAAUUCCAAAUGUUAAAUGGAUGAAGGGAAAAUGGAGGCAACUCAACCAGGGAGGUCGCAUUACAAUCCAGCAGAGAGGAGAUGAAGCCAAACUAGAAAUAAAGGACACAAUAAAAACUGAUUCUGGCAUGUACAAAUGUGUAGCUUUUAACCAACAUGGUGAAAUUGAGAGGAGUGUAAACCUACAAGUUGAAGAAAGAAAGAAAGAAGUUGUUGAAGGGGAUCUCAGGGCAAAACUAAAAAGCACUCCAAAAAGGAAGGAAGGAGAGGAAGAGCAACCUAUUGAUAUCUUGGAACUUCUCAAAAAUGUAGAUCCCAAAGAAUAUGAGAAAUAUGCUCGCAUGUAUGGAAUUACAGAUUUCCGUGGCCUCCUGCAAGCCUUUGAGUUACUAAAGCAAACCCAAGCAGAAGAAAGCCAUAGACUGGAAAUUGAGCUUACAGAAAGAGCUCAAAGAGAAGAUCAGGAGUUUGAUGAACUUGUAGCUUUUAUUCAACAACGACUCUCACAAACAGAGCCUAUUACUCUGAUCAGAGACAUUGAAAAUCAGAUGGUUUUAACAGAUGAGGAUGCUAUCUUUGAGUGUGAGAUUAAAAUUAAUUAUCCAGAAAUUAAACUUUCAUGGUACAAGGGAACUCAGAAGCUGGACUCCAAUGACAAAUAUGAAAUUAGAAUUGAAGGUGAUCGCCAUAUACUAAGAAUCAGGAACUGCCAACUUGAAGAUCAGGGAAAUUUCAGAAUAGUGUGUGGACCACACAUUGCUAGUGCCAGGCUAACUGUGAUCGAACCUGCAGUUGAGCGGCAUCUCCAUGACACCACUUUCAAGGAAGGAAACACUUGCACGCUGUCCUGUCAGUUCUCUAUCCCAAAUGCCAAGUCUCAGUGGUAUAGAAAUGGGAGACCCAUUAAGAUAGGAGGGAGAUACUCAACACAAGUGUCUGACAAAGUACACAAACUCAUCAUCAAGGAUGUUAGAACAGAAGACCAGGGACAAUAUACCUGCAAGCUUGACAAUCUAGAAACAACUGCAGAUCUGGCCGUUGAAGCAGAACCAAUUCAGUUCACUAAGAGCAUACAGAACAUUGUAGUGAGUGAACACCAGUCUGCAACCUUUGAGUGUGAAGUGUCUUUUGAUGACGCAGUUGUGACAUGGUAUAAAGGCCCCACCGAACUGAGAGAGAGUCCCAAGUACAGCUUCAGAAGUGAAGGUCGCUGUCAUUAUAUGACCAUUCACAAUGUUAAUGCAGAAGAUGAAGGUGUAUACUCUGUAAUUGCUCGUCUUGAACCAAGAGGAGAAGCAAGAAGCACUGCAGAGCUCUAUCUGGUAACCAAAGAAAUCAAGCUGGAGUUGAAGCCACCAGAUGUUCCUGAUGCCAAGGUUGCAGUUCCACCUCAAAAAGCAGCUGAAGCUGCCCCUAUUCCUAUCCUUCUACCUCUUGUUCCACCACCAGAGGAGAAAAAGCCAGCAGAAAAAAAGGUUCCAUUAAAGAAAGUCUCCAAAAAGGUGGUUAAAAAAGUUCCUGAAGAAGUCCCACCACCAAAAGUUCCUGAGGUGCUGCCAGAGAAGCCCAAAGAGAUAAAAAUAACAUCCAUGGCAAGGAGAGAAGAGAUUCAUGAAGAAAAGAAGGAAAUAUAUGAACAACCCAAAGAACCUUAUGAAGAAUGGGAAGAAGAUUAUGGAGAAGACCACGAAUAUUAUGUCAAGGAAGAAGGCUAUGACGAAGGCGAAGAGGAAUGGGAAGAAGCUUAUGAAAAAAGAGAAGUGAUUUAUGAAGAAAAACAAGUGAUUCAUGAAGAAGUUGUUGAAGUUCCUAAGAAGCCUGUGCCUGAGAGAAAACCACCAACAAUUACAGCUGAAAAGAAGGAAAAGAAAGAAGUAACAGUUCAUAAAGUUGUCAAGAAACCUGUCGAUGAAAAAGUGGAGAUAACUACUCAGAGGGUUGCAGAAGAAAAAGUCAAACGGGCUGAGGUUACCAAGAAAGUUCUACCACCAAAGCCUACACCAAUGAUUGUUGAAGAAAAAGUUAUGAAAAAGGAAGUACCUACAGUAGAAACAUGGACUGUUUCAGAAGAAAAGAUGUCAGUUUCUGUCCACAAACAAGAAGAGUAUUCAUAUGUCACAGAGCCAACAGAGCGUGAGAAAACAGUUGAAGAAAGAUUCUUUGAAGCUGUUUACCCAAUUGAAGCACGUAAGGAAGUUGAAGAGGAAGAGGAGGAGGAAGAAGUAAUUUCUACAGAACAGGAGAUCCCACACGUUGAAGUGCCUGAGAUACCUAAGAGGCAUGUUCCAGAAGAAAGAAAGCCUGUUCCUGUUCCUAAAAAAGAAGCAGCUCCACCAGCUAAAGUGCCUGAAGUCCCUAAGAAACCUGUUCCAGAAAAGAAAGUUGCUGUUGCUAAAAAGGAAGUGGCUCCCCCAGCAAAAGUGCCAGAGAUGCCCAAGAGAGCUGCCCCAGAGAAAAAAAUUGUUCCAAAAAGAGAGGAAGCUCCACCACCUAAAGCAACAGAAGUACCUAAGAAACCAGCUCCAGAAGAAAAAAUACCACGUGUUCCUAAAAUAGAAGAAGCUCCACCUGCAAAAGUGCCUGCAGUUCCUAAGAAACCUAUGCCUAAAGAAAAAGUAUCUCCUGCUGUUCCUAAAAAAGUUGAGCCUCCUCCAGCUAAAGUGCCUGAAGUGCAGAAGAAAGCCACUUUUGAAGAAAGAGUUCUUAUUACAGAAGAAAGAAUAUCUGUUGCCAUUCCAGAGGAAAUCCCACUACCUGAAGAACCAACAGUAGAAGAAUGGUCUGAAGAAGAAAUGGAGGAAGUAUCUAUUUCCGUUCACAGAGAAGAGGUUUCUGAAGUGACUGAAGAAGAGUCUUACUACAUAGAGGAGAGGGUAACUGUUCCUAAAAGAGAGGAAGCCCUGCCCACUAAAGUGCCAGAGGUGCCAGAGAAAAUUCCAGAAGAGAAAGUACCUGUUGCUGUGCCUAGAAAACCAGAACCACCAGCAGCCAAAGUGCCUGACGCAUCUAAGGAAGUAGUUGUAGAAGAGAAAAUCAAAGUUGCUGUGCCUAAAAAAGCAGAAGCACCACCAGCUAAAGUGCCAGAAGUGCCCAAGAAAGUCCCAGAUGAGAAAAUACCAGUGGCAGAGCCUAAAAAAACAGCAGUUCGACCAGCUAAAGUGGCUGAGGUACCACAGAAAGUGAUCCCAGAAGAGAUUUCAGUUAAAGUGCCAAAGAAACCAGAACCUCCACCAACUAAAGUUCCUGAGGUGCCCAAGAAAGUUGUUUCAGAAGAAAAAGUACACACUGAAGCUCCUAAAAAACCAGAACCUCCACCACCUAAAGAACCUGAGGUGCCGAAGAAAGUUGUUCCAGAAAAGAAAAUAUCUGUGCCUAAAGAACCAGAACCUGCACCUGAAGAACCAGAGCCUGAGACAGUGCCUGGACUUGUAAAGAAACCUCGCAAAAUAAUUCCCGAAGUUACUCCUCCACCAGAAGAAGUUGUUUUGAAAAAAGUUCUUAGAAAGGAAAAAGAAGAGGAAGAACCUAAACCAGAAAAAGAACCUAAACCAGAAGUUAAACCAGUACCUACACCAGUAGAAAAAAUUAAGAAACCUGAAGUCCCAGAGGUUCCUAAGAAGAAAACGGAGAUACCUGAUAUAAAAAAAGAGGAGAAAUAUGUGCCCAAACCUCCAAAAGAACCUAAGCAAGCAGCUAUCCCACUUCCUGGGUCUGAGCCUAAACCUGCAGUGGCUCUAAAAUCUCCAAAACCAGCAGCAGAACCAGCACCAGCUGUUACUACUCCAGUGACAGUCCCAGUGGUUGGAAAGAAAGCAGAGACCAAGACACCAAAAGAAGAAACUCCAAAGGGUAUCAGUCCAGUCAAAGCCAAGAAGACACCUUCACCAGCAGAUGCAGAAAAAAGGAAACUCAGGCCAGGCAGUGGUGGUGAAAAACCUCCUGAAGAGCCUCCAUUCACUUACCAACUCAAAGCUGUACCACUGAAGUUUGUCAAGGAGAUGAAAGAUAUAGUGCUAACAGAAGCUGAGUCUGUUGGGUCUUCUGCAAUCUUUGAAGUCCUUAUUUCACCAUCCACUGCAAUUACCAGCUGGAUGAAAGAUGGAAGUAACAUACGAGAGAGUCCAAAGCACAAGUUUAUUGCUGAUGGCAAAGAUAGGAAGCUGCAUAUUAUUGACGUCCAGCUGUCAGAUGCUGGUGAAUAUACUUGUGUAUUACGACUGGGCAACAAAGAGAAGACCUCUACAGCCAAACUCAUUGUUGAAGAACUCCCAGUGCGGUUUGUGAAACCUCUUGAAGAAGAAGUCACUGUGAUUAAAGGCCAGCCACUGUACUUGACAUGUGAACUUAACAAAGAAAGAAGUGUGGUCUGGAGAAAGGAUGGGAAGAUCAUUAAAGAUGUGCCUGGGAAGUUUGCUCUGGGCAUUAUUGGUUUGUCACAUACCCUCAUGAUCACUGAUUCAGAUGAUGCUGAUGCUGGCACUUACACUGUUACCGUUGAAGGCACUGAGCUCUCAUGCUCAUCUUGUGUUAAGGUAGUAGAAGUGAUAAGAGACUGGUUAGUAAAACCCAUAAGAGAUCAGCAUGUGAAACCAAAAGGAACAGCUACAUUCACGUGUGACAUUGUCAAGGAUACGCCAAACUUUAAAUGGUUUAAAGGAGAUGAGGAAAUCCCUUCUGAACCCACUGACAAGACAGAAGUCUUGAAAGAGGGAAAUAAAAUUUUCCUGAAAAUCAAGAAUGCUGGCCCUGCUGAUGUUGGGGAAUAUUCAGUGGAAGUUGAAGGUCGCAGGUACCCAGCAAAACUGACCCUUGGAGAACGUGAAGUUGAACUUCUGAAACCAUUAGAGGAUGUUACCAUUUACGAAAAGGAAACAGCAAACUUUGAUACAGAAAUAUCUGAGGAUGAUAUUCCUGGUGAAUGGAAACUGAAAGGAGAAAUCCUGAGACCCUCACCUACAUGUGAAAUUAAAGCUGAAGGAGGAAAACGCUUCCUAACUUUGCACAAAGUGAAGUUAGAGCAAGCUGGUGAAGUCCUUUACCAGGCACUUAAUGCAGUUACUACAGCUAUCCUGACUGUGAAAGAAAUUGAACUGGACUUUGCUGUACCCCUAAAAGAUGUUACUGUUCCUGAGAGGCGCCAAGCAAGGUUUGAAUGUGUCCUUACCAGAGAAGCCAAUGUUAUUUGGUCUAAGGGCACUGAUAUACUCAAGAUCGGAGAAAAAUUUGACAUCAUUGCAGAUGGAAAGAAGCAUAUUCUUGUAAUCAAUGAUUCUCAGUUUGAUGAUGAGGGAGAAUACACUGCUGAAGUUGAUGGCAAGAAAAGCACAGCAAGACUGUUUGUGGAAGGUGUGAGACUGAAGUUCAUCUCACCUCUACAGGAUCAAACAGUGAAAGAAGGGGAAACAGCUCACUUUCAGUUUGAGCUUUCUCAUGAAGACAUGCUAGUGAAAUGGUACAAAAAUGACAAGAGACUCCACACAAGCAGAACAGUUUUCAUUACUUCAGAAGGCAAAGUUCAUAAACUAGAACUUAGAGAAGUAACACUUGAUGAUAUCUCCGAAAUAAAGGCCACAGUCAAGGACUUGAACACACAAGCAAACCUGAAAGUCUUAGAGGCUGAUCCAUAUUUCACUGUGAAAUUACAAGACUACAGUGCUGUGGAGAAAGAUGAUAUUACUCUGGAGUGUGAACUUAGCAAAGAUGUGCCAGUAAAAUGGUACAAAGAUGGUGAAGAACUAGUAGCUUCCAACAGAAUUUCCAUGAAAACAGAUGGCUUGCGCCGUAUCCUGAAAAUCAAGAAGGUUGCAGAGAGUGAUAAGGGUGUUUAUGAGUGCGACUGUGGAACCGACAAGACAACUGCUAAUGUCAGCGUUGAGCCUCGCUUAAUCAAAGUGGAGCGCCCACUUUAUGGAGUGGAAGUAUUUGUUGGUGAAACAGCGCGUUUUGAAAUUGAAAUUUCUGAGCCUGAUGUUCAUCCUAUAUGGAAGCUAAAGGAUGAAACACUAACACCUUCACCUGACUGUGAAAUCAUUGAAGACGGGAAGAAGCAUACUCUUGUCCUUCAUAACUGCAAACUUGAUAUGACUGGAGAAGUAUCUUUCCAAGCUGCUAACGUUAAAAGUGCUGCUAAUCUGAAAGUAAAAGAAUUGCCUCUCAUCUUUAUCACUCCACUAAGUGAUGUAAAGGUCUUUGAGAAAGAUGAAGCAAAGUUUGAAUGCGAGACAUCCAGAGAACCUAAGACUUUCCACUGGUUGAAAGGAACAGAAGAAAUAACUCCAGAUGAAAGAUACGAAAUUAUUUCAGAUGGAACAAAGCACACUCUGAUUAUUAAAUCUGCUGCCUUUGAGGAUGAAGCUAAAUACAUGUUUGAAGCUGAGGAUAAGAGAACAAGUGCCAAGCUAAUUAUUGAAGGUAUCCGCCUAAAAUUCAUUACUCCUCUCAAGGAUGUAACAAAAAAGGAGCGAGAAACUGCAGUGUUCACUGUAGAACUCUCCCACGAAAAUAUCACUGUUGUCUGGUUCAAGAAUGACCAGAGAUUACAUACCAGCAAAGUGGUUUCAAUGACAGAUGAUGGCAAAUUCCAUUCACUCACAAUCAAAGAUCUUACUAUUGAUGAUACUUCUCAGAUUAGAGUGGAAGCUAUGGACAAAUCAUCAGAAGCUAAACUCACUGUUCUUGAGGGAGAUCCUUACUUCACUGGGAAGUUGCAGGAUUACACUGCUGUAGAGAAAGAUGAAGUAAUUUUACAAUGUGAAAUCAGCAAAGCAGAUGCUCCAGUGAAAUGGAUGAAGGAUGGCAAACCAAUUACUCCAUCAAAGAAUGUUGUUAUUAAGGCUGAUGGUAAAAAACGAAUCCUUAUCCUCAAGAAAGCAUUGAAGAAAGACAUUGGACAGUACACUUGUGACUGUGGUACUGAUCAAACCGCUGCGAAACUCAAUAUUGAAGAUCGGGAUAUUGAGAUUAUACGUCCACUAUACAGUGUGGAGGUGAUUGAGACAGAGACUGCCCGUUUUGAUAUUGAAAUCUCUGAAGAAGGUGUCCAUGGCAAUUGGAGGUUAAAAGGAGAACCCCUGACUGAAUCAGCUGAAUGUGAAAUCAAGGAGGAAGGCAGAAAGCACUUCCUUACACUGUACAAUGUACGCUUAGAUCAAGCUGGUGGAGUAGAUUUCCAAGCAGCAAAUGCCAAAUCUGGUGCUCACCUCCGAGUGAAACCUCGAGUAAUUGGCUUGCUGAGACCCCUCAAGGAUGUAACAGUGACAGCUGGGGAAUCAGCAACCUUCGACUGCGAACUCUCUUAUGAGGGAAUUCCAGUAGAGUGGUUCCUGAAAGGAAAGAAACUGGAGCCCGGUGAAAAGGUCGUGACACGUGCUGAAGGGAGAGUUCACACACUUAUUCUAAGAGAUGUCAAGUUAACAGAUGCAGGAGAGGUAUCACUGACAGCAAAAGAUUUCAGAACUCAAGCAAAUCUUUUUGUGAAAGAACCCCCAGUUGAAUUUACUAAACCACUUGAGGAUCAGACUGUUGAAGAAGAGGCCACUGCAAUACUGGAAUGUGAAGUUUCCAGGGAAAACGCAAAAGUUCAAUGGUUCAAAAAUGGUGAAGAAAUUCAUAAAACAAAGAAGUAUGAUAUAAUUUCUGAUGGCAGGGUCAGAAAACUCAUUAUCCAUGGCUGCACACUGGAUGAUGCAAAAACAUAUACUUGUAAAGUUAAGGAUUUUAAGACAUCCUGCUUCCUCAAUGUAGAACCUAUUCGUCUUGAGUUCCUGAAGCCCCUAACUGAUCUUGAAGUGAAAGAAAAAGAAUCUGCUCGGUUUGAAUGUGAAAUUUCCCGUCCAGGGGUCAAGGUGAAGUGGUUUAAAGAUGGCAUUGAAAUUAGAAAAGGCAAGAAGUAUGACAUCAUUUCCAAAGGAGCAGAACACAUACUUGUUGUCAAUAAAUGUACCUUCGAUGAUGAAGCUGAAUAUGCCUGUGAAGCAAAAACAGCUCGAACAUCAGGACUACUUACAGUGAUAGAGGAAGAGGCUGUUUUCACAAAAAAUCUUCCUGAUCUUGAAGUGAAUGAAAAUGACACUGUAAAAUUGAUCUGUGAAGUUUCAAAACCUAAUGCUGAAGUUACUUGGUUUAAAGAAGAUGAGGAGGUGCCUGAUGGUGCUAGAUUUGAACAUAUUUCUGAUGGUCGAAAGAGAAUUCUUCUCAUCCAUAAUGCUCAUCCUGAGGAUGCUGGCAAAUAUACUUGCAAGCUCCCAAGCUCUAGUACAACAGGAAAACUUACCGUACAUGAACUUACACCACAGUUUCUUACCAGACCACAAAAUCUUGAGGUUCUUGAAGGAGACAAAGCCGAAUUUGUCUGUUCAGUAUCCAAAGAGGCAAUUUCGGUACAGUGGCUGAGGGAUGACACAGUCCUGGAGCCUGGUGAUAAAUACGACAUCAUUUCAGACGGCAAAAAGAGAACACUUGUAGUUAAAGACUCUAUUCUAGGAGAUGCAGGAAAGUAUACUGUCACGGUUGGUGAAGCUAAAGCUACAGCGCGUUUAACAGUGAUUGAAAAACUCAGGAUUAUAACUCCCCUUAAGGACCAAGAAGUUGGUGAGGGUCAAGAAAUUAUCUUCAACUGUGAAGUCAAUAAAGAAGGUGCCAAAGAGAAGUGGUACAAAAAUGAUGAGGCAAUAUUUGACAGUGCAAAAUACAUUAUUGUUCAUAAGGAUUUAGUUUACACUCUCAGAAUCAGAGAUGCACAGCUGAAAGAUCAAGCUACCUACACCAUUGCAGUGUCAAACCAGAGAGGUGAACAUGUCAAAAGCUUUGCUGCCUUAACUGUAUUAGAGGAGGAUCUCAGAAUUGUUGAGCCCCUUGAAGACAUUGAGACAAUGGAAAAGAAAACUGUCACAUUUUGGUGUAAAGUCAAUCGCCUUAAUGCAACCCUUAAAUGGACAAAGAAUGGUGAAGAGAUCACAUUCGACAGGCGCAUAUUGUACAAAAUUGAUAAAUACAAACACUCACUCAUCAUUAAAGACUGUGGGUUUAUAGAUGAAGGUGAGUACACUGUCACUGCUGGACAAGACAAAUCCAUUGCAGAGCUUCUCAUCACAGAAGCACCAGCAGAUUUCAUCGAACAUCUUCGGGACGAGACCGUCACAGAAUUUGAUGAUGCUGUCUUUACAUGCCAACUUUCCAAAGAGAAAGCCAGUGUAAAAUGGUACAGAAAUGGAAGAGAGAUAAAAGAAGGCAAAAAAUACCAUUUUGAAAAAGAUGGAAAUCUGCACAGACUAAUCAUUAAAGACUGCAGACUAGAUGAUGAGUGUGAAUAUUCCUGUGGCGUAGAUGACAGGAAAUCUAGGGCAAGACUUUUUGUUGAAGAAAUCCCUGUUGAGAUCAUCCGACCACCACAAGAUAUUUAUGAACCUCCUGGUACAGAUGUCAUCUUCAUGGCUGAGUUGAACAAAGAUGGUGUGGAGGUCAAGUGGUUGAGAAACAACAUGAUUAUUGUCCAAGGUGACAAACAUCAGAUGAUGAGUGAAGGAAAGGUCCACAGGCUGCAGGUGUGCGAUAUAAAGCCCCGUGACCAAGGGGAAUACAGAUUUAUUGCCAAAGAUAAGGAAGCUAGAGCUAAGCUUGAAUUAGCUGCUGCACCCAGAAUCAAGACUGGUGAUCAAAACCUUGUGGUUGAUGUUGGGAAGCCUUUAACUAUGACUGUUCCAUAUGAUGCCUACCCAAGAGCAGAAGCUGAAUGGUUGAAAGGGGAAGAAAAUCUGCCCACAACAACUGUUGAUACCACAACUGACUGUACUACCUUCAAAAUUUAUGAAGCAAAGAAAUCAGAUAAGGGAAGGUACAAGGUUAUACUUCGAAACAAACAUGGCCAGGCAGAAGCAUUCAUCAACGUAAAGGUCAUUGAUGUUCCAGGUCCAGUUAGAAACUUGGAAGUCACUGAAAUUUAUGAUGGUGAAGUUGGCCUUGCCUGGCAAGAACCAGAAAGUGAUGGUGGAAGUAAAAUAAUAGGCUAUGUUGUUGAAAGACGUGAUAUCAAGCGCAAAACCUGGAUUAUGGUCACUGAUCGUGCUGAAAAUUGUGAAUACACUGUUACUGGACUACAAAAAGGAGGUGUUGAGUACCUCUUCCGUGUUAGCGCACGGAACAGAGUGGGCACUGGUGAGCCUGUGGAAACAGAUACACCUGUGGAAGCUAAGAGCAAAUUUGAUGUUCCUGGACCUCCUCAGAAUGUAGAAGUUACUGAUGUGAACAGGUUUGGAGCUACACUUACCUGGGAACCACCUGAGUACGAUGGAGGAUCUCCAAUUACUGGCUACGUUAUUGAACUGCGUAACAGAGCUUCCAUCAAAUGGGAGCCAACUAUGACCACUGGAGCUGAUGAACUGUCAGCUCUCCUGACUGAUGUUGUGGAAAAUGAAGAAUAUUUCUUCAGAGUAAGAGCUCAAAACAUGAUCGGAGUUGGCAAACCAAGUCCUGCUACACGUGCAGUAAAAAUUAUGGACCCAAUCAAGAGACCAAGUCCUCCCAUUAACCUUGAUCAUUCAGAUCAAACUAAGUCAUCAGUGCAGCUCACAUGGGAACCUCCUCUUGAUGAUGGAGGAAGUCCAGUCUUAGGCUAUAUUGUUGAAAGGCAAGAAGACGGCACAGACAAGUGGAUUCGCUGUAACCCAAAAUUAGUACCUGCUCUUACUUUUAAGGUUACUGGAUUGAAACCAGGAUCCAGUUAUUACUACAGAGUCUCAGCAGAAAAUGCAGCUGGUGUGUCAGACCCAGCAGAGGCUAUUGGACCAUUAACUGCAGAUGAUACUUUUGUUGGACCUACAAUGGACCUAAGUGCAUUCAAAGACGGGCUGGAAGUUAUUGUUCCGGAGCCAAUCAAGAUCCAUGUUCCUAUCACUGGUUACCCUGUGCCAACUGCCACAUGGUAUUUUGGUGACCAAGUCUUAGAAGAGGGUGAUCGUGUAACAAUGAAGACAACUGCCUCCUUUGCAGAACUUGUAAUUACUCCAAGUGAAUGUCCAGACAAGGGAAUUUAUUCCUUAACAUUAGAAAACCCUGUGUCAUCUGUUUCAGGAGAAAUUAACGUUAAUGUCAUCACUCGUCCAAGUGCACCAACAGAACUCAAAGUUUUAGACAUAAUCAGGAACACAGUACAGCUGUCAUGGGAACCUCCAGAGGAUGAUGGUGGAAGUCCAGUUACUGGCUAUAUAAUUGAAAAACGUGAAGUAAGCCGGAAAACAUGGAGCAAAGUUAUGGAUCAUGUUGUUGACCAAGAGUUCACUGUACCUGACCUCAUCCAAGGAAAAGAAUAUUUGUUCAGAGUUUCUGCAUGCAAUAAAUGUGGCCCAGGAGAACCUGCGUAUAUUGAUGAACCAGUAAAUAUGUCAGCACCAGCAACGGUGCCUGAUCCACCAGAGAAUGUUAAAUGGAGGAACCCAACAUCAAAAGGAAUCUUCCUAACAUGGGAGCCUCCUAAAUAUGAUGGUGGCGCCCGCAUUAAAGGUUAUCUGGUAGAAAAAUCUCAGCGUGGUACAGACAAGUGGGAGACUUGUGGGGAACCUGUUGUUGAAACAAAGAUGGAAGUAACAAAACUCAAGGAAGGAGAGUGGUACGCAUAUCGGGUUAAGGCUUUGAACAGAAUAGGAGCUAGCAAGCCAAGUAAGCCAACAGAUGAUAUUCAAGCCAUUGAUGCAAAAGAGGCUCCAGAAAUUUUCUUAGAUGUGAAGCUUCUUGCUGGACUUACAGUGAAAGCUGGAACUAAAAUUGAGCUGCCAGCUAAAGUGGUUGGAAAGCCUGAGCCCCAGAUUACUUGGACCAAGGCUGACAAAAUUUUGAGGCCUGAUGACAGAAUCACCAUUGAAACCAAACCGGGUCAUUCUACAGUCACUAUUACAGACAGCAAGAGGAGUGACAGUGGAACCUAUAUUAUAGAAGCUGUAAAUACCAGUGGACGUGCUACUGCUGUUGUUGAAGUUAAUGUUCUUGAUAAACCUGGGCCACCAGCUGCAUUUGAUGUAUCAGAAAUCACAAAUGAAUCCUGUCUUCUGACAUGGAAUCCUCCCCGAGAUGAUGGGGGUUCUAAAAUUACCAACUAUGUCCUUGAGAAAAGAGCUACAGACAGUGAAAUAUGGCACAAGUUGUCAUCAACUGUAAAGGAUACAAAUUUCAGAGCUACCAAUUUAACUCCUCAUAAAGAAUAUGUGUUCCGAGUCAGUGCCGAGAACAUGUAUGGUAUUGGGGAGCCAGUAGAGUGUAGCCCCAUCAUUGCAAAAUAUUCAUUUGAUCCACCAGGCCCUCCAACAGGUCUCAAGCCUACAGAGGUCACUAAAGAUUCAGUCACCCUAACAUGGAAUGAACCAGAUGAAGAUGGUGGUAGCCCCAUAACUGGCUACUGGGUUGAAAGAUAUGAUCCUGAGCAGGAUAAAUGGAUAAAAUGCAAUAAAAUGCCAGUGAAAGAUACAACAUUCAAAGUUAAAGGUCUUACGAAUAAGAAGAAAUAUAAGUUCCGUGUCUUGGCAGAGAAUCUUGCAGGACCUGGAAAACCAAGCAAGGAAACAGAGCCAAUCUUAGUGAAAGACCCAAUUGAUCCACCAUGGCCUCCCGGAAAGCCAACUGUGAAAGAUGUUGGCAAGACAUCAUUAUCCCUUAGCUGGACAAAACCAGAACAUGAUGGAGGGGCAAAGAUUGAAUCUUAUGUCAUUGAACUAUUAAAGACUGGAACAGAUGAGUGGGUGAGAGUGGCUGAAGGAGUUCCCACAACUGAGCACUUCCUUAAAGGGCUUAUGGAGAAACAAGAAUAUUCAUUCCGUGUAAGAGCUGUGAAUAAGGCUGGCGAGAGUGAGCCCAGUGAACCCAGUGACCCUGUGCUGUGCAAGGAGAGGCUCUAUCCUCCUUCACCACCUCGGUGGCUUGAGGUUAUUAAUAUUACUAAAAACACAGCAGAUCUUAAAUGGACAGUACCAGAGAAGGAUGGAGGUUCCCCAAUUACCAACUACAUUGUUGAAAAGAGAGAUGUAAGGCGUAAAGGCUGGCAGACAGUUGAUACAACAGUGAAAGAUACCAAGUACACAGUGAGCCCACUGACUGAAGGCUCCUUGUAUGUGUUCCGUGUGGCUGCUGAAAAUGCCAUUGGACAGAGUGACUAUUGUGAAAUAGAAGAUUCAGUGCUUGCUAAAGAUACUUUCACAACUCCUGGGCCUCCAUAUGCUCUUACAAUAGUUGAAGUGACAAAAGGUCAUGUAGAUUUAAAAUGGGAACCACCUAAGAAUGACGGUGGCAGACCAAUUCAAAGAUAUGUUAUUGAAAAGAAAGAAAAACUAGCCACUCGCUGGGUAAAAGCUGGCAAGACGGCUGGUCCAGACUGCAAUUUCAGAGUAACGGAUGUCAUCGAAGGUACAGAUGUACAGUUCCAGGUUCGUGCAGAAAAUGAAGCUGGUUGUGGUCACCCCAGUGAACCAACUGACCUCAUUCAUAUUGAAGAUCCAACAAGUCCUCCUUCACCUCCUCAGGAUUUACAUGUUACAGAUGCAGGACGAAAGCAUAUUUGCAUUGCAUGGAAACCACCUGAGAAGAAUGGUGGAAGCCCUAUUAUUGGUUAUAAUGUUGAAAUGUGCGAAGCAGGAACAGAAAAAUGGAUGCGGAUCAAUUCUCGUCCAAUAAAAGAUCUAAAAUGUAAAGUGGAGGAAGGUGUUGUUCCAGACAAAGAGUAUGUGCUGAGAGUCAGAGCAGUCAAUGCUGUUGGAGCUAGUGAGCCAUCAGACAUCUCAGAAAAAGUUGUUGCCAAGGACCCAGACUGUAAUCCCACCAUUGAUCUACAAACUCGUGACAUUGUUGUUGUGAAAGGACAGAAAUUAAGUAUUCCCGUACCCUUCAGAGCUGUUCCAUCGCCAACUAUCACGUGGCACAAAGAUGGCAAAGAGUUGAAAGCUGGUGACAGAACAACAAUGAAGAGUGAUUACACCUCUGCAUUGCUUGAAGUCAUAGACAGUGUUCAUGCUGAUGCUGGUGUUUAUACCAUCACAUUGGAAAACAAGCUGGCAUCAACGACUGGUUCAGUCAAUGUCAAAGUCAUAGGUCCACCUGGACAGUGUAAAGACAUUAAGGCAAGCGAAGUAACUAAGAAUUCUUGCAAAAUAUCCUGGGAACCUCCAGACUUUGAUGGUGGCACUCCUAUUCUGCAUUAUGUUCUGGAGCGCAGAGAAGCUGGUCGUAGAACAUAUAUCCCAGUCAUGUCUGGUGAAAAUAAGCUUUCAUGGCAAGUCAAAGAUCUUAUCCCAAACAGUGAAUAUUAUUUCCGUGUUAAAGCUGUCAAUAAGAUUGGAGGAGGUGAAUAUCUUGAACUAAGAAAUCCAAUCAUUGCAGAAGACCCAAAACAGCCUCCAGAUCCUCCUGUUGACCUUGAAGUUCAUAAUCCAACAUCAAAAUCAGUAACACUUACAUGGAAACCACCCCUGUUUGAUGGUGGAAGCAAGAUUAUGGGCUACAUAAUAGAAAAGCUCGCUAAGGGCAAGGAGAGAUGGGAGAGGUGCAAUGACUAUCUGGUACCUCUGUUAACUUAUCCAGUGAAAGGUCUUGAGGAAGGAAAGGAAUAUCAGUUUCGUGUUCGUGCUGAGAAUGCUGCUGGCAUUAGUGAGCCUUCUCGGAUUACUCCUUUUGUGAAAGCUGUGGAUCCUAUUGAGGCUCCAAAGGUCUUCCUAGCAGCAAACCUACAGUCUGGCCUUGAGGUGAAAAGAGGUGAUGAGAUCAUACUUGAGGCACAUAUUUCAGGGUCACCUUAUCCAUCUAUCACUUGGCUGAGGAAUGAUGAAGUUGUCACACCAGAGGAAAUCAAAAAGAGAGUGCCAACAUAUACAAGGAAGAAGAAGGAUGAAGCUGAAGAAGAGAAACCUUUCCAGCUUUCACUGCCAGAACGUAUGAGUAUUGACAACCAUAAAGAAGGAGAGUCUAUACUAUCAAUUCGUGACUCCAUCAGAGCUGACCAUGGCACAUUUACAAUUAAAGUGGAAAAUGAUCACGGUGUUGCAAAAGCCUCAUGUGAAGUCAAUGUUUUAGAUACACCCGGGCCUCCAAUCAACUUUGUAUUUGAAGAUGUCAGGAAAGAUUCUGUCAUUUGCAAGUGGGAGCCUCCCCUUGAUGAUGGUGGAAGUGAAAUCCUAAACUAUGUACUGGAAAAGAAAGACAAUACCAAAGCUGAAAUGGGCUGGGUCACUGUCAGUUCAACACUCAGGCAUUGCAAAUUCCAUGUAACAAAACUGAUUGAAGGAAAAGAAUAUCUCUUCCGUGUAUUUGCUGAAAAUAGAGUUGGAUCAGGGCCACCAUGUGUUUCAAAACCAAUGACAGCAAAAGAUCCUUUCUCUCCACCAGAUCCACCUAAUAAGCCUGAUGUGGAGGAUGUUACCAGCAACAGUAUGUUAGUUAAAUGGAAUGAACCAAAAGACAAUGGCAGCCCAAUCAUAGGAUAUUGGAUUGAAAAACGUGAAAUUAAUAGUACUCAUUGGGCUCGGGUCAACAGGAGCCUUGUGAAUGCUCUGGAAAUAAAAGUUGACGGACUAUUGGAAGGUUUAACCUACAUCUUUAGAGUAUGUGCUGAAAAUGCAGCUGGUCCUGGGAAAUUUAGUCCCCCAUCAGAUCCAAAAACUGCACAGGACCCAAUAAUGCCACCUGGUCCACCGGUUCCAAAGGUUGCUGAUACAAGCUCAACUUCUAUUGAAUUAGAAUGGGAGCCUCCUGCAUAUAAUGGUGGUGGAGAUAUCACUGGUUACCAUGUAUAUAAACAACUGGUGGGAGUAAACGAGUGGUCACGUUGCACAGAGAAGCCCAUUAAGGUCCGACAGUAUACUGUUAAAGAAGUCAGAGAAGGUGCAGACUAUAAACUUCGUGUUACUGCACUUAAUGCAGCUGGUGAAGGACCACCUGGUGAAACUGAACCCACAACAGUUGCAGAACCUAAAGAGCCUCCCACAGUUGAGCUGGAUGUUUCUGUCAAAGCAGGUAUUCAGGUCAUGGCUGGGCAAACUAUUAAAAUUCCUGCUACUGUGACAGGACGUCCUACUCCCACCAUUGUAUGGGCUCUGGAAGAGGGUGAAUUAGACAAAGAUCGAGUUGUUAUUGAAAAUGUCGGCACAAAAUCUGAAUUAACCAUUAAGAAUGCAUUAAGAAAAGACCAUGGAAGAUACGUAAUUACUGCUACCAAUAGCAGUGGCUCCAAAUCUGCAGGAACCAGAGUAGAAGUAUUUGAUGUUCCUGGGCCAGUCCUUGACCUAAAGCCAGUGGUCACAAACAGAAAGAUGUGUUUGCUGAACUGGUCUGAUCCUGAAGACGAUGGUGGCAGUGAUAUCACAGGCUUUAUUGUUGAGCGGAAGGAUGCCAAAAUGCAUACAUGGAGACUAGCUGUAGACACAGAGAGAUCUAAAUGUGAUAUAACAGGUUUAGUUGAGGGGCAAGAAUAUAAAUUCCGUGUCAGUGCCAAGAAUAAGUUUGGUACUGGUCCACCUGUUGAAAUAGGACCUAUUCUCGCAGUUGAUCCAUUAGGUCCUCCAACAGCACCUGAGAGGUUUAUGUACACAGAGAGGACAAAGUCAAGCAUUACGCUUGAUUGGAAACCUCCACGUAGUGAUGGUGGCAGUCCAGUCUUAGGAUAUAUUGUUGAGAAGAGGAGACAUGAUUCUAAAGACUAUGAAAGAGUUAAUGCAAGGCUCUGUCCAACAACAUCUCUUCUUGUUGAUAAACUUGAUGAACUUCAUAUGUAUGAAUUCCGUGUCAAAGCUGUCAAUGCUAUUGGAGAAAGUGAACCAUCAUUGCCUCUCAAUGUAGUUAUACAAGAUGAUGAAGUACCUCCAACUGUUACAUUACGCUUGGCUGUGAGAGGAGAUACUAUCAAAGUGAAGGCAGGAGAACCAGUUAAUAUUCCUGCUGAUGUGACAGGUCUGCCAAUGCCAAAGAUUGAAUGGGACAAGAAUGAAGUUUUAAUUGACCAAACAUCCGAUGCACUUAAGAUAACCAAGGAAGAAGUAUCUAGAAGUGAGGCAAAAACUGAACUUAUCCUGCCUGCAGCAGUGAGGGCUGAUAAAGGCACUUACACUGUGAGAGCGUCCAAUCGUCUUGGCACUGCAUUUCGCAAUGUGCAUGUUGAAGUGUAUGAUCGUCCUUCUCCACCAAGAAAUCUUGCUGUUUCUGAUAUUAAAGCAGAAUCAUGCUAUUUAACAUGGGAUGCACCUCUUGAUAAUGGUGGUAGUGAAAUUACUCAUUACAUUAUUGAGAAACGUGAUGCUAGUAGGAAGAAAGCUGAGUGGGAAGAAGUCUCCAAAAGUGUUGUUGACAGAAGAUUUGGGGUAUGGAAUCUUGCAACAAAUGAAAAAUACCAAUUUAGAGUCCGGGCUGUAAACAAAUACGGAAUAAGUGAUGAAUGCCUCUCAGAAAAAGUUGUUAUUAAGGAUCCCUAUGGCCUUCCUGGACCCCCUGGCAAGCCAAAAAUUUUAGAUCGCACCAGAUCAUCAAUGCUGGUGACUUGGGAGCCUCCUUUGAAUGAUGGUGGCAGCCCAAUAACUGGCUAUUGGUUGGAGAAAAGAGAGGUGGGAGGUGUCUACUGGUCACGUGUUAACAGGGCUCCAGUAACAAAGCCAUCAGUAAAAGGUCUACAGUACAACGUGCUUCGUUUGGCUGAAGGUGUUGAAUACCAGUUUAGAGUUAUGGCUGAAAAUCUUGCUGGAAUUGGUCCUCCCAGUGAACCAUCAGAUCCUGCUUUAGCAGCAGAUCCCAUAUUUGUUCCUGGUCCACCAUCUUGCCCAGAGGUCAAAGAUAAAACCAAAUCAUCUGUAGCUCUUGCAUGGAAGCCUCCACAAAAGGAUGGUGGCAGUCCUAUAAAAGGAUAUAUAGUUGAAAUGCAAGAUGAAGGUAGUUCUGACUGGAAGAAGGUGAAUGAAGGAGACAAACUCUUUCCUACUUGUGAAUGUGUUAUUCCCAACUUGAAAGAGCUCAGAAAAUAUCGAUUUAGGGUGAAAGCUGUAAAUGCUGCUGGAGAAUCAGAACCAAGUCCUGCAACUUCAGAAAUACCUGUCCAAGAUAUUCUAGAGGAACCAGAAAUCUUCCUUGAUAUUGGAGCACAGGAUUUUCUCUCUUGUCGUGCUGGCACAACAAUUAAAAUCCCAGCUGUUAUCAAGGGUCGUCCAGUUCCAAAAACGUUUUGGGAGUUUGAAGGAAAAGCAAAGACAGCAGCAAAGGAGGGUGGUCAUAAUAUACCUGAAGAAGCUCAGGUGGAAGCAACUGAAACACGUUCAGCGAUUAUCAUCCCUGAGUGCAACAGAAGUCAUUCUGGACGAUACAGUAUUACGGCAAAGAACAAAGCAGGACAAAAAACUGUGCAUGUCAGAGUCAAUGUGCUUGAUGUCCCAGGUCCACCAAAAGACCUAAAAGUAAGUGAUAUCACAAGAGGUAGUUGUAAACUUUCAUGGAAGAUGCCAGAUGAUGAUGGUGGGGAUAGAAUCAGAGGCUAUGUUAUAGAGAAAAGAACUAUUGAUGGGAAGGCCUGGACUAAAGUCAAUGCAAACUGUGGAAGCACUUCCUUUGUUGUACCUGAUCUCAUAUCUGGCCAAGAGUAUUUCUUCCGGGUGCGUGCAGAAAACCGUUUUGGUGUUGGCCCUCCUGCAGAAACCAUUCAACGGACCACAGCCAGGGAUCCAAUCCAUCCUCCUGAUCCACCUAUUAAACUAAAGAUUGGCCUUGUAACCAAGAACACAGUGAGUUUGACAUGGAAACCACCAAAGAAUGAUGGUGGGGCUCCUGUUACACAUUAUAAUGUUGAAUGUCUCCGCUGGGAUCGUACGGGAGAAGUGAAGGAGACUUGGAAGCAAUGCAACAGACGUGACGUGGAAGAAACAAAAUUUACUGUUGAGGAUCUUGUCGAAGGUGGAGAAUAUGAAUUCAGAGUCAAAGCUGUAAAUAUAGCAGGUCCUAGUAGGCCUUCAGCCACUGUUGGCCCACUUGUUGUCAAAGACCAGACUUGCCCACCAUCUGUUGAACUCAAAGAAUUCAUGGAAGUUGAAGAAGGAACAGAUGUCAACAUUGUAGCCAAGAUAAAGGGUGUACCCUUCCCCACAUUAACAUGGCUAAAAGCUUCUCCAAAGAAACCAGAUGACAAAACACCAGUGACAUAUGAUCAACAUGUCAACAAGAUUGUUGGUGAAGAUAGCUGCACUUUAUUAAUUCAACAGUCUCGCAGGAAUGAUACAGGCUUAUAUACUAUAACAGCUGUAAAUAAUCUGGGAACUGCUUCAAAGGAGAUGAGACUAAACGUUCUGGGCCGUCCUGGACCUCCAGUGGGACCUAUUAAAUUUGAAUCAAUUUUGGCUGAUAAAAUGACAAUAUCAUGGCUUCCUCCAUUAGAUGAUGGUGGUUCUAAGAUUACAAACUAUGUUAUAGAGAAAAAAGAAGCAAAUAGGAAGACAUGGGUACCUGUUACUAAUGAGCCUAAGGAAUGCUUAUUCACUGUUCCCAAGUUGAUGGAAGGCCAUGAAUAUGUGUUCCGCAUUAUGGCACAAAACAAAUAUGGUAUUGGAGAACCUUUGGAUAGUGAACCAGAAACAGCACGAAACCUUUUCACUGUUCCUGGACCUUGUGACAAGCCAACAGUUAGCAGUAUAACACGUGACUCAAUGACUGUAAACUGGGAAGAACCAGAACACGAUGGUGGCUCUCCUAUUACUGGUUACUGGUUGGAACGCAAAGAGACUAGUGGAAAGAGAUGGACCAGGGUUAAUCGUGAUCCUAUCAAACCUAUGACACUAGGAGUUUCAUACAAAGUUACAGGUCUUAUUGAAGGCUCAGAAUAUCAGUUCCGUGUUUCAGCUAUCAAUGCAGCUGGUGUUGGUCCACCAAGCAUGCCAUCUGAUCCAGCAGUUGCUAGAGAUCCUAUUGCCCCGCCUGGCCCUCCUAUUCCAAAAGUUACUGAUUGGACAAAGUCUUCUGUGGAUUUGGAAUGGUCUCCACCACUAAAGGAUGGUGGUUCCAGGGUCACAGGCUACAUUGUGGAGUAUAAAGAGGAAGGAAAGGAAGAAUGGGAACGGGUAAAAGAUAAAGAAAUUAGAGGAACAAAGUUCGUUGUGGCAGGAUUAAAAGAAGGAUGUUUUUACAAAUUUAGAGUUAGAGCAGUGAAUGCUGCUGGCAUUGGAGAGCCUGGAGAAGUUACAGACAUUAUCGAAAUGAAGGACAGAAUUGUGGCUCCUGAUAUUAAUUUGGAUGCAAGUGUCAGGGACAGAAUUGUUGUUCAUGCUGGAGGAGUAAUUCGAAUCAUAGCGUAUGUCUCUGGAAAACCAACUCCAACAGUGACUUGGAGUAGGGAUGACCAAGCUUUACCAGAAGAAGCCAAAAUUGAAGAGACAGCUAUUAGUUCUUCUUUGGUUAUCAAGAACUGCAAGAGGAGCCAUCAGGGUCUAUACACUUUACUUGCUAAAAAUGCCGGUGGUGAGCGGAAGAAGACUAUUAUUGUUGAUGUACUAGAUGUGCCAGGCCCAGUUGGAAUGCCAUUCCUUACUGAGAACCUGACCAAUGACUCUUGCAAAUUGACAUGGUUUACUCCAGAAGAUGAUGGUGGUUCUCCUAUUACCAACUAUAUAAUUGAAAAACGUGAAUCUGACCAUAGAGCUUGGACUCCAGUAAGCUACACAGUUACAAGACAAAAUGCUACUGUUCAGGGACUCAUUGAAGGGAAAGCUUACUUUUUCCGAAUUGCAGCUGAGAAUAUAAUUGGCAUGGGUCCAUUCACAGAGACUACCAAAGAAAUUGUUAUUAGAUCUCCUAUAACUGUUCCUGACCGUCCAGAAGACCUGGAAGUAAAAGCAGUUACCAAGAACUCUGUUACAUUAACUUGGAAUCCUCCAAAAUACGAUGGAGGCUCAGAAAUCACCAUGUAUGUUCUAGAGAGCCGUCUCAUUGGAAAAGAGAAAUUCCACAAAGUUACAAAGGAGAAAAUGCUUGAUAGGAAAUACACUGUAGAAGGCUUGAAAGAAGGUGACACCUAUGAGUAUCGUGUGAGUGCUUGCAAUAUUGUGGGGCAAGGCAAACCAUCAUUUUGCACAAAACCAAUCACCUGCAAGGAUGAAAUUGCUCCUCCAUCACUUGACCUUGACUUCAGAGACAAGCUUAUUGUUAGGGUUGGUGAAGCUUUCAGCCUGACUGGACGUUAUUCAGGCAAGCCCACACCAAAGGUUACUUGGCUAAAGGAUGAUAUUGUUGUAAAAGAAGAUGACCGUACAAAGAUCAAGACAACUCCAACAACUCUUUGCCUGGGGAUAGUAAAGUCUGUCCGUGAAGACUCAGGCAAAUAUUGUGUUACUGUGGAAAACAGCACAGGAUCAAGAAAAGGAUUUUGUCAAGUUAAUGUUGUCGAUCGCCCAUCACCUCCAGUAGGCCCAGUUAUAUUCGAUGAAGUUCAUAAAGAUCACAUGAUAGUUUCCUGGAAACCUCCCUUAGAUGAUGGAGGCAGUGAAAUUACAAAUUACAUUAUUGAGAAGAAGGAUACACACAGAGACUUGUGGAUGCCAGUUACAUCAGCCACAGUAAAGACCACAUGCAAAAUUCCGAAGCUGCUUGAAGGAAGAGAAUAUCAAAUUCGAAUUUAUGCUGAAAAUCUUUAUGGCAUAAGUGAUCCUCUCAUCUCUGAUGAGAUGAAAGCCAAGGACCGUUUCCGUGUUCCUGAUGCACCUGAGCAACCAAUCAUUAAGGAUGUUACCAAAGACUCUGCAGUAGUGGUUUGGAAUAAACCAUAUGAUGGAGGCAAGCCAAUAACAAACUAUAUUGUAGAAAAGAAGGAAACAAUGGCUCCAAGAUGGGUCAGAGUUACCAAAGACCCAAUUUUCCCUGGUACUCAGUUCAAAGUACCUGACCUCCUUGAAGGCUGUCAGUAUGAAUUCCGUGUUUCAGCAGAAAAUGAAAUUGGUGUUGGUGAUCCUAGUCCACCAUCAAAACCAAUUUUUGCUAGAGAUCCAAUCGCAAAACCAAGUCCACCCAUAAAUCCGGAAGCAGUAGAUAAAACUAAAAAUUCAGUUGAUUUAUCUUGGCAACCACCUCGUCAUGAUGGUAAUGGCAAGAUAAUUGGCUACCUUGUUGAAUAUCAGAAGGUUGGAGAUGAAGAAUGGAAAAAGGCUAAUCUUACAGCAGAUUCUUGUCCUGAAACAAAAUACAAAGUCACUGGCCUUACUGAGGGUUUGACCUAUAAAUUCAGGGUCAAGGCAGUCAAUGCAGCAGGUGAAUCUGAACCAGCCUAUGUUCCUGAUCCAGUAGAAGUAAAGGACAGACUUGAACCUCCUGAGCUGAUACUUGAUGCUAACAUGGCCCGAGAACAGCAUGUAAAAGCUGGAGAUACCCUGAGACUUAGUGCUGUUAUUAAAGGUGUUCCAUUCCCAAAAGUCACAUGGAAGAAAGAAGAUCAUGAGGUCUCACCCAAAGCUGAUAUUGAGGUUACAGGAGUUGGCAGUAAGCUUGAAAUUCGUAACACUGUCCAUGAAGAUGGUGGAAUUUACUCCUUGACAGUUGAAAAUCCAGCUGGUUCAAAGACUGUUUCAGUAAAAGUUGUGGUCUUAGAUAAGCCUGGUCCACCCAGAAAUCUGCAAGUCAGUGAAGUUAGAAGCGAUUCUUGCUAUCUCACAUGGAUGGAACCAGAAGAUGAUGGUGGCUCUGUCAUUACCAACUAUGUGGUGGAAAGAAAAGAUGUAGCUUCUGCACAGUGGGUAGCCAUCUCAUCAUCCUCCAAGAAACGUAGUCACUUGGCUAAAUAUCUGAUGGAAGGCACUCAGUAUGUCUUCCGAGUUGCAGCUGAGAAUCAGUAUGGUAGAGGUCCAUAUGUGGAAACGCUCAAGCCUAUUAAAGCUAUAGAUCCACUGCAUCCUCCAGGGCCACCAAAGAAUCUGCAUCAUGUAGAUGUUGACAAGACUGAAGUUUCCCUUGUUUGGAAUAAACCAGAUCGUGAUGGUGGUGCUGAGAUAACUGGAUAUUUGGUGGAAUAUCAAGAAGAUGGUGCAGAUGAGUGGACAAAGUUCCAGACAGUCCCUAUGCUAGACUGUGUUGUUACAGGCCUACAAAAAGGAAAAAUAUACAAAUUCCGUGUGAAAGCUCAGAAUAUUGUUGGUCUUAGCCUUCCAGAUACAACUAUACCAAUAGAGUGUCAAGAAAAACUGGUACCUCCAUCUGUGGACCUAGAUGUGAAAUUAAUUGAAGGUCUUGUUGUUAAAGCUGGCACCACAGUAAGACUUCCUGCGAUUAUGAGAGGUGUGCCAGUUCCCACUGCAAAAUGGGCUACUGAUGGCACUGAAAUUAAACCAGAUGGCAGAUACAAGAUUGAGACUGACAAUUAUUCGACUGUACUUACCAUCAAAGACUGCAUAAGGAAAGAUACAGGAGAGUAUCUACUCACAGUAUCUAAUGCAGCUGGCAGCAAAACUGUUGCUCUACAUCUUACAGUUUUGGAUGUUCCUGGCCCACCAACUGGUCCUGUUAAUAUUCUUGAAAUAACACCAGAACAUAUGGUUAUUUCUUGGCGCCCUCCUAAAGAUGAUGGUGGGAGUCCUAUAAUAAAUUAUAUUGUUGAGAAGCGUCAAUCAAAGAAAGAAACCUGGGGAGUGGUUAGCUCUGGAACAAGUCACACAAAAAUUAAGAUUCCACGACUGCAGAAAGGCUGUGAAUAUAUUUUCCGUGUCCGGGCAGAAAAUAAGAUAGGCAUUGGUGCACCCCUUGAUUCAGAACCAACAGUUGCUAAACAUAUGUUUGAUCCACCAUCCCCACCUGGUAAACCAACUGUUUAUGAUAUUACAGAAAAUGCUGCAACAGUAUCUUGGACCCUACCAAAAUCUGAUGGUGGAACUCCAAUAACUGGUUAUAUACUUGAACGGCGGGAAGCAUCUGGUAAAUGGGUGCGUGUCAAUAAGGCACCAAUACUUGAUAUGAAAUACAGAGUCACUGGUCUUUUUGAAGGCAACACAUAUGAAUUCAGAGUUUUUGCAGAAAACAUGGUGGGCUUAAGCAAACCAUCUCCAAGCUCUGAUCCAAUAAAAGCCUCACGUCCUAUCUCUCCUCCUGGACCACCUAUUAAUCCGAAACUAAAAGACAAAACCAAAGAAACAGCUGAUCUUGUGUGGACAAAGCCCCUCAAAGAUGGUGGCAGCCCGAUCCUGGGAUACAUUGUGGAAUGUCAGAAAACUGGAACUACUCAGUGGAAUAGGAUCAAUAAAGAUGAACUCAUUAGACAGUGUGCUUUCAGAGUACCUGGGUUAAUAGAAGGAAAUGAAUAUAAAUUCCGAAUAAAAGCUGUCAACAUUGUGGGAGAGGGAGAACCAAGAGAACUGGCAGAAACUGUACUUGCAAAGGAUAUUCUUUCUCCUCCAGAAGUAAGCCUAGAUGUGACCUGUCGAGAUAUAAUUACUGUCCGAGUAGGCCAAACAAUCCGGAUUACUGGUAAAGUAAAAGGCAGGCCAGAUCCUGACAUAACUUGGUCUAAAGAUGGCAAAAUAUUAGUCCAAGAAAAACGUGUUGAAAUACUCCAAGAUCUACCUAAUGUUGAACUACAGGUGAAAGAAGCCAAAAGAUCUGAUCAUGGCAAAUAUAUAAUAGCAGCUAAGAACAGCUGUGGACAUGCUCAAGCUUUUGCUGUUGUUAAUGUACUUGACAGACCUGGGCCAUGUCAGAACCUGAAAAUAAGCUAUGUCACAAAAGAUUCUUGUAUGAUUGCUUGGGAGAGUCCAGUGGAUAAUGGUGGCUCUGAAAUUACAAAUUACAUAGUAGAGUGCCGUCAACCAAACCAGAGGGGGUGGUCAAUUGUCUCCUCUGAUAUCACUAAACGAUUAAUAAAGGCAAACCUGAUAGAGAACCGUGAAUACUUCUUCAGGGUUUGUGCAGAAAACAAAAUAGGUCCAGGUCCUUGCAUUGAGACCAAGACUCCUAUCCUUGCCAUCAAUCCUAUUGACAAGCCUGGAGAGCCAGAAAAUCUUCACAUUGCAGAGAAAGGAAAGACAUUUGUAUAUCUGAAAUGGAGAAGGCCAGAUUAUGAUGGUGGAAGUCCCAAUUUAAGUUAUCAUGUUGAGAGAAAACUGAAAGAUUCAGAUGAAUGGGAAAGGGUUCACAAAGGUAGCAUUAAGGAAACACACUACAUGGUAGAUAAAUGUAUUGAAAAUAAGAUUUACGAAUUCAGAGUUCAAACCAAGAACGAGGCAGGUGAAAGUAACUGGGUAAAAACAGGUGAAGUUGUUGUGAAAGAAGAUCUUCAGAAACCAGUUCUAGACUUAAAGUUAAGCGGUGUGCUAACUGUAAAAGCAGGUGACACAAUUAGAAUUGAGGCUGGAGUCAGAGGAAAACCACAGCCUGAAGUUGUAUGGACAAAAGACAAAGAUGCCACAGAUCUGACUAGAUCUCCAAGAGUCAGCAUUGAAACAACUUCUGACACAUCUAAAUUUGUUCUCACAAAAUCAAGGCGUAGUGAUGGUGGGAAAUACGUGAUCACUGCAACUAACACAGCUGGUAGUUUCGUAGCAUAUGCUACUGUUAUUGUCUUGGAUAAACCAGGUCCUGUAAGAAACUUGAAAGUCACUGACAUUUCAAGUGAUAGAUGUACUGUUACUUGGGACCCUCCAGAAGAUGAUGGUGGUUGUGAAAUACAGAACUACAUCCUGGAAAAAUGUGAAAGCAAGCGUAUGGUUUGGUCUACGUACUCUUCCUCUGUUUUAACAAACUAUGCGAAUGUGACACGGCUUAUUGAAGGUAAUGAAUAUAUAUUUAGAGUUCGUGCAGAGAAUAAAAUGGGCACUGGUCCACCAACAGAAACACACCCAAUUAUUGCAAAAACAAAAUAUGAUAGACCUGGACGCCCUGACCCUCCAGACGUCACAAGAGUUAGCAAAGAAGAGAUGACUGUAGUUUGGAAUCCACCAGAAUAUGAUGGUGGCAAAUCAAUUACAGGAUACAUUUUAGAGAAGAAAGAGAAACGAUCACUGAGAUGGGUUCCUGUUACUAAGACUGCAAUCCCAGAGAGACGCAAGAAGGUUACUAAUCUCAUCCCUGGUCAUGAAUAUCAAUUCCGUGUCAGUGCCGAAAAUGAAGUUGGACUUGGAGAACCAAGCUUGCCAUCAAGACCUGUAGUAGCAAAAGACCCAAUAGAGCCACCUGGUCCUCCCACAAACCUGAGAGUGGUUGAUAGCACAAAGAGUUCAAUAACUCUUGGCUGGGGAAAACCAGUGUAUGAUGGUGGUGCUCCAAUUAUUGGAUAUGUUGUAGAAAUUAGACCAAAAGUUGAGGGUGCUGAUCCUGAAGCAGGAUGGAAACGAUGCAAUGUUGCUGCCCAAGUUAUUCACACAGAAUUUACAGCCACCAGCCUGGAUGAAAACCAAUUGUAUGAGUUCAGAGUUUCUGCUCAAAACCAGGUUGGUCUUGGCCGACCAGCUGAACUGAAAGAAGCUGUGUCUCCCAAAGAAAUACUUGAACCUCCUGAGAUUGAGUUGGAUGCAAGCAUGAGAAAGUUAGUUACAGUCAGGGCAGGAUGCCCUAUUAGACUUUUUGCCAUUGUUAGGGGUCGCCCAGCACCAAAAGUCACCUGGAGGAGAAUGGGUAUUGAUAAUGUUAUCAGAAAAGGACAAGUUGAUCUGGUUGACACUAUGGCCUUCUGUGUCAUUCCUAAUUCAACACGUGAUGACUCAGGCAAAUAUUCAUUGACACUUGUUAAUGCAGCUGGAGAAAAGGCUGUAUUUGUGAACGUCAGAGUCCUGGAUACUCCUGGACCUGUGUCAGACUUCAAGGUUUCAGAUGUCACUAAGAUGUCAUGCCAUCUUUCAUGGGCACCUCCAGAGAAUGACGGUGGUAGCCCAGUGACUCAUUACAUCCUGCAGAAACGUGAGGCUGACAGGAAGACCUGGGGAACAGUCACUGCAGAACUGAAGAAAACUAGUUUCCAAAUAUCUAACCUUGUACCUGGAAAUGAGUAUUACUUUAGAGUAACAGCAGUAAAUGAAUAUGGGGAAGGUGUUCCAAGUGACAUACCAAAACCGGUUCUAGCAUCAGAUCCACUAAGUGAACCUGAUCCGCCACGAAAACUUGAAGUUACUGAAAUCACGAAGAAUAGUGCUACUUUAGGCUGGCUGCCACCACUGCGUGAUGGAGGCUCUAAAGUUGAUGGGUACAUUGUUAGCUACAAAGAAGAUGACCAACCAGCAGAUCGCUGGACAGAAUAUUCAGUUGUCAAAGAUCUCUCCAUUGUUGUAGCUGGUCUGAAAGAGGGAAAGAAGUACAAGUUUAGAGUGGCAGCUAGAAAUGCAGUAGGAGUAGGUUUGCCAAGAGAAACCGAAGGAGUAUUUGAAAUCAAAGAACAACUCAUCCCACCUAAGAUUCUGAUGCCUGAUCAUGUUCACAUCAAAGCUGGAAAGAAACUGAGAAUUGAAGCUCAUGUAUAUGGGAAGCCUCAGCCAGUCUGUAAAUGGUUGAAAGGAGAUGAAAAUGUACUUACAUCCAGUCGCCUUGCUGUACAUAAAGCAGAAAAAUCUUCUGUUCUUAUCAUUAAAGAUGUGACUAGAAAAGAUUCUGACUUUUACACUCUUACUGCAGAAAAUAGCUCUGGUACUGAUAGUCAGAAAAUCAGAGUGAUAGUCAUGGAUAAACCAGGUCCACCACAGCCUCCAUUUGAUAUUUCUGAAAUAGAUGCAGAUGCUUGCACCCUUGCAUGGCAUAUACCUCUUGAAGAUGGUGGCAGUAACAUUACAAACUAUGUAGUUGAGAAAUGUGAUGUAAGCCGAGGAGACUGGGUAACAGCUUUAGCUUCUGUCACAAAGACAAGCUGCAGAAUUGGAAAACUGAUUCCUGGAGAAGAGUAUAUGUUCCGCGUUCGUGCUGAAAAUCGUUUUGGGAUUUCUGAGCCACUUACUUCUGGGAAGAUGAUUGCAAGGUUCCCAUUUGAUGUUCCUAGUGAACCAAAGAAUGCACGUAUUACCAAGGUCAAUAAGGACUGCAUUUUUGUUGCUUGGGAUAAACCAGAUAGUGAUGGAGGCAGUCCAAUCACAGGUUAUCUCAUUGAGCGCAAAGAAAGGAACAGUUUACUGUGGGUGAAAGCUAAUGACACAGCUGUGCGCUCCACGGAAUACCCUUGUGUGGGGCUCAUCGAAGGCCUUGAGUAUACUUUCAGAAUUUAUGCACUGAAUAGAGCUGGAGCAAGUAAACCUAGUAAACCAACUGAGUUUGUCACAGCAAGAGCACCAGUUGAUCCCCCCGGAAAACCUGAAGUUAUUGAUGUCACUAAGAGUACCGCAUCACUGAUAUGGACAAGACCGAAACAUGAUGGUGGUAGCAAACUUAUUGGCUACUUUGUUGAAGCUUGCAAAUUACCUGGUGAUAAGUGGGUCCGGUGCAAUACAACUCCACAUCAAAUACCCUUAGAAGAGUAUACAGCUACUGAUUUAGAAGAAAAUGCUCAAUAUCAAUUUAGAGCAAUUGCUAAAACAGCAGUUAACAUUAGCAGACCUUCUGAACCUUCUGAUCCAGUGACCAUUCAUCCAGAAAAUGUUCCCCCCAGAAUAGAAUUGGAUCUGUCUAUGCAAUCACAGCUUACAGUAAAAGCUGGAACUAAUGUGCGUCUGGAGGCAAAUGUAUAUGGCAAGCCAAUGCCAGCAAUUACCUGGAAGAAAGAUGGGGAAGUUUUAAAGCCGUCUGAAGGUGUUAAGAUCACCACUAAGAGAAAUCUUGCUACAGUUGAGUUGUUCAGUGUUAACAGGAAGCAAACAGGAGACUAUACUAUUACUGCUGAAAACGCAAGUGGAACAAAGUCAGCAACCAUUAAACUUAAAGUACUUGAUAAGCCUGGUCCUCCAGCCUCUGUUAAAAUCAAACAUAUGUAUGCAGAUCGUGCAAUGCUUUCGUGGGAGCCUCCUCUGGAAGACGGAGGUUCUGAAAUUACUAACUACAUUGUAGACAAACGUGAAACAAGCAGACCAAACUGGGCCCAAGUCAGUCCCAAUGUACCCAUUACAAGCUGCACGGUGGAGAAACUCAUUGAAGGACAUGAGUAUCAGUUCCGCAUAUGUGCUGAAAACAAAUAUGGUGUUGGAGACCCUAUCUUCACUGAACCAGCGGUUGCUAAGAAUCCAUAUGAUGUACCUGGACCUUGCGAUCCACCAGUAAUUAGCAAUGUAACGAAAGACUUCAUGACUGUUAGCUGGAAGCCACCAGCUAAUGAUGGUGGAUCACCAGUAACUGGUUAUAUGCUUGAGAAGCGUGAAACUAAGGCUCUUAACUGGACAAAGGUAACCAGAAAGCCUGUCAUUGAAAGAACUGUUAAGGCUACUGGACUCCAAGAAGGAACAGAAUAUGAGUUCCGGGUGAUAGCGUUGAAUAAAGCUGGACCUGGCAAGCCUAGCGCACCAUCUAAAGCAGUGUAUGCUCGUGAUCCUCAAUAUCCUCCUGGCCCACCAGCUUUCCCGAAAGUGGUUGAUACUACUCGUAAUUCAAUAAGCCUGUCAUGGAGUAAACCAGCAUAUGAUGGAGGAAGUCCUAUUAUUGGUUAUCUAGUGGAAGCAAAAAGAGCUGACACAGACAACUGGGUCAGAUGCAAUCUACCCAAGAACUUACAGGCUACACAAUUUGUGGUAACAGGGCUGAUAGAAGAUACAGAGUACCAGUUCCGUGUUUAUGCUGUUAAUAAGAUUGGAUACAGUGAUCCAAGUGAUGUUCCUGAUAAACACACUGCCAAAGACAUUUUAAUUCCUCCUGAAGGAGAACUUGAUGCAGAACUAAGGAAAGUCCUUGUAUUGCGUGCUGGAGUCACAAUGAGACUUUAUGUGCCGGUAAGAGGACGUCCACCUCCAAAGAUUACAUGGUCUAAAGUGGGUGCCAACCUAAGAGACAGACAAGGAUUAGAUAUCAAAUCGACUGAUUUUGAUACCUUCCUGCGCUGUGAAAAUGUAAACAAAUAUGAUGCUGGAAAAUACGUCCUGAGUCUGGAGAACAGCUGUGGCAAAAAGUCAUACACUAUUGUUGUAAAAGUCCUUGAUACUCCAGGCCCUCCAGUUAACCUGAUUGUAAAGGAAGCAUCUAAGGAUUCUGCCUUCAUUACAUGGGAACCUCCGCUAAUAGAUGGUGGCAGUCCAAUCACAAAUUAUGUGGUUGAAAAACGUGAUGCAGAAAGAAAGUCAUGGUCCACAGUAACCACAGAAUGUCCAAAGACAAGCUGCAGGAUAACUAACUUAGAAGAAGGCAAAUCCUACUUCUUCAGGGUUUUUGCUGAAAACGAAUAUGGCAUUGGUGACCCCUGUGAAACUCGUGAUGCUGUUAAAGCUUCUGAAACACCUGGACCAGUUGUGGAUCUAAAAGCUUCAGCAGUAACAAAAUCAUCAUGCAAUUUAGUAUGGAAAAAACCUAUCAGUGAUGGUGGAAGCCGUAUUUUUGCAUAUGUUGUUGAGGUCCUCAUUGGUGAAGAUAAAUGGCAAGAAGUCAUGCGGGCAAAGAACCUCCAUUUUUCAAUGAGAGACCUAAAAGAAGGACAAGAAUACACUUUCAGAGUGAGAGCCCAAAAUGAUGCUGGAUAUGGAACUCCAAGAGAGCUUACAAUUGUGGCAAGAGAUGAUGUUGUGGCACCUGAUCUUGAUUUAAGGGAUCUACCUGAUUUGUGCUAUACAGCUAAAGAGGGUAGCAAUUUCCGUCUUAAAAUCCCAAUUAAAGGCAAGCCUGUCCCAUCUGUAACUUGGAAGAAAGGUGAAGACCAGGCACUUACUGAGAGUGGAAGAGUUGCAUUUGAAUCUACAGCAGUUAACACCACACUUGUAGUACAUGACUGCCAGAAAGCUGAUGCUGGAAAAUACACCAUAACUCUGAAGAAUGUUGCUGGCAGCAAGGAAGGCACUAUUUCUGUGAAAGUUGUUGGCAAACCUGGCAUACCAACAGGUCCAGUGAAAUUUGAAGAAGUCACAGCUGAUGCCAUAACCUUAAAGUGGGGCCCUCCAAAAGAUGAUGGUGGUUCAGAAAUCACUAACUAUGUCCUAGAGAAGAGAGAUAAUGUAAACAAUAAAUGGGUGACUUGUGCCUCCGCAGUGCAGAAAACCACAUUUAGAGUUACAAGACUUCAUGAAGGAAAUGAAUAUACAUUCAGGAUCAGGGCUGAAAACAAAUAUGGAGUAGGUGAAGGUCUUAAAUCUGACCCUGUCAUUGCAAAACAUCCAUUUGAUGUUCCAGAUGCUCCUCCACCUCCCAACAUUGUUGCUGUGCGGCAUGACUCUGUAGCUUUAACUUGGACUGAUCCAAGAAGAACUGGAGGCUCACCAAUCACAGGUUAUCACAUUGAAGUCAAAGAAAGAAAUAGUCUUCUGUGGAAGAGGGCAAAUAAAACACCAAUAAGAAUGAAAGAUUUCAGAGUGACAGGAUUAACUGAAGGUCUGGAAUAUGAAUUCAGAGUAAUGGCGAUCAACAUGGCUGGAGUAGGUAAACCAAGUCUGCCAUCUGAACCAGUUGUGGCACUUGAUCCUAUUGAUCCUCCUGGGAAACCUGAAGUUAUCAAUGUAACCAGGAACUCAGUAACACUCAUUUGGACAGAACCGAAAUAUGAUGGUGGACACAAAUUAACUGGUUAUAUUGUUGAAAAGCGUGAUUUACCUUCAAAGAAUUGGACAAAAGCUAAUCAUGUGAAUGUUCCAGACUGUGCAUUUACUGUAACUGACCUCACUGAAGGCUCCAAAUAUGAGUUCAGAAUUAGAGCAAAGAACACUGCUGGAGCUAUCAGUGCUCCAUCUGAAUCCACAGAAACCAUAAUAUGCAAGGAUGAGUAUGAGGCACCAAGCAUUGUUAUUGAUCCUACCUUGAAGGAAGGUUUAACAGUAAAAGCAGGGGACACCAUUACAGUGUCUGCUAUUAGUAUCCGUGGCAAACCACCUCCAACUUCAGCAUGGUCAAAAGCUGGAAAAGAUUUUAGACCUUCAGAGCUUGUGCACAUUGAAACCACACCAACUUCUUCUACUCUGUCUGUCAAAUACGCAGCCAGAAAAGAUUCUGGAGAAUACACAAUUACUGCAACCAAUCCUUUUGGCACUAAGCAGGAGAGCAUACAUGUGAAAGUUUUAGAUGUUCCAGGACCUCCAGGACCUAUUGAGAUCAGCAAUGUUUCAGCAGAAAAAGCAACUCUUACAUGGUCACCUCCUGCAGAAGAUGGUGGAUCACCAGUCAAAUCAUAUGUUCUUGAAAAGAGGGAAACUAGCAGACUGCUCUGGACAUUGGUUGCUGAAAAUAUUGAAAGCUGCAGGCAUGUUGUUAGCAAGCUCAUUCAAGGAAAUGAAUAUGUUUUCCGUGUCUCAGCAGUAAAUCAGUUUGGCAAGGGUGAACCGGUACAAUCAGAACCAGUUAAAAUGGUGGAUAGAUUCGGUCCCCCAGGCCCUCCUGGAAAACCAGAAGUAACAAAUGUGACUAAAAAUACUGUCACAGUUACCUGGAAGAGGCCAGUAGAUGAUGGUGGAAGUGAAAUCACAGGUUACUAUGUGGAGAGAAGAGAAAAGAAAGGUUUGAGAUGGGUCAGAGCAACAAAGAAACCAGUUUCAGAUCUCAGAUGCAAAGUAACUGGUCUCCUGGAAGGAAAUGAGUAUGAAUUCCGUGUCAGUGCAGAAAAUAGAGCAGGAGUUGGACCACCAAGUGAUGCUUCAAAAUCAGUCAUGUGCAAGGAUGUUGCAUACCCACCAGGUCCACCUGCAAAUCCAAGAGUGACCGAUACUACAAAGACAAGUGCAUCUUUAGCCUGGAGCAAGCCCCACUAUGAUGGUGGUCUUGACAUCACUGGCUAUAUAGUGGAGCAUCAAAAGGAAGGAGAAGAAGAAUGGGUAAAAGACACAACAGGGACUGCUUUAAGAAUCACUCAGUUUGUUGUUGCUCAUCUGCAAACAGGAGCCAAAUACAAUUUCAGAAUCUCUGCCAUGAAUGCUGCAGGUGUUGGUGAACCAGCAAUAAUUCCAAAUGUGGAAAUCAAAGACCGUGAAGAAAUUCCUGACUUUGAAUUAGAUGCUGAACUGAGAAGAACACUUGUUGUUAGAGCUGGAUUAACUAUUCGUAUUUUUGUGCCAAUUAAAGGGCGUCCAACUCCAGAAGUUACAUGGACAAAAGAUGAUAUUUCUCUCAAAGGACGUGCCAGUAUUGAAAAUACAGAUUCUUUUACUCUCUUGAUUGUCACAGAGUGCACCAGAUAUGAUGCAGGAAAAUACGUAAUGACUCUUGAAAAUGCUGCUGGUAAGAAAACUGGCUUCGUAAAUGUAAAAGUCUUGGAUACACCAGGUCCACCAAUAAACCUUAAGCCUAGAGAAAUAACCAAAGACAGCAUCACUCUCCAAUGGGAUAUGCCUCUAAUAGAUGGUGGUUCACGUAUAACAAACUAUAUUGUUGAGAAACGUGAAUCUACUCGGAAAGCAUAUUCAACAGUCACCACCAACUGCCAAAAGUGCUCCUUCAGGAUUACUAAUUUGGCUGAGGGGUGUGAAUACUAUUUUAGAGUGCUGGCUGAAAAUGAGUAUGGUAUUGGUGAACCAGCUGAAACCACAGAGCCCAUAAGAGCUUCUGAGGCACCAUCCCCACCUGAGAGUCUUAAUAUUAUGGAUGUAACACGGAACUCAGUUAGCCUGGCUUGGCCAAAACCAGAACAUGACGGUGGCAGUAAGAUCACUGGGUAUGUAAUUGAAGCACAGAGGAAAGGAACAAACCAGUGGGCACACAUCACCACUGUAAAAACACUGGACUAUGUAGUAAAGAAUCUAACUGAAAAUGAAGAGUAUACUUUCCAGGUUAUGGCAGUUAACAGUGCUGGAAGAAGUGCCCCAAGAGAAAGCAGGCCAGUUAUUAUCAAAGAGCAAACAAUGCUACCAGAGUUUGACCUCCGGGGUAUCUACCAGAAAACAGUCAUUGCCAAAGCUGGUGACAAUAUAAAGAUUGAAAUCCCUGUGCUCGGUCGUCCAAGGCCUACUGUGACUUGGAAGAAAGAAGAUGAGAUACUUAAGCAAACACAAAGAAUAAAUUAUGAAAAUACUGCAACUGCUACUAUACUAACCAUCAACGAAUGUAAACGAAGUGAUAGUGGUCGAUACCCAUUAUCAGCUAAAAAUAUUGUUGGAGAAGUUAGUGAAGUAAUCACAGUUCAGGUUCAUGACAUACCUGGACCACCUACUGGACCAAUAAAAUUCGAUGAAAUUUCAUCUGACUCUCUAUCAUUCUCAUGGGAGCCUCCUUUGAAUGACGGUGGUGUACCAAUAAGCAACUAUGUUGUGGAAAUGCGUCAAACUGACAGUACUACAUGGACUGAACUGGCAACCACAGUGAUACGUACUACAUUUAAAGCCAUUCGUCUCACUACUGGAGUUGAGUAUCAGUUCCGUGUUAAAGCUCAAAACAGAUAUGGAAUUGGUCCAGCCAUUACUUCAGAGUCUGUAGUUGCCAACUACCCAUUUAAGGUACCUGGGCCUCCUGGAACUCCUCAGGUGAUAGCAGUCACCAAAGAAACCAUGACCAUUAGCUGGAAUGAGCCAGUUACUGAUGGCGGAAGCCCAAUUUUGGGAUAUCACAUUGAAAGAAAAGAACGAAAUAGCAUUCUUUGGCAGACUGUAAGUAAAAUGCUGGUAUCAGGCAAUAUCUUUAAAUCAACUGGACUUACUGAUGGCAUUGCAUAUGAAUUCCGUGUUAUAGCAGAAAAUCUGGCUGGGAAGAGUAAGCCAAGCAAGCCAUCUGAGCCUAUGUUUGCCCUAGACCCAAUAGAUCCACCUGGUAAGCCAAUACCUCUGAACAUUACAAGACAUGCAAUUACACUGAAGUGGACUAAACCAGAAUAUAAUGGUGGGUUUAAGAUAACUGGCUACACCGUUGAAAAAAGAGACCUUCCUAAUGGCCGUUGGCUAAAAGCUAAUUUCAGCAAUAUAUUAGAGACUGAAUUCACUGUAAGUGGCUUGACAGAAGAUGCUGCCUAUGAAUUCCGUGUGAUUGCUAGGAAUGCUGGGGGAGCUGUUAGUCAGCCCUCUGAGCCAUCAGAUGCAAUAACUUGUAGAGAUGACAUUGAAGCACCAAAGAUAAAGGUGGAUGCUAAAUAUAAAGACACAUUAGUGCUGAAAGCAGGUGAAGUUUUCAGACUUGAGGCUGAUGUUUCAGGCCGCCCUCCACCAACUAUGACAUGGACCAAAGGAGAAAAAGAACUUGAAGACACAGCAAAAUUAGAAAUUAAAAUAGCAGAUUUCUCUACUGCUCUCACCAAUAGAGACUCUUCAAGAAGAGAUGGCGGUGCCUACACACUUACUGCAACAAAUCCUGGUGGCUUUGCUAAGCAUAUCUUCAAUGUUAAAGUUCUUGAUAGACCUGGCCCCCCAGAAGGACCUUUGGCUGUGUCUGAAGUCACUGCAGAAAAAUGUGUGCUGUCAUGGCUACCUCCACUGGAUGAUGGAGGAGCAAAGAUUGACCAUUAUGUGGUUGAAAAACGUGAAACCAGUAGACUGGCAUGGACAGCUGUGGCCACAGAAGUUCCAGUAACUAAACUGAAGGUUACUAAGCUGUUGAAGGGCAAUGAGUAUGUGUUCCGUGUUAUGGCUGUUAACAAAUAUGGAGUUGGUGAGCCUCUGGAAUCAGAGCCCAUUCUUGCAGUAAAUCCAUAUGUGCCACCUGAUCCACCUAAAACACCUGAAGUUACAGCAAUUACAAAAGAUUCUAUGGUUGUCUGUUGGGGCCAUCCUGAUUCUGAUGGUGGGAGCCCAAUAACUAACUAUAUUGUGGAACGUCGAGACAGGGCUGGUCUACGGUGGGUGAAGUGUAAUAAAAGGGUUGUUACUGACUUACGUUAUAAAGUGUCUGGACUGACAGAAGGUCAUGAGUAUGAAUACAGAGUCAUGGCUGAAAAUGCUGCUGGUGUCAGUGAGCCAAGUCCAACCAGUCCAUUCUAUAAAGCCUGUGAUACUGUAUUUAAGCCUGGCCCCCCAGGUAAUCCUCGUGUUUUGGACAGCAGCAAGUCUUCAAUUACAAUAGCAUGGAACAAACCAAUAUAUGAUGGUGGUUCAGAGAUCACAGGUUACAUGGUUGAGAUAGCACUACCUGAAGAAGAUGAGUGGAAGAUUGUAACUCCACCAAUAGGUCUAAAGGCCACGUCUUUUACCAUCACUAACCUAAAAGAAAAUCAAGAGUAUAAAAUACGAAUAUAUGCUAUGAACUCUGAAGGUCUUGGAGAACCUGCUCUUGUUCCUGGUACUCCAAAAGCUGAAGAGAGAAUGCUACCUCCAGAGAUUGAACUUGAUGCAGAGCUGCGUAAAGUUGUCACUAUUAGAGCCUGCUGUACUCUACGGCUCUUUGUCCCAAUUAAAGGAAGACCAGCACCUGAAGUAAAAUGGACAAGAGAACAUGGAGAAUCUUUGGAUAGAGCAAGCAUUGAAUCAACAAGUUCUUAUACUCUACUUAUUGUUGAAAAUGUAAAUAGAUUCGAUAGUGGCAAAUACAUACUGACAGUUGAAAACAGCUCAGGUAGUAAGUCAGCAUUUGUGAACGUCAGAGUCCUUGAUACCCCAGGGGCACCUCAAGAUUUGAAAAUAAAAGAAGUUACAAAGUCAUCAGUUACACUCACAUGGGAGCCUCCUGUCAUAGAUGGUGGCUCUAAAAUAAAAAAUUACAUUGUUGAAAAACGUGAAUCAACAAGAAAAGCUUAUUCUACUGUUAAUGCCAAUUGCCACAAGACCAGCUGGAAAGUCGAUUCACUGCAAGAAGGCUGCAACUACUACUUCAGAGUCCUAGCUGAAAAUGAGUAUGGCAUAGGCCUUCCAGUUGAAACUUCAGAAUCUGUAAAAGUAUCAGAAAGACCACUUCCACCAGGGAAAAUAACUUUGCUGGAUGUGACAAGCAAUAGUGUAUCUUUAUCUUGGGAAAAACCUGAACAUGAUGGUGGUAGCAGAAUUCUGGGCUACAUUGUAGAAAUGCAAAGCAAAGGCAGUGAAAAGUGGUCAACUUGUGCUACAGUAAAAGUUACUGAAGCCACUAUCACAGGACUGAUCCAAGGUGAAGAAUACACCUUCCGUGUUUCAGCUCAGAAUGAGAAAGGUAUCAGCGAUCCUCGUCAGCUGGGUAUACCAGUUGUUGCAAAAGACCUUGUGAUUCCACCAGCUUUCAAAUUACUGUUUACCACUUUCAGUGUUCUAGCAGGAGAGGACUUAAAGGUUGAUGUUCCUUUUGUUGGUCGACCCAAACCAGCAGUGUUUUGGCAUAAAGAUGAUAUUGCAUUGAAGCAGACUACAAGAGUAAAUGCAGAAAGUUCAGAAAAUAACACAGUGUUAACAAUAAAAGAAGCAUGCAGAGAUGAUGUGGGGACAUACUUAGUUAAACUUACAAACUCUGCAGGUGAGGCAACUGAGACCCUAAAUAUUGUUGUCCUUGACAAACCAGGACCCCCAACUGGACCAGUAAAAGUAGACGAAGUAACAGCAGAUAGUAUCACCAUUUCCUGGGAACCACCUAAGUAUGAUGGCGGUAGCUCUAUCAGUAAUUACAUUGUAGAAAAAAGAGACACGUCAACCACAACUUGGCAGAUGGUGUCAGCUACUGUUGCAAGAACAACUAUAAAAGCAUGUCGAUUAAAGACUGGAUGUGAAUAUCAAUUCAGAAUCGCAGCUGAGAAUAGAUACGGGAAGAGUACCUAUCUCACUUCAGAGUCAAUUGUAGCCCAGUAUCCAUUUAAAGUUCCCGGUCCACCUGGAACACCUUUUGUAACAAACGUCUCAAAAGACAGCAUGGUGGUACAGUGGAAUGAACCAGUCAAUGAUGGUGGCAGCAAGAUCAUUGGGUAUCACUUGGAGCGCAAAGAAAGAAACAGUAUUCUCUGGGCUAAACUGAAUAAAACACCUAUUCCAGAUACCAAAUUUAAGACAACUGGACUUGAGGAAGGUCUCGAAUAUGAGUUCAGAGUUUAUGCAGAAAACAUAGUGGGCAUUGGAAAGGCCAGUAGAGCAUCUGAAUGCUAUACUGCACAUGACCCAUGUGACCCUCCAGGUCGUCCAGAACCUAUAAUUGUCACAAGAAGCUCAGUAACACUUCAGUGGAAGAAACCUGUAUAUGACGGUGGAAGUAAGAUCACAGGCUAUGUUGUUGAAAAGAAGGAGCUACCUGAUGGUCGUUGGAUGAAAGCAAGCUUUACAAAUGUCAUUGAUACCCAAUUUGAAGUAACUGGUCUAGUUGAAAACCAGAGGUAUGAGUUCCGUGUUAUAGCACGAAAUGCUGCAGGUGUUUUCAGCGAACCAUCUGAGAGCUCAGGGGCAAUUACAGCAAGAGAUGAAGUAGAACCACCUCAGAUAAGUAUGGAUCCAAAAUACAAAGACACAAUUGUAGUGAAUGCUGGUGAGUCAUUCAAGCUUGAAGCUGAUGUUCAUGGCAAACCAAUACCUUCCAUUCAGUGGUUAAAAGGUGAUCGUGAGCUGGCAAACACUGCUCGUAUGGAAAUAAAAAGUACUGAUUUCACAACAAGCCUUAGUGUGAAGGAAGCCAUUAGAGUUGACAGUGGUCAGUAUGUAUUACUGGCAAAGAAUGUUGCAGGUGAAAAGAAAGUUCCUGUUAAUGUCAAAGUUCUUGAUAGACCUGGACCACCAGAAGGACCCAUUGAGAUUACAGGCGUUACUGCUGAAAAAUGCAUGUUGUCAUGGCAGCCUCCACUACAAGAUGGUGGUAGCGAUAUUUCACACUAUGUUGUAGAAAAAAGAGAAACCAGUCGCUUGGUGUGGACGGUCAUUGAUUCAAAUGUGCAAACCCUAAAUUGCAAAGUUACAAAACUUUUAGAAGGAAAUGAGUAUGUUUUCCGCAUCAUGGCAGUCAAUAAAUAUGGUGUUGGUGAGCCUCUCGAGUCUGAACCAAUAAUUGCAAAGAACCCAUUCGUAGUGCCACUUCCACCAAAGGCACCAGAAGUAACCGCCAUUACCAAGGAUUCUAUGAUAGUUGUAUGGGAAAGGCCAGCCUCAGAUGGUGGUAGUGAAAUCCUAGGUUAUGUCCUUGAAAAACGAGAUAAGGAAGGUAUUCGCUGGACAAGAUGUAACAAACGCCUGAUAAGUGAACUGCGAUACAGAGUGACUGGGCUUAUAGAAAAUCAUGAUUACGAGUAUAGAGUUUCAGCUGAAAAUGCUGCAGGUCUUAGUGAGCCAAGCCCACCUUCCAUUUACUACAAAGCAUGUGAUCCUAUUUACAAGCCAGGUCCACCCAAUAAUCCUAAAGUUGUGGAUGUUACAAGGUCUUCAGUUUUCCUUUCAUGGGGUAAACCCAUCUAUGAUGGUGGCUCUGAAAUUCAGGGAUACAUUGUGGAAAAAUGUGAUGUAAGCGACAGUGAAUGGGCAAUUUGUACCCCUCCAACUGGAAUUAAGAAUACUCACAUGGAAGUAGAAAAAUUGGUGGAAAAACAUGAAUACAAGUUCCGCAUAUGUGCAGUUAAUAAAGCAGGAGUUGGAGAGCAUGCAGAUGUUCCUGGUACUGUUAUUGUUGAAGAAAAGAUGGAAGCACCAGACCUUGACCUUGACAUGGAAUUAAGGAAGAUUGUAAAUGUGAGGGCAGGAGGUUCCUUAAGACUGUUUGUUCCCAUCAGAGGUCGUCCAACACCUGAAGUAAAAUGGGGUAAAAUGGAUGGUGACAUCAGAGAGGCAGCUAUUAUUGAUACCACUAGCAGUUUUACUUCCCUUGUUUUAGACAACGUUAACAGAUUUGAUACUGGAAAGUAUACUCUGACUUUAGAGAACAGCAGUGGAACAAAGUCUGCCUUUGUCAGUGUAAGGGUACUGGAUACCCCAAGUGCACCUGUUAAUUUAAAAAUCAGAGAAAUUACUAAAGACUCUGUUUCACUUUCGUGGGAGACUCCUCUCUUGGAUGGUGGAGCAAAAAUAAAGAAUUACAUUAUUGAAAAGCGUGAAGCAACAAGAAAGGCGUAUGCAGCUGUUGUAACAAACUGCCAUAAGACUUCAUGGAAAGUAGAUCAACUUCAGGAGGGCUGCUAUUACUUCUUUAGAAUCUCUGCUGAGAAUGAGUAUGGAAUUGGCCUCCCUGCAGAAACCAGUGACCCAAUUAAAGUUGCUGAAGUUCCACAGCCUCCUGGGAAAAUAACAGUGGAUGAUGUCACAAGAAACAGUGUCUCACUAAGCUGGGAAAAACCUGAACAUGAUGGUGGCAGCAAAAUCAUACAAUACAUUGUUGAAAUGCAAGCAAAGGGUAGUGAGAAGUGGUCAGAGUGUGCUCGUGUGAAAACGCUUGAAGCAGUCAUUACUAACCUAACUCAAGGGGAAGAAUAUCUUUUUAGAGUAAUGGCUGUGAAUGAAAAGGGUAAGAGUGAUCCUAGAGCACUUGCAGUUCCAAUAGUUGCCAAAGACCUGGUGAUUGAACCUGAUGUAAGACCUGCUUUUCAUAGUUAUAGUAUCCAAGUGGGACAAGAUCUGAAAGUAGAAGUACCAAUUGCGGGUCGACCUAAACCAACUGUAACCUGGGUAAAAGAUGGCCAGCCAUUAAGGCAGACAACAAGAGUCAAUGUUAGUGAUUUGACUGACCUCACUAUACUGAAUAUUAAAGAAACUAGCAAAGAGGACAGUGGCACUUAUGAAAUCACUGUGGCUAAUGUUGUUGGGCAGAAGUCUGCUUCUGUUGAAAUUAUAACUCUAGAUAAACCUGACCCUCCAGUAGGACCUGUUAAGUUUGAUGAAAUAAGUGCAGAAAGUAUUACCCUAUCGUGGAAUCCCCCAGCUUAUACAGGUGGCUGCCAGAUCACCAACUAUAUUGUUCACAAGAGAGAUACAACCACCACUGUAUGGGAAACUGUUUCAGCUACCGUCGCAAGAACUACACUGAAGGUGACUAAACUGAAAACUGGUUCAGAAUAUCAGUUCAGAAUAUUUGCUGAGAACAGGUAUGGGCAGAGCUUUGCACUGGAUUCUGCACCAGUUGUAGCACAGUACCCCUACAAGGAACCAGGACCUCCUGGCACGCCAUUUGUGACAAUUGUUACAAAAGACUCCAUGGUUGUACAGUGGCAUGAACCGAUAAAUGAUGGUGGCAGUAGAGUGUUGGGCUACCAUCUCGAGAGAAAGGAGAAAAACAGCAUUUUAUGGGCUAAAGUCAACAAGACUAUUAUUCAGGACACAAGCUUUAAGACAACUAACCUUGAAGAAGGAAUCGAAUACGAGUUUCGAGUUUCUGCAGAAAAUAUUGUUGGUGUAGGCAAAACAAGUAAAGUGUCUGAGUGCUAUGUAGCUCGUGACCCAUGUGAUCCUCCAGGUCGCCCAGAAGCUAUAAUAAUAAAAAGAAGUUCUAUUACUCUACAGUGGACCAAACCAGAAUAUGAUGGUGGAAGUAAGAUUACUGGUUAUAUUGUAGAAAAGCGUGACUUACCAGAUGGUCGCUGGAUGAAAGCUAGCUUCACAAAUAUCAUUGAAACUCAGUUCACUGUAACAGGGCUUACUGAAGACCAAAGAUAUGAAUUUAGAGUAAUUGCAAAGAAUGCUGCAGGUGCCAUAAGCAAACCUUCUGACAGUACAGGACCAAUAACAGCAAGGGAUGAAGUUGAACUUCCACGUAUUUCAAUGGAUCCAAAAUACAAAGACACAAUUGUUGUAAAUGCUGGUGAAACAUUCAGACUUGAGGGUGAUGUUCAUGGCAAACCACUGCCAACUAUUAAGUGGUACAAAGGAGAUAAAGAGCUUGAGGAAACUGCUAGGUAUGAAAUCAAGAACACAGAUUUCAGUGCAUUAAUUAUUGUAAAAGAUGCUAUUAGAGUUGAUGGUGGACAGUACAUUUUAGAAGCCUCUAAUGUUGCAGGAACAAAGACAGCAACAGUAAAUGUGAAAGUCUUGGACAGGCCAGGACCUCCAGAGGGCCCAGUCCAAGUGACAGGAGUCACAGCUGAAAAAUGUUCAUUAGCAUGGGCUCCUCCUCUUCAUGAUGGUGGCAGUGAUAUUUCUCACUACAUUGUAGAGAAGAGAGAAACUAGUCGCCUAGCAUGGACUGUUGUUGCUUCGGAGGUUUUACCUACAAUGCUGAAAGUAACAAAACUCUUGGAAGGAAAUGAGUAUGUUUUCCGUAUUAUGGCAGUUAACAAAUACGGGGUUGGUGAGCCAUUAGAAUCUGUGCCAGUAAUGAUGAAAAAUCCGUUUGUGGUUCCUGGACCACCAAAGGCCUUGGAAAUUACUAACAUUACAAAGGAUUCUAUGACUGUCUGCUGGACCCGGCCAGACAGUGACGGAGGUAGUGAAAUCAUAGGUUACAUUGUAGAAAAGAGAGACCGAGCAGGCAUCAGAUGGAUAAAAUGCAAUAAACGCAGGAUUACAGAUUUGCGAUUAAGAGUUACAGGCUUAACAGAAGAUCAUGAAUAUGAAUUCAGAGUUUCUGCUGAAAAUGCUGCUGGAGUGGGUGAACCAAGUCAAGUUUCUCCCUACUUUAAAGCUUGUGACCCCAUGUUCAAGCCUGGCCCACCUACAAAUGCCCAUGUUGUGGAUACAACCAAAAGUUCAGUUACACUUGGCUGGAGUAAACCUAUUUAUGAUGGUGGUUGUGAGAUCCAGGGAUACCUUGUAGAAAUCUGUAAAGCUGAUGAAGAUGAAUGGUCACUUGUUACUCCACAGACAGGUAUACGUGCCACUCGGUUCGAAAUCAAAAAGCUUACCGAACAUCAAGAAUAUAAAUUACGAGUGUGUGCCCUCAACAAGAUUGGUGUAGGAGAGGCUGCAUCAGUUCCUGGUACUAUUAAGCCUGAAGACAAACUUGAAGCUCCAGAACUUGAUAUUGAUUCAGAGCUAAGGAAAGGGAUAGUGGUUAGAGCUGGUGGGUCUGCUAGAAUUCACAUACCAUUCAGGGGGCGACCAACACCUGACAUCAUGUGGUCUCGAGAAGAGGGUGAAUUCACAGAAAAAGUUCAGAUUGACAAAGGCAUAAACUACACACAACUUUCAAUUGACAACUGUGAUAGAAAUGAUGCUGGCAAGUACAUUCUUAAGCUGGAGAACAGCAGUGGUUCUAAAUCAGCAUUUGUUACGGUGAAAGUCUUGGACACACCAGGAAGACCUCAAAACUUAGUGGUAAAGGAUAUAAAGAAGGAUUCUGCUGUAUUAUCUUGGGAACCACCCAUUAUCGAUGGUGGUUCAAAGAUAAAGAACUAUGUAAUAGACAAGCGUGAGUCAACCAGGAAGGCAUUUGCAAAUGUAAGUGCUAAGUGUGGCAAGACAAGUUUCAAAGUUGAAAAUCUUACAGAAGGAGCAAUUUACUACUUCAGAGUUAUGGCUGAAAAUGAAUUUGGAAUUGGUGUUCCAGCUGAAACCAAAGAUGCUGUCAAAGCCUCAGAACCACCUCUGCCCCCUGGGAAAGUAACACUCACUGAUGUGACUCAGAGAAGUGCAUCGAUUACAUGGGAAAAACCUGAACAUGAUGGAGGUAGCAGAAUUUUGGGAUAUAUUGUUGAAAUGCAGCCUAAAGGAACAGAAAAAUGGAGUGUUGUUAGUGAGACCAAAACAUGCAAUGCAGUUGUGUCUGGUUUGAGUCCAGAACAAGAAUACCAAUUCCGUGUGAUUGCCUACAAUGAAAAAGGCAAAAGCGACCCCAGAGCCCUUGGAAUUCCUGUGAUAGCUAAAGACUUGACAAUUGAGCCAAGUUUCAAACUGAUGUUUAAUACCUACAGUGUACAGGCUGGAGAAGAUCUGAAGGUAGAAGUACCAUUUAUAGGUAGACCUAAACCAACUAUUACUUGGACAAAAGAUGAGCAGCCACUGAAACAGACAACUAGAUUACAUAUUCAGGACACAUCAACAUCAACUAUCUUAAAUAUUAAAGAAAGCAACAAGGAAGACUUUGGUAAAUAUACAGUAACAGCAACAAACACAGCAGGUAUGGCAACAGAGCAGCUGAGCAUAAUUGUACUGGAAAAGCCUGGCCCACCACGAGGGCCUGUACACUUUGACGAAGUUAGUGCGGAUUUUGUUGUUUUAUCAUGGGAUCCACCUGAUUAUACUGGUGGCUGUCAGAUAAGCAACUACAUAGUAGAAAAGCGUGACACAACCACUACCACAUGGAGCAUUGUGUCAGCAACUGUUGCCAGAACAACUAUCAAAGCAACAAAGCUUAAAACGGGUUCUGAAUACCAGUUCAGGAUUUCUGCUGAAAACAGAUAUGGGAAGAGCUCUCCUUUGGAUUCUAAACCAGUUGUUGUGCAAUACCCCUACAAGGUGCCUGGGCCACCUGGAACCCCAUUUGUAACUGCAGCUUCCAAGGACCAUAUGAUCGUAGAAUGGCAUGAACCAGUUAAUGAUGGAGGAAGCAAAGUUCUAGGCUACCAUCUUGAACGUAAAGAUAAGAAUAGCAUUCUUUGGACAAAACAGAACAAGUCACUCAUUGCAGAUACCAAAUAUAAAACAGAUGGCCUUGAAGAAGGUCUUGAGUAUGAAUUCAGAGUUUCUGCUGAAAAUAUUGUUGGCAUUGGCAAAGUAAGCAAAGUAUCAGAAUUGUAUGUUGCCCGAGAUCCUUGUGACCCACCUGGCCGCCCAGAGGCUAUUGUUGUUACAAGAAAUAAUAUCACACUGAAAUGGAAAAAACCAGAGUAUGAUGGUGGAAGCAAAAUAACAGGAUAUAUUGUAGAAAAGAAAGAACUACCAGAUGGUCGCUGGAUGAAAGCCAGCUUUACAAAUGUGUUGGAAACAGAAUUUACAGUAAGUGGUCUUGUUGAAGACCAACGGUAUGAAUUUAGAGUAAUUGCAAGAAAUGCAGCAGGUUGCUUGAGUGAACCGUCUGAAAGUACAGGGCCCAUUACUGCCAGAGAUGAAAUUGAAGCACCAGGGGCUUCACUGGAUCCUAAAUACAAAGAUGUCAUUGUUGUUCAUGCUGGAGAAACCUUUGUUCUUGAAGCUGAUAUCCAUGGCAAACCUAUUCCUGACAUUUCAUGGUCAAAAGAUGGUAAAGAUCUUGAAGAAGCAACUGCGAGAAUGGAAAUCAAAUCUACUAUUCAGAAAACAAUUCUUACUGUCAAAGACUGUAUAAGAGUAGAUGGAGGUCACUAUACUCUUAACCUCAAAAAUGUUGGUGGCACAAAAUCCAUACCAAUCACUGUUAAAGUGCUUGACAGGCCAGGACCUCCAGAAGGACCUUUGAAGGUUACAGGUGUCACUGCAGAAAAAUGCUACUUGGCAUGGGCACCACCUUUACAUGAUGGCGGCUCUAGUAUCUCACAUUAUAUCAUCGAGAAGAGAGAGACAAGCAGGCUUUCAUGGACACAAGUAGCAACAGAAGUGCAGGCUCUUAACCACAAAGUAACCAGACUCCUUGCUGGCAAUGAGUACAUUUUCCGUGUAAUGGCAGUGAACAAAUAUGGAAUUGGAGAACCCUUGGAAUCUGAGCCAAUUGUGGCUCGUAAUCCAUACAAACCACCUGGUCCUCCUUCAAUGCCUGAAGUUUCAGCAAUCACAAAAGAUUCAAUGGUGGUAACGUGGGGUCGCCCAGAAGACAAUGGGGGAGCUGAAAUUGAAGGUUACAUACUUGAAAAACGAGACAAAGAUGGCAUCCGGUGGACCAAAUGCAAUAAGAAAAGGCUGACAGACUUGCGACUCAGAGUAACAGGUCUUACUGAUGGGCAUUUCUAUGAAUUUAGAGUUUCUGCUGAAAAUGCUGCAGGGGUAGGGGAACCCAGUGAGCCAUCCAUUUUCUAUCGAGCUUGUGAUAUAUUAUAUCCACCAGGUCCACCAAGCAAUCCAAAGGUUACAGACACUUCCAGGUCAUCAGUUUCCCUUGCCUGGAGUAAGCCCAUAUAUGAUGGUGGUGCUCCAGUUAAGGGAUAUGUAGUAGAAGUAAAAGAAGCUGCCGCUGAUGAAUGGACUACCUGCACCCCACCAACAGGCCUACAAGCAAAACAAUUCACUGUAACAAAACUUAAAGAGAACCAGGAAUAUAACUUCCGCAUCUGUGCCAUCAACUCAGAGGGAGUAGGAGAACCUGCUACUAUACCUGGUACAGUCAUAGCAGCAGACAAGAUUGAACCUCCUGAAAUUGAACUUGAUGCAGAUCUCAGAAAAGUAGUCACUGUACGUGCUAGUGGUACAUUACGCCUGUUUGUCACCAUCAAAGGAAGACCAGAACCUGAAGUUAAAUGGGAGAAAGCAGAAGGAAGAAUUAGCGAGCGAGCUCAGAUUGAAGUCACCAGUUCCUAUACAAUGCUGGUCAUUGACAAUGUGAAUAGAUUUGAUAGUGGCAGAUACAAUCUUACUUUAGAGAACAACAGUGGGAAAAAAUCAGCUUUCGUUAAUGUCAGGGUGCUUGAUACACCUAGUGCUCCUAUAAACCUGACAAUCAGAGAAGUGAAGAAAGAUUUUGUAACGUUAGCCUGGGAACCACCACUUAUUGAUGGUGGAGCUAAAAUUACCAACUAUGUAGUUGAAAAGCGAGAAUCCACAAGAAAGGCAUAUGCCACUGUUACAAACAACUGCAUUAAGAAUUCCUUCAAAGUUACUCAACUACAAGAAGGAUGUAGUUAUUACUUCCGUGUUCUAGCAGUAAAUGAAUAUGGGGUUGGUCUACCAGCAGAAACACCUGACCCAGUUAAGGUUUCUGAACCACCUUCACCACCUGCGAAGGUCAUUCUUGUUGACGUGACUCGCAAUUCUGCUUCAAUUAAAUGGGAAAAGCCAGAGAGUGAUGGUGGUAGUAAAAUCACUGGUUAUAUAGUAGAAAUGCAAACUAAAGGAAGUAUAAAAUGGAGUGCAUGUACCCAGGUGAAAACCUUAGAAGCAACAAUAACAGGCUUAAGUAUGGGAGAAGAGUACAGUUUCAGAGUGAUUGCUGUUAAUGAAAAAGGAAAAAGUGAUCCAAGAGAGCUUGGUGUCCCUGUCAUUGCAAAAGAUAUUGAAAUCCAGCCAUCUGCUGAGCUCCUUUUCAAUACAUUCACUGUAAAAGCCGGAGAUGAUCUUAAGAUUGAUGUGCCAUUCAGAGGGCGACCACUUCCAACUGUUAGCUGGAAGAAGGAUGGGAAUCCCUUGAAAGAGACAACCAGAGUAAAUAUUCAUACUUCAAAGACUUCAACUUCACUGUCCAUCAAGGAAGCUUCAAAUGAAGAUUUGGGACAUUAUGAAUUACAUCUUUCAAAUACUGCUGGAUCAACAACAGCUUCUUUAACUGUAGUUGUCCUUGACAGACCAGGACCACCAACUGAUGUGCAUAUUGACGAAGUUAGUGCUGAUAGUGUAACUCUGUCUUGGAAAGCUCCAGCAUAUGAUGGUGGGUGCCAUAUUAGCAAUUAUGUUGUGGAGAAGCGAGAAACCACCACAACAACGUGGAGUGUAGUAUCUGCAGCAGUUGCAAGAACAUCAAUUAAAGUAUCUCAACUCAGCACUGGGUCUGAAUAUCAGUUCCGUAUUUGUGCAGAAAACCGCUAUGGGAAAAGCACUUACACAAAUUCUUCUUCUGUUGUGGCAGAGUAUCCAUUUAAGCCUCCAGGACCACCAGGAACUCCUCAUGUGGCACAUGCAACUAAAGCUUUCAUGAUCGUAACUUGGCAGGUACCAGUUAAUGAUGGAGGUAGCAGAGUACUAGGAUAUCACUUGGAACGUAAAGAAAGAAGCAGCAUUCUUUGGACAAAAGUCAACAAAAGCCUUAUACCUGAUACACAAAUGAAAGUUACAGGACUUGAUGAAGGGCUGCUGUAUGAAUAUCGUGUUUACGCUGAAAACAUUGCUGGAAUAGGCAAAUGCAGUAAGUCAUGUGAGCCAGUUGCUGCAAGAGAUCCAUGUGAUCCUCCUGGUCAACCAGAAGUUACUAAUAUUACAAGAACAUCUGUCUCACUGAAGUGGACUAAACCAGAAUAUGAUGGUGGAGCUAAAGUAACAGGAUACAUUAUUGAACGCAGAGAGAUACCAGACGGUCGGUGGCUGAAAUGUAAUUUUACUAAUGUACAAGAAACAUAUUUUGAUGUAGGUGGACUUACAGAAGACCAGAGAUAUGAAUUCCGUGUGAUUGCAAAGAAUGCUGCUGGACUUUUCAGUCAGCCAUCUGAAUCAACUGGACCUGUGACUGUAAAAGAUGAUGUGGAGGCUCCAAGAAUUAUGAUGGAUGCCAAAUUCAGGGACGUUGUAGUUGUGAAAGCUGGAGAAGUGUUUAAGGUCAAUGCUGAUGUUGCAGGACGGCCAAUACCGGUGAUUUUGUGGACAAAGGAUGGCAAGGAGCUUGAAGGAAAAGCUAGAGUUGAAAUAGCCUCAACAGAUUACACUACUGCAAUAACUGUUAAGGACUGUAUCCGAGGUGAUUCAGGACAGUAUUUACUAACAUUACAGAAUGUUGCAGGAACAAAAUCUUUGGCAAUUACCUGCAAAGUGCUUGAUAGACCUGGCCCACCUGCAGGCCCAUUAGAAAUACAUGGCCUUACUGCUGAAAAGUGCCACUUAUCAUGGGGACCUCCUCAAGAAAAUGGUGGUGCAGAUAUUGAUUAUUAUAUUGUAGAAAAACGUGAGACCAGCAGACUUGCAUGGACCCUUUGUGAAGGAGAGCUUAGAACAACAUCCUGUAAAGUGACGAAACUACUGAAGGGUAAUGAGUAUAUUUUCAGAGUGAUGGGAGUUAACAAAUAUGGUGUUGGUGAGCCUCUGGAAAGUGUUGCUGUCAAAGCCCUAGACCCAUUUACAGUUCCAAGUCCACCUACAUCUCUAGAGAUCACCAGUGUGAGCAAAGAUUCAAUAACUCUGUGUUGGGCAAGACCUGAGUCUGAUGGAGGUAAUGAGAUCUCUGGCUAUGUAAUUGAAAGACGUGAGAAAACUAGCUUAAGAUGGAUUCGUGUAAACAAAAAGCCAGUUUAUGAUUUAAGAGUGAAAUCAUCUGGUCUCCGUGAAGGAUGUGAAUAUGAAUUCCGGGUUUAUGCAGAAAAUGCUGCUGGCCUCAGUCUUCCAAGUGAAACCACACCAUUGAUUAAGGCAGAAGAUCCAAUCUUCUUGCCAUCUCCCCCAUCUAAGCCUAAGAUUAUGGAUUCUACAAGGUCAAAUAUCACAAUUGGGUGGACAAAGCCACUGUUUGAUGGAGGUGCUCCAGUAACGGGAUACACAGUUGAAUACAAGAAAACUGAUGAAACUGAUUGGACCACUGCUGUUCAGAACUUAAGAGGCACAGAAUACACUGUAUCUGGAUUAGUGUCAGGCUCUGAGUACAUCUUUAGAGUGAAAUCCAUUAACAAAAUUGGUGUCAGUGAACCAAGUGAUGUCUCAGAACCUCAGCUGGCAAAAGAAAGAGAAGAAGAACCUGCCUUUGAUAUUGACAGUGAAAUGCGGAAGACUUUAAUUGUAAAGGCUGGUGGAUCAUUCACAAUGACUGUUCCUUUCAGGGGCAAACCAGCCCCAAAUGUAACAUGGAACAAACCAGACACUGAUCUCCGUAUACGAGCAAGCAUUGAUACUUCAGAUAGUUGCACAUCUCUUACUAUUGAAAAAGCAACAAGAAAUGAUUCUGGAAAAUACACUUUAACAUUGCAAAACAUCCUGAACACUGCUACCUUGACUUUAAUUGUCAAAGUUCUUGAUACUCCUGGCCCACCAUCUAAUAUUGCAGUAAAAGAAGUAACUAAAGAAUCUGCUGUGUUAUCUUGGGAUGUUCCUGAAAAUGAUGGUGGAGCACCUGUGAGGAACUAUGUUAUUGAAAAACGAGAAGCUAGCAAAAAAGCGUGGGUCACUGUGACAAACAAUUGUCAUCGCCUGUCCUACAAAGUGACUGGCUUGCAAGAAGGUGCCAUUUACUACUUCCGGGUUUCUGGAGAAAAUGAAUACGGUGUUGGAGCGCCUUCUGAGACCAAGGAAGGCACAAAAAUAACAGAAAAACCCAGCCCACCAGAAAAACUUGGAGUAACAAAUGUCACAAAGGACAGCGUUUCUCUUUCAUGGCUAAAACCAGAACAUGAUGGUGGAAGCAGAAUUGUGAGCUAUCUGGUUGAAGGUCUUGAGAAAGGACAGCAAAAAUGGGUUAAGUUUGCAGUUGUGAAGACAACUCAUCAUGUUGUUCGUGGUCUUAAGGAGAAUGUUGACUAUUUCUUCAGAGUGUCUGCAGAAAACCAAGCUGGUUUAAGUGAUCCUAAGGAACUAUUGGUCCCUGUUACAGUUAAAGAACAAUUAGAAUCUCCUGAGAUUGACAUGAAGGGCUUCCCUCAUAACACUGUAUAUAUUCGAGCGGGAUCAAACCUGAAAGUUGAAAUUCCAGUUUCUGGAAAACCAGUGCCAAAGGUGACAUUGUCUAGAGAUGGUGCUCCACUGAAACCUACCAUGAGAUUUCACACAGAAACCACUGCAGAUAGUCUCAUCAUUAACCUUAAAGAAAGUGUGGCUGCUGAUGCUGGAAGAUAUGACAUUACUGCUGCCAACUCAAGUGGCACCACAAAAUCAUUUGUUAAUAUUGUUGUGCUGGAUAGACCAGGUCCUCCUGUUGGUCCUGUUGUCCUUAGCGAUAUCACUGAAGAGAGUGUAAUACUCAGAUGGCAGCCUCCAGCUUAUGAUGGUGGUAGUCAAGUUACCAACUAUAUUGUACUGAAAAGAGAAACGAGUACUGCUGCUUGGUCUGAAGUGUCUGCAACUGUUGCUAGAACUGUUAUUAAAGUUAUGAAGCUCACAACAGGAGAAGAAUACCAAUUCCGCAUCAAAGCUGAGAACCGCUUUGGCAUCAGUGAUCACAUAGACUCACAAUGUGUGGUUGUUAAGCUUCCUUACACUACCCCUGGACCUCCUUCCACACCAUGGGUCACACAUGUAACCCGAGAGAGUAUUACUGUUGGAUGGCAUGAACCAGUCACUAAUGGUGGUAGUGCAGUCACUGGAUACCACCUGGAAAUGAAAGACAGGAAUAGCAUAUUAUGGCAGAAGGCUAACAAAACUCUCAUUCGCACAACUCACUUCAAAGUCACCACCAUAAGUGCUGGCCUUAUCUAUGAAUUUAGGGUUUAUGCAGAAAAUGCAGCUGGCAUUGGAAAAGCAAGCCAUGCUUCUGAUCCAGUCCUUGCAAUUGAUGCUUGUGAACCACCAAGAAAUGUUCGUGUCUCAGAUAUUUCCAAGACUGCUAUCACUCUAACAUGGAAGAAGCCAGCAUUUGAUGGUGGUAGCAAGAUCACUGGAUACAUCGUAGAAAAACGUGAUCUUCCAGAUGGCAGAUGGACAAAAGCUAGCUUCACCAAUGUUAUUGAGACUCAUUUCACAAUAUCUGGUCUGACACAGAAUUCCCGGUAUGAAUUCCGGAUCUUUGCUAAGAAUGCUAUUGGUUCCAUUAGUAACCCCUCAGAUGUUGUGGGUCCUAUCACAUGUGUGGAUACAUAUGGUGCACCUGAAAUCGAUGUGCCACCAGAAUAUACAGAAGUGGUGAAAUAUAAAGCAGGAACUUCAGUUAAGUUAAAACUAGGCAUCUCAGGCAAGCCUAUACCCACAAUUGAGUGGUUCAAAAAUAACAAUGAGAUACAAACCAGUGCACUAGUGUCUAUUGAAAACACAACAGAAUUUGCUUCUAUACUUAUCAAGGAUGCAACUCGACUGAACAGUGGCACCUAUGAAUUAAAAUUGAAGAAUGCCAUGGGUUCAGCAUCAGCCCAUGUUAGACUACAGAUACUUGACAAGCCAGGACCCCCAAGUGGACCUAUACAGUUUAAGACAGUCACUGCUGAAAAGAUUACAAUAAUGUGGGACCCGCCAGUGGAUGAUGGUGGUGCACCUGUAACACACUAUGUUGUUGAAAAGCGGGAGACAAGUCGGGUUGUAUGGUCUUUAAUUUCUGAAAAACUGGAGGGGUGUAUCAUAACUACAACAAAAGUUAUCAAAGGAAAUGAAUAUGUGUUCCGUGUCCGUGGUGUAAACAAGUUUGGAGUUGGUGAUCCACUGGAGUCUGAACCCGUUAUAGCCAAAAAUUCAUUUGUUACACCUGGACCACCUAGUGUGCCAGAAGUCACAAUGAUAACCAAAAGUUCUAUGACCGUUGUCUGGAAUAGGCCUACUGUUGAUGGAGGCAGUGAAAUAUCAGGAUAUUUUCUUGAGAAGCGUGACAAGAAGAGUCUGAGUUGGUUCAAGGUUACUAAAGAAACCAUUCGGGACACCAGACAAAAAGUAACAGGCCUGACUGAAAACAGUGAAUAUCAUUUCCGAGUUUGUGCUGUCAAUGCUGCUGGACAAGGGCCAUUCUCUGAAGCUUCUGAUUUCUACAAAGCUGCAGAUCCUAUUGAUAAGCCAGGCUCACCAACAAAGCUGAAGGUUGUGGAUACAACCAAGACAUCUGUCACCCUUGGCUGGGUUAAACCUGCUUAUGAUGGAGGAAGUCCAAUUACUAGCUACGUGGUGGAGAAAAGAGAAGGUGAAGAGCAAGAAUGGACUGUAGUCAGUACUAAGGGAGAAGUGAGAACAACUGAGUAUGUUGUAUCCCACCUUCAGCCAAGUGUUAAUUAUUAUUUCCGCGUGUCUGCUGUAAAUUGUGCUGGACAAGGAGAGCCUAUUGAAAUGAUGGAACCUGUUCAAGCUAAAGAUAUUCUCGUGGCAGCAGAGAUUGAUCUGGAUGUUGCUCUCCAGACCUCUAUUAUUGCUAAAGCAGGUGAAGAUGUGCAAACAAUGAUUCCAUUCAAAGGCAGACCUCCUCCAACAGUCACAUGGAGAAAGGGUGACAAGAAUCUUGGGAUUGAUGAAAGAUAUAUCAUCCAGAACACAGAAUCAUCUACGCUACUUACUAUUCCUCAAGUUACCCGAAAUGAUACAGGAAAAUAUGUUCUUACAAUAGAAAAUGGAGUUGGAGAAGCAAAAUCCACAUUUGUGAAUGUAAAAGUACUUGACACGCCAUCUGCCUGCCAGAAGCUACAGCUUAAGCAUGUUUCUCGUGGCACAGUUACACUGGUAUGGGAACCACCUCUCAUCAAUGGUGGUUCUGAAAUAACAAAUUACGUUGUUGAAAAAAGAGAUGCUACAAAGAGGGCCUGGUCAACUGUAACAACAAAGUGUUCUCAUACUACCUUUAAGCUAACUAACCUGUCAGAGAAGACUGCGUUCUUCUUCCGUGUUCUUGCUGAAAAUGAAAUUGGACUGGGUGAACCUUGUGAGACAUCUGAACCAGUGAAAGCUGCAGACAUACCUGGACCAGUAAAAGACCUAGCCAUGAAAGAUUCUACAAAGACUUCUGUUAAAUUGCAGUGGAGCAGACCUGACUAUGAUGGUGGUAGCAUUAUAUCAGACUAUGUUAUUGAAAAGAAACUGCAGGAAGAAAAAGAAUGGACAUAUGCAGGCACAAGCAAAAACUGUGAAUUUGAAGUUGAAAAACUUAAGGAGCUCUCUGUCAUGGAAUUCAGGGUCUUUGCUAGAAAUGAAAAAGGCAAGAGUGAUGGUGUUACUGUUGGACCCAUUACAGUGAAAGAACAUAUAAUACCACCUGAAGCUGAUCUUUCUGAUAUUCCUGGAGGUCAAAUUUCAGUGAGAAUUGGACAUAAUCUGCUUAUUGAAUUGCCCUAUAAAGGUAAACCUAAGCCAUCAAUGAGCUGGCUGAAAGACAACCUGCCUCUUAAAGAAACUGAACAUCUUCGUUUCAAGAAAACUGAAAACAAAAUAAGCUUAAGCAUCAAGAAUGCGAAAAAGGAGCAUGGUGGCAAAUAUACUUUAAUUCUUGAUAAUGUAGUCUGCAGAAAAACAUUCACAAUCACUGUCAUCACUCUUGGGCCUCCAUCUAAGCCAAAAGCACCUUUAAGACUAGAUGAAAUCAAAGCAGAUAGUGUAGUUUUGUCAUGGGAAGCUCCUGAUGAUGAUGGUGGAGGAGAAAUUACUGGCUACAGUAUUGAGAAAAGAGAAACUUCACAAAUGAACUGGAAAUUGGUGUGUUCAAGUGCUGCAAGAACAACCUUCAAAGUACCAAACCUUGUUAAAGACACUGAAUAUCAGUUUAGAGUUCGCGCAGAAAACAGAUAUGGAGUGAGUCCACCUCUUGUCUCAGCAGAUGUUGUGGCAAAGCAUCAGUUUAGACCACCAGGUGCCCCAGGCAAGCCUGUUGUAUACAACAUAACUGCUGAUGGAAUGACCAUCUCUUGGGAUGCUCCUGUUUAUGAUGGUGGCUCAGAGAUUAUUGGAUACCAUGUUGAAAAGAAGGAAAGAAACAGUAUUUUGUGGCAAAAGGUUAAUGUUGCAUUAAUAUCUAGCAGAGAAUACAGGAUUACUGGACUGCUUGAGGGCCUGGAUUACCAGUUCCAAGUAUAUGCUGAAAACGCUGCAGGUCUAAGUCGAGCUAGUGAGCCAAGCAAAUUUAUGUUGGCAGUCUCUCCAGUGGACCCACCUGGUACUCCUGAUUACAUUGAUGUCACCAGGGAAACAGUCACCCUUAAAUGGACCCCACCACUACGUGAUGGAGGCAGUAAGAUUGUGGCUUACAGCAUUGAGAAACGGCAAGGAAGUGAAGACCGUUGGCUCAGAUGUAACUUUACUGAUGUCAGUGAAUGCCAAUAUACAGUUACAGGACUCAGUUCAGGGGACCGAUAUGAAUUCAGAGUGCUUGCAAGAAAUGCUGUUGGUACAAUCAGCCCACCUUCACAGUCUUCAGGCUAUAUCAUGACCAGAGAUGAAAACGUUGCUCCAACAAUUGAAUUUGGCCCUGAGCACUUUGAAGGCCUUACUGUUAAAGCUGGAGAGAGCAUUAGACUUAAAGCUCUAAUCAAAGGACGUCCAGUACCUAAAGUGACAUGGUUUAAAGAUGGUAAGGAGAUUGAAAAAAUAAUGAAUAUAGAAAUAACUACAGCUAUUGGAUAUAGCACAGUCUUCAUCAGAGAUGCUAUCCGGGAACAUCGUGGAGUGUACACAGUAGAAGCCAAAAAUGCAUCAGGCACUAAACGAGAAGAUAUUACCAUCAGAGUACAAGACACACCAGGAAAAGUUGGUGGACCAAUACGAUUCACAAACAUUACUGGAGAGAAAGUCACGUUAUGGUGGGAGCCUCCAGCUAAUGAUGGUUGCGCUUCUGUCUCCCACUAUAUAAUUGAAAAACGUGAAACCAGCAGGAUUGCUUGGGCAUUAGUUGAAGAUAAAUGUGAAGCUUGCAGCUACACAGCACUUAAAUUAAUUAAAGGAAAUGAGUACCAGUUCCGUGUCUCUGCAGUGAACAAAUUUGGAGUUGGCAGACCAUUGGAGUCUGAUCCAGUUACUGCACAAAUACCUUAUACUAUCCCUGAUGCACCAGGAACUCCAGAGCCUACCAACGUAACAGGAGAUAGUAUCACACUCACUUGGGCAAGACCAGCGUCAGAUGGUGGAAGCGAGAUAAAUGAGUAUAUUCUAGAAAGGAGAGAAAAGAAGAGCAUGCGCUGGGUUAAAGUAUCCAGUAAGAGGCCUAUUACUGAGAACAGAUACAGAGUAACUGGCCUAAUUGAAGGCAAUGAGUAUGAGUUCCAUGUCAUGGCUGAAAACGCUGCAGGAGUUGGACCUCCAAGUGAUGUUUCAAAACUGAUUAAAUGUAGAGAACCAGUCAGCCCACCAAGUGCUCCUAAUGUUGUCAAGGUGACAGAUACAUCAAAGACUAGUGUAAGCUUGGAGUGGACCAAGCCAGUUUUUGAUGGAGGCAUGGAAAUAAUUGGAUACAUCAUUGAGAUGUGCAAAGCUGAUCUCGAAUCAUGGCAGAAGGUCAAUGCAGAGACUGUUCUUGCUACUAAAUAUACCGUUGUUGAUUUGGAGGCAGGAGAACACUAUAAAUUCAGAGUUAGUGCUGUCAAUGGUGCUGGCAAAGGAGAAAGUUGUGAAAUUCCUGCUUCAGUCCAAACUGUAGACAGGCUUUCUGCACCUGAAAUUGAUAUUGAUGCAAACUUCAAGCAGACUCAUAUUGUAAGAGCAGGUGCAAGCAUUCGUCUAUUUAUUGCCUUCUCUGGAAGACCUGUUCCUACUGCUGUGUGGUCCAAAGCAGACGCUAAUCUCAGCUUGCGUGCUGACAUUCAAACAACUGAUUCAUUCAGUACAUUGACUGUGGAGGAAUGCAAUAGAAAUGAUUCUGGCAAGUAUGUCUUUACUGUGGAAAACAACAGUGGAAGUAAGUCUAUUACAUUUACUGUCAAGGUUUUGGACACACCUGGUCCACCAGGUCCUAUUACGUUUAAAGAUGUGACUCGAGGAUCUAUAACUUUAAUGUGGGAUGCUCCUGUUCUGGAUGGAGGUUCACGUAUCCAUCACUACAUUGUGGAAAAACGAGAAGCAAGCCGUCGUAGCUGGCAAGUGGUGAGUUCAAAAUGCACUCGACAAAUCUUUAAGGUCACCGAUCUGUCAGAAGGUGUGCCAUAUUACUACCGAGUGUCAGCAGAAAAUGAAUAUGGUGUAGGUGAACCCUGUGAAUUAACAGAACCAGUUGUAGCCACAGAAGAACCUGCUCCACCUAAGAGACUAGAUAUUGUUGAUACAACCAAAUCUUCUGUAGUUUUAGCUUGGCUUAAACCUGAUCAUGAUGGUGGUAGCCGUGUUACUGGAUACCUUCUUGAAAUGAAACAAAAAGGAUCUGACUCCUGGAUUGCAGCUGGACAAACUAAACAACUUACUUUCACUGUUGAAGGCCUUGUGGAGAACACUGAAUAUGAGUUCCGGGUCAAGGCAAGAAAUGAUGCUGGCUACAGUGCACCGAGAGAAGCUUUCUCUUCUGUUAUUAUUAAGGAGCCACAGAUUGAACCAACAGCAGAUCUCAGUGAAAUAAGCAGACAGCUCAUAACGUGCAAGGCUGGAAGCACCUUUACUAUUGACAUACCCAUCAGUGGGCGCCCAGCUCCAAAAGUGACAUGGAAACUUGAGGAGAUGCGGCUGAAGGAAACUGAGAGAGUGACUAUCAAGACAACAAAAGACAGAACCACAUUGACUGUAAAGGACAGUAUGAGAGGUGACUCUGGUAAAUACUACCUCACACUUGAAAACACUGCUGGUGUGAAAACAUUUGCUGUCACAGUGGUAGUCAUAGGAAGGCCAGGUCCCAUCACUGGCCCAAUUGAAAUAUCAUCUGUCUCUGCUGAAUCCUGUGUGUUGACCUGGAAAGAACCUGAAGAUGAUGGUGGCAGUGAGAUUACAAACUACAUUGUAGAAAAACGUGAAUCUGGCACAACAGCAUGGCAGCUGGUAAAUUCCAGUGUGAAGCGUACACAAGUCAAAGUCGCUCAUCUCACAAAAUACCAGGAGUACAGUUUUCGAGUAAGCUCAGAAAACAGAUUUGGUGUUAGUAAACCCCUUGAAUCAAAAACGAUAGUUGCUGAGCAUCCAUUCGUCCCACCAAGCCCACCUUCUAGGCCAGAAGUCUAUUCUGUGUCUGCAACUGCCAUGGCCAUUCGCUGGGAGGAGCCCUAUCAUGACGGUGGCAGCAAAGUCAUUGGAUAUUGGGUUGAAAAGAAGGAACGCAACACUAUCCUUUGGGUGAAGGAGAACAAAGUGCCAUGCUGUGAAUGCAACUACAAAGUCAUGGGAUUGGUGGAAGGCCUAGAAUAUCAAUUCAGAACAUAUGCUUUGAAUGCUGCAGGUGUUAGCAAAGCUAGUGAAGCUUCCAGACCUGUAGUGGCUCAAAAUCCAGUUGAUCCACCAGGGAGACCAGAAGUAACAGACGUCACCAGAUCUACAGUGUCACUGAGCUGGUCAGCACCCCUUUAUGAUGGUGGAAGUAAAAUUAUCGGAUAUAUUAUAGAGCGCAAACCAUAUAAUGAAUCUGGUGAUGGACGCUGGCUGAAAUGCAAUUAUACCAUUGUCUCAGAAAACUCUUUUACUGUGACAGCUCUUAGUGAAGAUGAAGCAUACGAAUUCCGUGUACUAGCAAAGAAUGCUGCUGGUGUGAUUAGCAAAGGAUCCGAAUCGACUGGUGCUGUCAUUUGCAGAGAUGAAUACUCACCACCAAAGGCUGAACUUGAUGCCAGACUGCAGGGAGAAGUUGUGACCAUCAGGGCUGGAUCAGAUCUUGUUCUCGAUGCAGCCAUUGGUGGGAAACCAGAACCAAAAGUCUUCUGGUCCAAAGGUGACAGGGAAUUGGAUCUAUGUGAAAAGAUAUCUCUGCAAUAUACAAGCAAACGAGCCAUUGCAAUUAUCAAGUUCUGUGACAGAAGUGACAGUGGAAAAUAUACUCUAACAGUUAAAAAUGCCAGUGGGAUGAAACAAAUUUCUGUCAUUGUCAAAGUGCUUGAUUCACCAGGUCCAUGUGCAGGCAAAAUCACAGUUAGCAGAGUAACGGAAGAGAAAUGUACUCUGGCAUGGAACAUUCCUGAGGAAGACGGAGGAGCACAAAUCACUCACUAUAUUGUAGAAAGGCGUGAAACCAGCAGACUUCAUUGGGUUAUUGUUGAGGCUGAAUGCCAGACUUUAUCAUAUGUGGUAACAAAACUUAUUAAAAAUAACGAAUACAUCUUCCGUGUGAGAGCUGUCAAUAAAUAUGGACCUGGUGUUCCACUUGAAACAGAACCUGUGAUUGCCAGGAAUGCUUUCACUAUCCCAUCACAGCCUGGUGCUCCUGAAGAAGUGAGUGUUGGCAAGGAACAUAUCAUUAUUCAGUGGACAAAACCAGAAUCUGAUGGUGGCAAUGAGAUUAAGAACUAUCUUGUUGACAAACGUGAAAGGAAAAGUCUGCGCUGGACACGGGUGAACAGAGAUUACACAAUUUAUGAUACGAGACUGAAAGUCACGGGUCUCAUGGAAGGCAGCCAGUACCAGUUCCGUGUCACUGCAGUGAAUGCUGCUGGGAACAGUGAACCUAGUGAAGCUUCGCAAUACAUGUUAUGUAAAGAACCAUCAUAUACUCCUGCACAACCUUCAGCUCCAAGAGUUGUGGAUACUACUAAGCACAGCAUAAGUUUAGCAUGGUCAAAGCCCACAUAUGACGGUGGUGCUGACAUCUUAGGCUACGUUCUUGAAAUGAAAGAAGAAGGUACUGAACAGUGGUAUCGACCACAUACAACUGCCACUCUGAGGAAUGCUGAGUUCACUGUGACUGGUCUUAAAACAAGCCAAAAAUACCAAUUUAGAGUUGCUGCUACAAAUGUGAAUGGUAUGAGUGAAUUUAGUGAAUCAUCAGCAGAAAUAGAACCUGUGGAAAGAAUAGAAAUACCUGAACUUGAACUUGCUGAGGACCUGAAGAAGACAGUUACAGUCAGAGCUGGUGGUUCCCUGCGCCUAAUGGUCUCUGUAUCUGGCAGACCUGCUCCUGUAAUCACAUGGAGCAAGCAGGGUGUUGACCUUGUAAGUCGAGCUAUUAUUGAUACUACAGACAGCUACACUCUUCUUGUUGUGGAUAAAGUUAAUCGGUAUGAUGCUGGAAAGUACGUCAUUGAGGCUGAAAAUCAAUCAGGAAAAAAAUCUGCAACUAUUUCUGUAAGAGUGUAUGAUACACCUGGUCCACCAGCCGCAGUGAGAAUCAAGGAAGUAUCAAAAGAUUCUGUGACACUUACUUGGGAUAUUCCAACCAUUGACGGUGGAGCCCCAGUCAACAAUUACAUAAUUGAGAAACGUGAAGCUUCCAUGAGAGCUUACAAGACUGUCACUACCAAAUGCAGCAAGACAUUUUAUAGAGUUACUGGACUUCUAGAAGGAGCUUUGUAUUAUUUCAGAGUACUACCAGAAAAUAUUUAUGGCAUUGGUGAACCCUGUGAAACAUCUGAUGCAGUACUAGUAUCUGAUGUUCCUAUGGUACCACAAAAACUUGAAGUAAUUGACACCACUAAAUCAACUGUUACUCUUGCAUGGGAGAAACCACCCCAUGAUGGUGGCAGCAGGUUGACUGGCUAUGUUAUUGAGGCCAGCAAAGCUGGAACAGAAAGAUGGUUGAAGGUAGUGACACUGAAGCCUACUGUCUAUGAGCAUACAAUUAUCUCUCUCAAUGAAGGCGAACAGUAUUUGUUCAGGGUCAGAGCACAGAAUCAGAAGGGAGUGUCAGAACCACGAGAGAUUGUCACAGCAGUGACAGUACAAGACCAAAAAGUUCUACCAACAAUUGACUUCUCUGGAAUACCUCAGAAGACAAUUCAUGUACCUGCUGGCAAGCCCAUUGAAUUAGCUAUUCCAAUCGAAGGACGACCACCUCCAGCUGCAUCUUGGUUCUUUGCUGGUUCUAAAUUAAAAGAAUCAGAACGCAUCAAAGUGGAGACUGUUGCGAAAAUGACUAAAUUAACUGUGCGUGAGACCACCAUACACGACACUGGAGAGUAUACACUUGAACUAAAGAACACAACUGGAACAGUUACAGAUACGAUAAAGGUUAUAAUCCUCGACAAACCUGGACCACCUGUUGGACCUAUCCGAAUUGAUGAAGUUGAUGCAAAUUAUGUAACCAUUUCCUGGGAGCCACCUGAACUGGAUGGUGGAGCUACCCUGAGUGGCUAUGUGGUAGAGCAGCGUGAUGCUCACCGUCCUGGAUGGCUGCCAGUUUCAGAGUCAGUAACCAGGACAACAUUUAAGUUCACCAGACUUGUUGAAGGUGCAGAAUAUGUGUUCCGUGUGGCUGCUACAAACCGCUUUGGAAUUGGAUCUUACCUGCAGUCUGAAAUUAUAGAAUGCAAGAGCAGAAUCCGCAUUCCUGGUCCUCCUGGCACUCCAGAAGUGUUUGAUAUCUCUAGAGAUGGCAUGACAUUAACUUGGUAUCCUCCAGAAGAUGAUGGUGACUCACAGAUUACUGGCUAUAUUGUGGAACGCAAAGAAGUUAGAGCAGAUAGAUGGAUCCGUGUAAAUAAAGUUCCAGUCACUAUGACUCGUUACCGUUCCACUGGCUUGGUUGAAGGAUUAGAAUAUGAACACCGAGUCACUGCAAUCAAUGCCAGAGGCACUGGGAAACCCAGCCGUCCUUCCAAGUCUGCUGUUGCCAGAGAUCCAAUUGCUCCUCCAGGUAAACCACAGAAUCCAAGAGUAACUGAUACUACAAGAACAUCUGUCUCCCUGGCUUGGAGUCCACCAGAAGAUGAAGGUGGUUCUAAAGUUACUGGCUACUUAAUUGAGAUGCAGAAGGUCGAUCAAGUUGAAUGGACCAAAUGCAAUACCACACCAACCAAAAUUCGUGAAUACACCUUAACACAUCUACCCCAGGGUGCAGAGUACAGAUUCCGUGUACUAGCCUGUAAUGCUGGUGGACCAGGAGAACCUGCUGAUGUGCCAGGAACUGUCAAAAUAACAGAAAUGCUUGAAUAUCCUGACUAUGAACUUGAUGAAAAAUACCAGGAAGGUCUCAUGGUGAGGCAAGGUGGAGUUAUCAGGCUUACAAUACCCAUUAAAGGUAAACCCAUCCCAAUAUGCAAAUGGACCAAAGAAGGACAUGACAUCAGCAAGAGGGCCAUGAUUGCGACUUCUGACACUCACACAGAACUUGUGAUCAAAGAUGCAGAAAGAGAAGAUUCAGGCACCUAUGAUUUGGCACUUGAAAACAAGUGUGGCAAAAAAGCUGUGUAUAUUAAAGUCAGAGUGAUUGGCAUUCCAAAUCCACCAGAAGGGCCACUUGAGUAUGAUGAUAUACAAGCUCGUUCCGUCAGAGUUAGCUGGAGACCUCCCACAGAUGAUGGUGGUGCUGAUAUCCUAGGCUACAUUGUUGAGAGACGAGAAGUACCGAAGACUGCCUGGUACACUGUUGACUCUAGGGUGAAAGGGACAUCACUAGUGGUGAAAGGGCUAAAAGAAAAUGUGGAAUAUCACUUCCGUGUUUCUGCUGAAAACCAUUUUGGUAUUAGCAAAUCUCUCAAAUCCGAAGAACCAGCAGUGCCAAAGACACCUCUAAAUCCUCCAGAGCCUCCGAACAACCCACCUGAAGUGCUUGAUGUUACAAAGAGUUCUGUCAACUUGUCCUGGGCCAGACCUAAAGAUGAUGGUGGUUCCCGUGUAACUGGCUACUACAUUGAACGUAGAGAGACAUCUACAGAAAAAUGGGUCCGUCAUAAUAAGACACAGAUUACCACCACAAUGUACACAGUCACAGGACUUGUUCCAGAUGCUGAGUAUCAAUUCCGUAUCAUUGCUCAAAAUGACAUUGGUGAAAGUGAAGCAAGUCCUCCUUCUGAACCAGUUGUAUGCAAGGAUCCAUUUGACAAACCAAGCCAACCUGGAGAAAUUGAGAUCACUUCUAUAUUUAAGGACAGCAUUACGUUAGAAUGGGAACGACCUGAAAGUGAUGGUGGCAAAGAGAUCCUUGGCUAUUGGGUUGAAUAUCGCCAGUCUGGAGAAAGCACCUGGAAAAAAUGCAAUAAAGAACGCAUCAAGGACAGGCAGUUUACAGUAGGAGGUUUACUCGAGGCUACAGAAUAUGAGUUCCGUGUUUUUGCGGAAAAUCAGACUGGUCUCAGCAGACCUCGAAGGACUGCUAUGGCAGUGAAAACUAAAUUAACAUCUGGAGAAGCACCCGCCAUCAAAAAAGAAAUGCAGGAUGUUACAACUAAACUGGGUGAAGCAGCUCAGCUGACAUGCCAGAUUGUUGGGAGACCUUUGCCUGAUAUUAAAUGGUAUCGCUUUGGCAAAGAACUGGUGCAAAGCCGAAAAUACAAAAUGUCAUCUGAUGGUCGCAAUCAUACUCUGACAGUAAUGACAGAUGAACAGGAGGAUGAAGGUCUCUACACCUGUAUGGCUACUAAUGAUGUUGGGGAAAUUGAAACUAGUGGCAAGCUACUAUUGCAGGCUCCUCCUCAGUUCCACCCUGGUUUCCCAUUGAAAGAGAAGUACUAUGCAGGUGCAGGUGGCACCCUCCGCCUUCACGUUGUGUAUAUUGGCCGACCAGUACCAGCAAUAACUUGGUUCCACGGCAACAAACCUUUGAGAGGAUCAGAAACAGUUACUAUUGAGAACACAGAGCAUUAUACUCAUCUUGCUAUUAAGAAUGUCCAGCACAAGGCUCAUGCUGGGAAAUACAAAGUGCAACUCAGUAACACAUUUGGAACGGUUGACACAGUACUUAAUGUGGAAAUACAAGAUAAGCCAGAUAAACCAGUAGGGCCAAUUGUUAUAGAGUCUAUACUGAAGAAUUCUGUGGUGAUAAGCUGGCAACCACCAGAGGAUGAUGGAGGUGCUAUGAUAACCAGUUAUAUCAUAGAGAAACGUGAAGCCAAAGAAGGAGCAGAAUGGCAACUUGUAUCUUCAAGCAUUUCAGGCACAACCUGUAGAAUUGUUAACCUAACUGAAAAUGCAGGCUAUUAUUUCCGUGUUUCUGCUCAGAACACAUAUGGCAUUAGUGAAGCACUGGAGGUUUCAUCAGUUGUUGUUAUGAAGCCUCCAUUUGAAAAACCAGGACCACCAGGUCAGCCAGCAGUAAAUGCUGUCACAAAGGAUUCUUGUGUUGUCUCAUGGAAGCCACCUGCAAGUGAUGGCGGUGCAAAGAUUAGAACGUAUUAUCUCGAGAAGCGUGAGAAAAAACAGAACAAGUGGAUUUCUGUUACAACAGAUGAAAUUCGUGAAACAGUCUAUUCUGUGAAAGAUCUCAUUGAAGGUCUUGAAUACGAGUUCCGUGUCAAAUGUGAAAAUCUUGGUGGUGAAAGUGAGUGGAGUGAGAUAUCACAACCAGUCACCCCAAAAUCUGAUGUGCCAAUUAAAGCUCCACAUUUCAAGGAAGAACUAAGGAAUUUGAAUGUGAAAUUCCAAGCUAAUGCCACAUUUGUCUGCAAAGUCACUGGUCAUCCUAAACCAAUUGUCAAGUGGUACAGACAGGGCAAAGAAAUCAUGCCAGAUGGUGAAAAGAUCAAGAUACAGGAAUUCAAGGGUGGAUAUCACCAGCUGGUCAUCACAAAUGUAACAGAUGAUGAUGCCACAGUAUAUCAAGUUAGAGCUACCAACCAAGGAGGAUCUGUGUCUGGGACUGCAUCUUUGGAUGUUGAAGUUCCUGCAAAGAUUCACUUGCCCAAAAAUCUGGAAGGCAUGGGAGCUGUUCAUGCCCUCCGAGGGGAAGUAGUGAGCAUCAAGAUUCCAUUCAGUGGCAAGCCAACCCCUGUGAUCACAUGGCAGAAGGGACAAGACCUCAUUGAUACUAAUGGACACUACCAAGUCAUUGUUACGCGAUCAUUCACAUCUCUUGUUUUCCCAAAUGGUGUUGACAGAAAAGAUGCAGGGUUUUACAUUGUUUGUGCCAAAAACAGAUUUGGAAUUGACCAAAAAACAGUUGAAUUAGAUGUAGCUGAUGUGCCUGAUCCACCAAGAGGUUUGAAGGUAACUGACAUUUCAAGAGACUCAGUUAAUUUAACCUGGAAUGAACCAGCUACUGAUGGUGGAAGCAGAAUCAUAAACUACAUUAUUGAGAAACGUGCUACAACAGCAGAGCAAUGGAUUCGUGUUGCACAGGCUCGUGAUACACGAUACACAGUGGUGAACCUGUUCGGCAAAACCACCUACCAGUUCCGUGUAAUUGCAGAAAACAAGUUUGGCCAAAGCCAGCCUUCUGAACCUACUGAUCCAAUUAUAACAAAAGAAGAUAAGACCAGGGUAAUGAACUAUGAUGAAGAAGUUGAUGAGACCAGAGAAGUCACCACAGAUAAAGCAGCUCACUAUUCUACAAAGGAACUCUAUAACAGAUACAUGAUUGCAGAAGAGCUUGGACGCGGGCAGUUUGGCAUUGUACACCGCUGUGUUGAAGCAGUUUCAAAGAAGACUUACCUAGCUAAGUUUGUCAAAGUAAAGGGUGCUGACCAAGUUUUGGUAAAGAAAGAAAUUUCCAUUCUUAGCAUUGCUAGGCACCAAAAUAUCCUGUAUCUUCAUGAAUCAUUUGAGAGCCUAGAAGAAUUGGUCAUGAUCUUUGAAUUCAUUUCUGGAGUUGACAUCUUUGAAAGAAUCAGCACAGCUUCAUUUGAACUUAAUGAAAGAGAAAUAGUAAGUUAUGUACGCCAGGUCUGUGAUGCACUAGAAUUUUUGCAUCGCCAUAGCAUUGGACAUUUUGAUAUUAAGCCAGACAACAUUAUUUAUGUCACAAGAAGAAGCUCUGCAGUUAAAAUUGUUGAAUUUGGUCAAGCCAGACAGCUGAAGCCUGGAGACAGCUUUAGGCUCCAGUUCACCUCUCCUGAAUAUUAUGCACCUGAAGUACAUCAUCAUGAUUUAGUCAGUACAGCUACUGACAUGUGGUCAGUUGGUGCUCUAACAUACAUACUUCUCAGUGGCAUCAAUCCUUUCAUUGCCGAAACAAACCAACAAGUUAUUGAAAAUAUUCUGAAUGCUGAAUACAACUUUGAUGAUGAAGCAUUCAAAGACAUAAGCAUUGAGGCCAUGGACUUCAUUGAUCGCCUACUAGUAAAGGAAAGAAAAGCUCGGAUGACAGCUGCUGAAGCGCUUAAUCAUGUAUGGCUAAAACAGCAAACAGAAAAGACCAGCACUAAAGUCAUCAAGACCUUGAGGCACAGGCGUUACUACAAAACUCUAGUAAAGAAGGAGUGGAAUACAGUUGUUUCAGUAGCCCGUAUUUCCUGUGGAGGUGCGAUUAGAUCUCAGAAAGGCAUAACAGUGGCUAAAGUUAAAGUUGCACCAAUAGACAUUGGUCCCAUCACAGGGCAGAUAAAGCAUGCUGUUGUGGAAGAAGGAGGGCAUGCCAAAUAUGUAUGUAGGAUUGAAAACUAUGAUCAGUCCACACAAGUCACAUGGUACUUUGGUAUGAGGCAAUUAGAAAGCAAUGAGAAAUAUGAAAUCAAAUAUGAAGAAGGUGUGGCAACUAUGUAUGUCAAAGAUGUUUCUAAAUCUGACGAUGGUACCUACAGAUGCAAGGUAGUAAAUGACUAUGGAGAAGACAGCUCUUACGCAGAACUUUUUGUUAAAGGUGUGAGAGAAAUAUCUGAGCACUACAGAUGCAGAACUGUUAGGAAAGUGAAACGACGGGUUGAUACUAUGAGACUAUUAGAACGUCCACCAGAAUUCACCUUGCCUUUGUACAACCGCACUGCAUACAUUGGAGAAAAUGUCAGAUUUGGAGUAACUAUAACAGUUCACCCAGAACCUCGCAUAACCUGGUUCAAAUCAGGCCAGAAAAUCAAACCUGGUGAUGAUGAUAGGAAGUAUACUUUUGAAUCAGAUAAAGGUCUGUAUCAACUCGUGAUCAAUAAUGUCACUGAAGAGGAUGAUGCUGAAUACAGUAUUGUGGCACGCAAUAAGUAUGGUGAAGACAGCUGCAAAGCUAAGCUGACUGUGAUUCCACAUCCACCUCCAGCAGAUGCCACACUAAGACCAAUGUUUAAAAGACUGCUGGCAAACGCUGAAUGUCAAGAAGGCCAAAAUGUCAGUUUUGAGAUCAGGGUAUCUGGUGUACCAAAACCAACACUGAAAUGGGAGAAAGAUGGUCAGCCUCUAUCCUUUGGUCCUAACUUUGAUAUAAUUCAUGAAGGUUUAGAUUAUUAUGCUUUGCAUAUCAGAGAUACUUUACCUGAAGACAGUGGUUAUUACAGAGUUACUGCCACAAACAGUGCUGGAUCUACAAGCUGCCAGGCUUAUCUAAAAGUUGAACGCUUGAAAUAUGUCAAGCGUGAGUACAAGUCUGAAGAAGAGCGGGAAAAGCAUGUACAAAGGCAAAUUGACAAGACCUUACGAAUGGCAGAGAUCCUUUCUGGUGCUGAAGCUGUUCCACUGACACAAACUGCACAAGAAGCUCUCAGAGAAGCUGCUAUCUUAUAUAAACCAGCUGUUAGCACUAAGACUGUCAAAGGUGAAUAUGAAAUUAAGAAAGAAGAAAAGAAGGAAGAAAGAAAACUUCGUAUGCCCUAUGAGGUCCCAGAGCCUCGCAAACAUGUGCGCACUACUCUUGAGGAAGAUCAGAACAUUAAACACUUCGUGCCUCUGUCAGACAUGAAGUGGUACAAGAGGCUGCGAGACCAGUACGAAAUGCCAGGGAAAAUUGAAAGAACUGUUCAGAAACGCCAGAAACGCAUACGUCUUUCCAGGUGGGAGCAAUUUUAUGUGAUGCCACUGCCACGUGUUUCUGAUCAAUAUAAGCCUAAAUGGCGCAUACCAAAACUAACACAAGAUGAUUUGGAAAUUGUGAGACCAGCACGUCGGCGUAUCCCGUCUCCAGACUACGAGUAUUACUAUAGACCAAGAAGGCGAUCACUUGGUGACUUGUCUGAUGAAGAAUUACUCCUGCCUAUUGAUGACUAUUUAGCCAUGAAAAGAACUGAAGAGGAAAGACUGCGCCUUGAAGAGGAGCUAGAGUUAGGCUUUUCUGCUUCCCCUCCAAGCAGAAGCCCUCCACGCUUUGAACUUUCUGCCCUUCGGUACUCUACGGAAGCAGCACAGGUCAGUUCAGAGGAAGAAAGAAAAAGACAGCUGAGGUAUUCAACCUAUCACAUCCCAACUAAAGCUGAGACCAGUGCUAGCUAUGCAGAGCUUCGUCAACGUCACGACAGGGCUGCCUACAGACCACCUAAACAAAAGCAAAGGAUAAUGGCUGAAAGAGAGGACGAAGAAUUGCUCCGUCCUGUUGGCACUGCUCAACGACUCUCUGAAUACAGGAGUGAGCUCGAAUACAUGGCAGAGGAGGAAAAAAGGAGACUCAGAAGAAGGAGGGAAAGAGAAAUAACUGAGAUUACAUCAGAAGAAGAAGAAGAAAUAGAAAUGGUGCAACAGGCUCACAGGGAAUUUUCACCUCCCUCUAGAUUACUAAGGAGGAGAAGAUCUCUUUCUCCAACUUACAUUGAGUUGAUGCGUCCUGUAUCUGAAUUAAUACGGCCUCGCUCACGGCCUCCUGAAGAAAGUGAGAGGAGAUCCCCGACACCAGAGAGAACUCGACCACGUUCACCUAGCCCAGUUUCUAGUGAAAGAUCACUCUCUCGGUUUGAGAGGAUGGCACGAUUUGAUAUCUUUUCCAGAUAUGAGUCCAUGAAAUCUGCUUUGAAAACUCAGAAAACUAUGGAAAGGAAAUACGAAGUACUUACUCAACAGCCUUUCACUCUUGACCAUGCUCCUCGCAUUACCCUGAGAAUGCGCUCACACCGGGUACCCUGUGGCCAUAAUACUAGAUUCAUUCUAAAUGUCCAGUCAAAACCAACUGCCGAAGUGAAGUGGUACCAUAAUGGUAUUGAGCUCCAGGAGAGCAGCAAGAUACAUUUUACUAAUACCAGUGGUGUAUUAACUCUGGAGAUUCUUGACUGUCACAUUGACGACAGUGGAACAUACAGGGCUGUAUGCACAAACUACAAAGGGGAAUGCUCUGAUUAUGCAACACUAGAUGUUACUGGAGGAGAUUACAUUACAUACUCUUCCCAGCGGAGAGAUGAGGAAGUACCAAGGUCAAUUUUACCUGACUUGACAAAAACAGAGGCAUAUGCAGUCUCCUCAUUUAAGAAAGCAACUGCUACAGAAGCCAGUUCAGCAGUAAGAGAGGUUAAAUCAGAAAUGUCAGCAACAAGAGAAUCACUCUUAUCAUAUGAACACUAUGCUGCUUCUGAAGAAAAACUCACGGCAGCUGAAGAAAAGUCAUUGGAGGAAAGGACUGUACACAAGGCAUUUAAAAGCACUCUACCCGCAACAAUCCUUACAAAGCCACGGUCAAUCACAGUUUCUGAAGGGGAGACUGCAAGAUUUUCCUGUGACGUCGAUGGUGAACCAGCACCAAUAAUAACAUGGUUCCGUGCAGGUCAACCCAUUGUUUCUUCAAGGCGCUUCCAAGUAACACGAACACAGUACAAGUCUACUUUUGAAGUUACUUCUGUCCAGAUGUCCGAUGAGGGAAGUUAUACUGUUGUGGUGGAAAACUCUGAAGGAAGGCAGGAAGCACAUUUCACUUUGACCGUUCAAAGAACAAAAAUUCCUGAAAAAGCUAUUGCAGCACCUCCAACAGUCAAAUCUCCUGAGCCUCGUGUAAAGUCUCCAGAACUAGUUAAGUCUCCAAAACGAGUAAAAUCUCCUGAACCCAUCAGCAGCCCCCCAAAAGCAAAGUCACCUCCUGCAGACAAAACAGUACCAGCAGAGAAAGUACAAUUACCAACUGCCUCUCCACCAAAGAUAAAACAGCACCUGAAAGCAGAAACCCUUGGAGAUAAGGUGAAGUUAUCCUGUGCAGUUGAAAGCAGUGUUUUAAGUGUCAGAGAAGUGGCUUGGUAUAAGGAUGGCAAAAAACUAAAAGAAGACCAUCAUUUCAAGUUUCAUUACGCAGCAGAUGGCACCUAUGAGCUCAAAAUCCAUGAUCUCAUGGAAUCUGAUAAAGGAGAAUAUACCUGUGAAAUUACUGGGGAAGGAGGUGUUUCAAAAACUAACUUCCAGUUUACUGGCCAAGUAUUUAAAAAUAUCCACUCCCAAGUAAGAGGUAUAUCUGAAACUCACAAAUCAGUUCAGAAAGAAGAUGAGUUGCUUACAGUUUCUUCCCAGAAGAAAUCAGCAGUGGCAACUGAAGAAAAAGCAGCCAUUGAGGAAGUCAUUAAGAAGUCAAUUGUUACUGAGGACGUCAAACAAUUGAAAGCAGAAAUCAAAGCAUCUUCAACUAAAAUGACAGUGUCUGAAGGGCAGAAAGUGACAUUGAAAGCCAACAUUCCCGGUGCCUCUGAAGUAAAAUGGGUGCUGAAUGGAAUGGAGCUGAGAAAUUCAGAUGAUUACAGAUAUGGUGUUUCUGGAAGUGAUCACACACUAACUAUCAAAAAGGCUAGUAGUAAAGAUGAAGGUAUCCUCACCUGUGAGGGCAAGACCGAUGAAGGCGUUAUUAAAUGCCAGUACGUUCUGACCUUCUCUAAGGAGCGAUCCAACGAGCCAGCAUUUAUCAUGCAGCCUAAGUCUCAAAAUGUCAAUGAAGGACAAGAUGUAUUGUUCACCUGUGAAGUUUCUGGGGAUCCUUCUCCUGAAAUUGAGUGGUUUAAGAAUAAUCAACCUAUUGCUGUUUCAUCGCACAUCAGAGUAACACGCUCUAAAAACAUAUAUUCUCUUGAGAUUCAAAAUGCAGCAGUAAGUGACACUGGAAAAUACACAGUCAAAGCAAAAAAUUACCACGGGCAGUGUUCUGCUACAGCAUCUUUGACUGUACUCCCUCUAAUUGAAGAACCACCAAAAGAGGUAGUAUUGAAGACAAGUGGCGACGCAAGCAUGCACGAAAGUUUUUCUUCUCAGUCCUUUCAAAUGGCUUCUUCUAAACAAGAGGCUUCAUUCAGCAGUUUCAGCAGUAGCAGCAUGACUGAAAUGAAAUUUGCCAGCAUGUCUGCCAAAAGCAUGUCCUCCAUGAAAGAAUCCUUUGUAGAGAUGAGCUCCAGCAGUAUUAUGGGGAAAUCUAGUAUGGCUCAACUGGAGAGUUCAACUAGUAAAAUGCUUAAAUCGGGUCUGAGAGGAAUACCACCCAAAAUUGAAGCUCUUCCAUCUGAUAUCAGCAUUGAUGAAGGAAAAGUUCUCACAGUAUCUUGUGCCUUUUCGGGUGAACCAGCUCCUGAAAUAACAUGGUACUGCGGAGGGAGGAAAAUUACUAGUCAGGACCAGCAAGGCAGAUUCCACAUUGAAACCAGUGAAGAUCUAACCACCCUGAUCAUCAUGGAUGUCCAGAAGAACGACGGUGGACUUUAUACCCUGAAUUUAGCAAAUGAAUUUGGUACUGAUUCUGCCACUGUGAAUAUUAAUAUUCGAUCAAUUUAGAGAGCUUGAUCUGUAUAAUUUACACUUGUCUUUUUACAAGUGAUUCAUAUAUGGACUGAAAUAUCUGAUCUGUAAAUAUAAAGAAAAAAUAAUAUUUUUGUACCUACCUGAAUGAGACAAAAGUCCAGAGCUAUACAUUAUGACUUAUAGUCAUUACUGACCUAAGAAUUUUAAACAUUUUUCACUGACAUGUACAUACUGUAUAUAGCCGAAGUUAACGGUUAUGACGUUUUGUACCAUUUAUUUUAUGACAUUUUGAAACGUAACUUUUGGAAUUAACAGUUGGCAGGAGAAAGUUUCCUAGCAAACGACUACCCUGCUCAACAUUUAACUAAUUUUUGCGCCUCAACUCAUUGUUGAUGUCUAAGAAUGCCUCAACAGGUAGAGAGGCUCCCUGUUGAAGAUUACCUACACCUAAGAGAUGAUACUGUGCAUAGUAUUUCAUGCAUGCACAAAUAUUUAUGUUGAAUCAGAAAUGUAAGGCAUUGGUGAUGUUUGCAAUUACCCUCCUGUAAGCAUUGCUUUAAUGUUUUACGUUGGAUCUGAUUAUGUCAUAAUUUCCAUACCUGACUGACUAUUUUUGGACAAAGUGCAAGCGGCCAGCACUUUGUUCACCCACCAUCUGUGUACUGUUUCUGACACACUGACUGCCUGAAUAGCUUUAAAAAAGUAACAUCACCUGGCCAUCCCCUUAAUCAACAAAGCUAUUGAGGUACUCAAGUGCAGCAGCAGUACCCACUCUCGGAGGUUCGUAGGAUGCAGUGAUUGAGUGUGUGGUAGUAUUAGACAUCCAGUAGUCACUCCCGGGCAACUAAGCAGUGAACCACAGUUUGAAAACAAACUGUUGUUACAACAACAAAUAUCCUGAGCACUUCAAUUUGCUUUAGUUUUCCUAAUGUAGUAAUAAAUCUUGUUAGGUGUUGAACCUCCUUGAGAUAGAAUUGUUCAUUUGAAAUAAAGCAUGCUUUCUGCACCAUA